CAUGGACGACAGCGGGGCGUAGCAGGAAGUGAGUGGAGAAGGCGGAAGUGGAAGCCAUAGGAGAAGGAGGAGAAGAAGGUACCCCGGUUGGAUAUAGAAGGAGGCAAACAAGGGGGUACUGGUGAGUAAAGGGUUUUACGUGGGGCCCAAUGUCUACGGUGUUUGUCACGGGUCAGAGCUGGAUGUUAGUAAACCAAGGGGUAUGAAGGGUCUUGACGUAGAGACCCCUAGAGUAAGAUGUAAAGGCCCUAAAGCUUGAGGAAGGGACUUAUGUUGGAUUGUCUGUAAUGAUGGGAUGAUAGAGUUUGGAAGAGCGAUGUGUAGGUUAAUUCUCUUGUCAAAGGAAUUGUUUUGGAAUAGGACGUAGCUGGUAUAAAAUCAAAGUAACUGGUUAUAAACCACCACAGGUAGGAAGUAUAUGGUUAGUAUUAAAGGAAAAUUGGGAGAUGAGUUAGGUUCAAUUGGGGGGUAUGUAGAAGAUCAGACUUUGCACAUAUCCUGUCAAGACUUGGUAUCUAGAGCUGUAAGGACACUGUGUGUGUGUGUGUGUGUGUGUGUGUGUGUGUGUGUAUGUAUGUGUGUAUAUAUAUAUAUUUUUUUUUUUAUUUUUUUUAUUUUAUUAUUAUUUAUUUAUUUAUUUUUGGCAUAUUUUUCUUUUAUGGAGAAGUGCACAUUUUCAGAGUGAAUGGGGCACUGAAGUUGUGACUACUCCAGUGGACUAAAGAUGGUUUCAACCAGAUCUCGACAUAUAUUAAGGAUAUGAAAAGUAUUUAUUUUGAAGUUUAUAGUGAGAAUAAAUUAUAAUACAAUUGACAGAUUCACUGUGCAUGCUUGGAUGCAAAUAACUUCUUUAUAAUACUGGGCAGUACAUGAAUAACAUUGCCAUGCAAUUCAUAUGGUACGGGAGGAAAAUCCAAUGUUUUUGAAGGCUUUCUUUUUGGUAAAAUAACCAUUUCAGUUGCUGUGCAGAUAUUUUCAUGUACUGCCCAUCUGCAUGUGUAGACUGUAUGUGUCAAGAAUAUAUUGUACCCUUACUUAGAAGGCAAAAUAUGGGGGCUCUUGUGAAAAAUUUGACAUCAUUUAAGGAGGAAUGCAAGUAAGUGUAAAAGAAUACAUCUGGCUCUUCGUUUGUUGUGGAACACGUAAAGGACCACUCUAGGCACCCAGACCACUUCAGCUUAAUGAAGUGGUCUGGGUGCCAGGUCCAGCUAGGGUUAACCCAUUUUUUCAUAAACACAGCAGUUUCAGAGAAACUGCUAUGUUUAUGAAUGGGUUAAGCCUUCCCCUAUUUCCUCUAGUGGCUGUCUCAUUGACAGCCACUAGAGACGCUUGCGUGCUUCUCACUGUGAUUUUCACAGUGAGAGCACGCCAGCGUCCAUAGGAAAGCAUUAUGAAUGCUUUCCUAUGUGACCGGCUGAAUGCGUGCGCAGCUUUUGCCGCGUCUGCGCAUUCAGUUUCAAUUUUAAUACUUCAGAGACAUACUAUGCAUCAAAAUGUAGGUCUGGGUCUUGUGAUUCUCACAAUAUAAAGCUCUUCGCUGUAGGAUUUAUAGUAGGGAUCGACCGAUAUUGUUUUUUUUUUUUUUUUAGAGCCGAUUAUCUGUGAACAUUUAGGCCAAUAGCCGAUAACUAGCAGAUAUUCUGUACAUUUACCAUUUUGAAAAAAUAAACUAUUUCUAAAGGUAAAUGCACAAAAUAUACAUGCCACAUGUAGUGGAUGCAGUGUGUCUGGACAGGGGAGCUGUGUGUGUAGUGGAUACAGUGAGUGUUUGUGUAGUGUGUGUGUGUGUGUUUGUGAAGGGAUGUCAUUUGUGUAAAAUGGAGGAGGGGGAGCAUUUUUUAUUUAAAUUUUAUUUUUAAUAAUGUUUUAUUACAUUUUUUUUUGUCCCCCCUCCCUGCUUGUUACCUGUCCAGGGCCCUCCCUGUGAAAGUCCCUGGUGGUCCAGUGGCAUUGGCUGAACAUUGGGGGGGCCCGGCAGCAAGCUGUUACUCACCUCCCAGCAGCUCCCUGUGUAAAUCUUGCAGCAAGCAUACCGCGCGGAGUGUUGCUAUGGACCCGUGGCAACACUUUGCAGCCGGACGUGGGACUCGCUAGAUUUGACAUGGGAGCUGCUGGUAGGUGAGUAACAGCUUGCUGCCGGCCCCCCCAGGACGGUCCUGGUAUGUAUUAUCGGUCCUGGUAUGUAUUAUCGGUACCGAUAUUGCCGAAAAUGCGGAGUAUCGGCCGAUAAUAUCGGUAAAACCGGUAAUCGGUCGAUCCUUAGCUGUUGGAGAUCCUUCCUGGGUCAUGGCUGCCUAAAAUGCAUCCAAACAUUCAGUAUCUCCUCCCUCUGCAUCCAGACACUGAACUUUCCUCAUAGAGAUUCAUUGAUUCAAAUCAUCUCUAUGAGGAGAUGCUGAUUGGCCAGGGCUGUGUUUGAAUUGUGCUGGCUCUGCCUCUGAUCUGCCUCCUUGUCAGUCCCCGCCCAAUCCUAUGGGGAAGCAUUGUGAUUGGAUUAGGCCACCACUUCUGAUGAUAGAGGAAGUGCAGAGACAGCAGCUUUAGACUUGAAUACAAAUAAGAUUUUACUAUCUUUAGGGAAGACAGGGGGGCUAGAUAGUGGGCUUAACACUUUAGGGUCAGGAAUACAUUAGGUCCCCCCACCCUCAUGGUUCCACUCUCGCCGGGAGGAACGGGUUAAAUUUUACCUUUUGAUUUUUCACAGUGAGGAAGCGUCUCCAGCGGCUUUCGAUGGGACAGCCACUAGAGGCUGGAUUAACCCUGUUGUAAACAUAGCAGUUUCUCUGAAACUAUGUUCAGAGCUGCAGGGUUAACCCUAGAUGGACCUGUUACCCAGGCCACUUCAUUGAGCUGAAGUGGUCUGGGUGCCUAUAGUGGUCCGUUAUAUUGUCGCAGUGGCAUUUUCCCAUGCAUGUGCAAUAGUCUCCCAAUGCUUUCCUACGGGAAAGCAUUGGAUUGGCUGAGAUUGUCAAGAUUGAUAAUCUCAGACAUGGAGGUUGGGGCCAGUCGCAGCGUCCGCAGCAUGGUGUGGGGAAAAAGGUGAGUAAAACACUUUUCCUAUGUGAUUGGAGUGAAAACACACUCACUGACCGACACACAGACGCGCUCGCGGGCAGAUUAAAGUUAAAAAAAAAUUAAAGUUGAUAAAAGUUUAAAAAAUGUAUGUAUGUGUAUAUAUAUAUCUCUAGCUUAUAACCUUAUAUAAAUAUACACAAUAAAAUUACACACUGUGUGUGUGUGUGUAUAUAUUUAUAUAUUGUGUGUGUGUGUGUGUGUGUGUGUGUGUGUGUGUGUGUAUAUAUAUAUAUGUCACGUGCGUGGGCUAUAGGCCCAGCCGAGACAGUGGGGAGAGUGUGGAAGUGACAGGGUUAAUGACACCAGACCCCUGGUUACCUGUUGCUAGUCCCAGCAACCACUCAAUUAACCCCUGCAAUCCCUUCUACACUAUCCCCCUUAGUACUACUGCCACCACCAAGACUUUUAAACCCGGGCGUCUUAGGUUACCCCACACACAGGAGAAUUAUAGUAUCACAGUUCUACUUUUACUGAUAAAACAUAUAUAGUUAACCCCUUUUGGUAACGUGUUUACCUGAGCUUUCCUCUGGAGAGUGAAGCUCAUAGAGAACAGAGACACAAGCUGAUUAAACAUUUAAUCUGACAAAAAGGAUUCACAGUGCUGAGUACAAAAUACAGAAAUAAAUGACAUACAGAGAACAAAUUGCAAAACAGUACAUAAAAUAAAAUAGGAGAAAACACAAGAAAUUCCUUACAUAUAUUUACCCCAUAUAGAAUUCUUGUGGGAGUCUCAGAUGGUAUAGGUCUCCUAGAAGUUACUGACAAAAGAAAAAUGAAUAACUGACUUCCCUGGAUAGUCCAACACCCUCAUAUAUCUAAACUAGUUCUUUCUCAGUGGGCAGACCCCUGGGGGGGGGUAUCAGAGGGGGCUGGUCUGGCAGUCUAUUGCCCACUCUAUGAAAUUCCUUGUGUCCAGCUCUGGUCAUGGCUAUCUAGAUGUUUUAUGGUCUAGGCCUGGUGCAAGAUCAAAGACCAUAAUAAAUGUCAUCCCAAGGUUUACAAAAAACAACUCUUAACAUAUAUAAACACACAUCAAACACCAACUCAUGCUUUUGGCAUGACACCUCCCCCUUAAGAUGGUGGACAGAAAAAUGUAGCCACAGGCUGAUUUAUCUGUCUACCAUUAACCCUCUAGUUGCCGAGACAGGCCAUCUGCAUUCCCAUGCAAGCUGCCCUUUUUGUGUUGGACAGUGAAAUUAUACUGUUGGAGGAUAGGGCUCCAAUGGAGCAGUUUACCAUGGUUACCUGUCACCUGCAGCAGGUUGUGAUCAGUCCAUACCACAGCUACACCCUCAACAAACAUGCCUGAUUUGCCUGUUUCAAUUCCCCAUCGAUCUCUGGUAACAUCCCUUAAACCACACCCACUGCGCUCAUGUAGUAGCUGUAAGGGGAAGAAACCAAUGGAUUUCUGCAGCACUCCCCGGUAAGCACACAAAAAAGCAGACAGAGAACACUCCCAGGAUAGAUGUGCUGUAUCAACACCCAUCAUCUCUUUCAUUUUGGGGUCUGUCUGCUGGGCUUGUUGCACUAUCAGACUCUGAACUUUUGGUUCACAAUCAGAAAGUUGCUUAGGUGUAUGCGUGAGUUGUGAUAAACUGACAAGGUUCCUGGUUCCUCCAACAGUAUGUUUCCCUGCAGCCAUCCUUCCUGGACCCACAGGCUGAGUCUGUCCUUGCCCCUCACUUUCACUCCAGGUCAUCACACAUACAGAACUUUGGAAACUGGCUAAGUCUGGCGCAGAGUAAAGCUCACACACCCCUCCCUCAUAGCCUCGCUGUCCCUUCACAUUUUCACCCACCACAUCACAUACAUCUGCUUCAGGCACAUAUUGGCACAUAUAUUCAUUCAGCCCCCUCUCGCUGGAAGGCUUUUCCCAUACAUUUUCACAGGACACAUUUGACCCCCCUUGAUCAGAUACAGAAUUUUGCACACACUCACAUAAUUUCUUCUCCAAGGCAGGCUCUCCUCUCACAAUCUCACAUAGCACCUCAGACUGUCCUGCUGCAGCCCUGACCCACUGUUGACUUGUUACCACUGCGACUAAUGGUACACAUCCCUGGCUCUCACCUUCCUCCUCUCCCUUACUCUCUGACAUCCCAGCCUCACAGUAUUUUAAUACAGGCACAUCACUACUCACCCCUAUCUCACAUUUGGUAGACAUCACUGGUUCAGUUACAGGUAGAUAUUUAUCCACACCCUGCUCUCCCUCCCAGCAAUCACACUUCACAAUGUCUCCCAAAGUUUCACACAAUACCUUAGGUGGAGCAGUCAGCCCUUCUGGCUCACAAACAGUGUCCGCUGGAGCAUAGUGACAGAGCAUCCUGCCCAAAUAAUUCUCCAACAGAACAUUAACAGGGAUAUCCUCUGAAAUCCCCACUUCCCGCAAACCUUUGCCUGCACCCCAAUCAAGGUACACACGUGCCAAGGGCACAGCGGGGCGUACACCCCCAAUUCCUUUGAUGGACAUGGUCCUUCCAGGGAUUAUGUCCUCCGUAUUCACCACUUCAGGUCGCACCAGGGUGAAGGAAGCUCCAGAAUCUCUCAGUCCCAUGGUCACUCGGUCACCCACAAUUACACUCUGCAGGUUAUCCUCUCGUUUCCCCACAGACCCACCCACAAGCAAUACUGAUGGUGCCCCUCCACGGGCUGGUGAGGGCAUAUUCCUAGUGGGGCAAGUCCUGCUCAGAUGACCAAUCUGGUUGCAUCGAAAACAACGGCGGGCAUCUGACUCACUUGACAUAGCCCCGGCUACGCUGGCAGUCGGUGGUGAAGUUCUCACUGCAGAUCUUACAGGUGGUGAUUGAACUGUAGCUUCUCUCCAGGUCGAAGUAGCAGCUGACACAAGUCCACGCCUGGAUGUUGGUGCAUGGAUGUCGGCAUAGUCAUCUGCCAGUUCUGCAGCAGCCCUAGCAUUUUUUGGCUUUCUUUCCAAAAUCCACUCUCGUACAUUAGGGCUCCGGGUCUGCAAGAACUGCUCCAGGACCAGUAAGUCAUUAAGGGCUUCAUAGGUAGUAGCUUGUACUCCUGUUACCCUUUGCCGGAACGUGGUUUCUAAUUGUGCAACAUAUAGAAUUCUUUUUCCUGUAAGACUCAGGAGUAAGGUUAAAAGUUUUUUGCAAUGCAGAUUUGAUUGCCUCAUAGUUGUUAUCAGUCUCUGGGGGAAGGGACACAAACACAUCCAAAGCUUUCCCUUUCAGUUGUGGAGUUAAAUAUCUGCCCCACUGGUCUGAGGGUAGUUGAUGCUGCCUGCAUACUUUCUCAAAACUUUUUAAAAAUACAUCCAAAUCUGUCCCUUCUUCGAGGGAAGGAAAAUCAUCCUUACGGAGCCUACGUGUGCUGGACUCUGAUGCAUUGCUGUUCAGUGAGGACUGAAGGGUAAAUUGCAGUUUGGCAAGUUCCAGCUCAUGUCUCCUUUGUGCGUCCCUUUCGGCUAGCCUCUCUGCAGAUUCCCUUUCUGCAGCCUGCUGUUGGAUCAUCACAUGCAGGGCCUCCUGAGGAUUUGCAGCCAUCAGUUGCCGAAAUAAAUCAGUUGAGCAAAUGUCCUUAAUGUUUUGAGGGGUACAACCACCAGGCAUUUCAGUAAGCAACACUCCUGCAGUAGUAGGGAGCUCGGUAACCCUUUCAGUGUCCGUCUCUGGCUGGAAAAUAUGGCUGUCAGCCUCCACAAGGUCAGCAAUAAGUUGUGCCUUAUUUUUGCCAAAAGUUGGUAAAUUAUUUUCUUGGCACAACAAUUCCAAGGCCUCUUUUGAUUGUUUGCGAUAGGCCUCCAUAUUCACAAAUAGGAUAGAGAAAGAAAAACAAAAGAUGGGAGGGGAGAACUGUUUUGCACUUUGUAUGUAUUUUAAAUCAGCACUGAGCUUGGUCUCUGGAAAUUACACAAAAACAAGUAUGCAAUUUCUUUUAGUGCUAAGACCCCCUUUACAGGUAAAAUCUAGCAAGCACUAAAAAUCUCUAAAUAUAUCCCACUAGCUGCCGCCAGUUUGUCAUGUGCGUGGGCUAUAGGCCCAGCCGAGACAGUGGGGAGAGUGUGGAAGUGGUGAUGGCUAUCUAGAUGUUUUAUGGUCUAGGCCUGGUGCAAGAUCAAAGACCAUAAUAAAUGUCAUCCCAAGGUUUACAAAAAACAACUCUUAACAUAUAUAAACACACAUCAAACACCAACUCAUGCUUUUGGCAUGACAAAAUAUAUAUAUAUAUAUAUAUAUAUAUAUAUAUAUAUAUAUAUAUAUAUAUAUAUAUAUAUAUAUAUAUAUAUAAUUAAAAAUAAACAGAACAUUUUUAUAUAAAUAUAUUUUAAAUGUCAUUAUAUUCUCACUGUAUAUUGAUACAUGAUAGAUAUAUAUACACACACUCAAGGCUGCUAGAGCCAAACACGCUCUGGCCCAUCAGGAGUCCCAGUGAAACUUCAGAUAUUUGCUAAUACGAAGACGUGGUAAAGGACAAUCCUCAAUUUUUUUUGAAUAUUUAAUCUUUAUUUUAAAUUUUUUUCUUUUAAAUCUCAUUAAAUACAUAUAUCAUACAAAUACAAAUAUCAUACAAAUAUACAUUUGUGAUACAAACAAACAACACAGCAGCAAAAUAGGGGAGGGAGAAGAAAAAUACAUCAGAAAGACUUCCAUAAUAGAGUGGUAAUAUCAUUUAGAUAAAUCUCAUAAUUAUUUACAAUGUUCAUGGAAUUGUUCUACUACUAAUUGAGCGACACUAUUUUAUACAUCAAUCAUCUCAAUACACUUUAACCAAACAUAAAUCUUAUUGCUUAGUCUUUGUUUACUUAGCAUCAGCUCCAUUCUAAUCUGAAACUCGAGUUGAGUUUUAACUUUCUUCCAGGGGACUUCUGAAUCCCUUUUCCACCAUCUCGCAAUUACUAUUUUAGCCGCUAAAAACAGAUGUAUGAGAAUUGCUUUUAAUUCAUAUGUCAUAUGAGGCCAAUUUAGAUGAAGUAGAACUACCUCUGGAGAGAUAAUCAACUCAAGUUUUAAAUUGUUAGAUAUAAAAUGCUGCAUUUUCAACCAGAGAUUUUUUAAUUUAUAGCAAUCCCACCAAAUAUGUCUAAAAUUGCCUCUAAUACUAUUGCAUCUCCAACAGAUAGGAUUUACUAGAGGGUAAAUUUUAUUCAAUUUAGCUGGUACUAAGUACCACCUAUUUAAAACUUUAAAGUGCGUUUCUAAUAAAUUUAAUGAAUGUAUAUUCUUCUUAACAUCCAUCAUUGAAGAACCCCAUUGAUUCAGAUUUAUAUCGAUAUUCAAGUCUUGUUUCCAAGCCUGUAUGGCAGUAGGAUUUGUGUCUUUAGCUAUUGAUUUAAUUAGUAUUAGAGCUUUAGAAAGUGGUUUAUUAACUUUUUUUGAUGUAAAUAAUAAAUCUAUCGAAUUGCUUAAAUUAGAUUUUGGUAUUAUUAGAUGUGUAUUAAUAUAACUUUUAAGUCUUAAAAAAUUAAACACCUCUCUAGGAGGGAGAUUAUGUAUCUCUGUUAUUUGAGCAAAGGUUUUAAUUAGUCCUUCUGUCAAUAAUUGGUCCAGAGUCGUUAUCCCUACUUUUUUCCAAUUAUUUAAGUUUAAGUCUUCCACUUGUUUUUCUACAAUAUCUAACUCUAAAUAACUUGGAACUUUUUUUUCUAUAUUCAUUACUUUUUUAAUUUUUAACCAAUUUUCCAAUAAUUGAGUUAGAAUAAUACUGGCAUAUUCUUUUUUUCUUUGGCAUUUUAUUUAUAUUCCAAAUUAAACAAUCUAAGCUAGAAACUUCUCCUGCCUUCAAUUCCAUUUUAUACCAUCCCUCAUCUUUAUUUUCUUUCAUUUGCAUUCUAUAGACAUGUAGGGUAAUAGCUGCUUUAAAGUUAUUCAUUAUGAGUGGAUAAUCAAGUCCACCUUUAUAUAUUUUCUGCGCUAAUAUUGACUGUUUCAAUCUCGGCUUCUUGCCUUUCCAGAUGUAUUGAGUAAAACUUCUUUGUAUUAAUUGAAGCCAAUGGAUUGGGAUAUGGAGAGGUAACAUUUGAAACAUAUAAUUCCACUUUGGUAUAACAUAUGAAUUGAUAACAUUUAUUCGCCCCAAAAAAGUAAUCUCUAGGUUUCUGCGAUCUUUUAACCAUUUAUUGAGAUCUAAUAAUAAUGUUAGGAAAUUUACUUCCAUAAUCUUAUUUGUCUCUCUGGUUAUUUUAAUUCCUAAGUAAUCCAUACUUUCUUUAACCCAAAUAAAAUCAUAUUUGUUUUUAAUCUCUCGUUGUAUCCUUUUAUUUAGGUUAACAUCUAAUAUCAAGGACUUAUUUAUAUUUAACUUAUAAUUUGAUAUGAAGCUAUAUCGCUCUAUUUCUUGCAUUAUGCGUUCCAAAGAAUUUUUAGGGUUUGUAAGAGUAAUUAAAAUGUCAUCAGCAUAUAAGCUAAUUUUUUGAUCCUCAUCCAUUAUUUUAUAACCAUAGAUCUCUUUAUUAUUCCUAAUAUUCUCAGCCAAUGGCUCGAUAGUCAGCAAGUAGAGCAAUGGUGAGAGGGGACAACCCUGUCGGGUACCAUUUCUAAGUUGGAACCAUGGGGCGACUAUAUUAGGUCCAAUAGUUCGUGCAACAGGAUUUACAUAUAGUGCCAUUAUAGCUUUCUUAAUCCAACCUUCCAAUCCAUAAUGUUGUAAAACGGCUUCUAAAUAUUUCCAGCUGACUCUGUCGAAUGCUUUUUCAGCAUCAAUCGACAGAGUCAGAACUGGAACAUCAUAUCUAUUUGCGUCAUCCAAGAUAUUAAUAAUUUUCCUUAUACUUGUAUAGGAAUUUCUACCUGGAACAUAUCCUAUUUGAUCUUUAUGGAUGAUUAGUGGAAGAAGUUUUUUUAUUCUAGCAGCCAAAACCGAAGCGUAUAACUUAGUGUCAACAUCUAUUAAAGAUAUCGGACGGUAGUUUUUGAUAUCAGUGGGGUUUUUAUCAUUUUUUAGAAUAGGCAAGAUAUUAGCUUUUAGCAUCUCUGCUGGUAAAAAUCCUCUGUUUGCCGCUAUGUUGAAAGCAGAGGUCAAAUGUGGACAUAUUAAAUCUUUAAAUGUUUUAUAAAAUAGGUUGCUAAACCCAUCCGGGCCUGGUGUUUUAGAUCUUUCUAAAUCAUUUAUUGCUUUCAUAGUCUCCUCCAUAGUUAUAGGUUUAUUUAAGAAAUAAUUUUCAAUAGAAGUUAAUUGAGGCUUCUUUAUAUUAUUUAAAUAGUUUUUAAUAUCCUCAUCUGUAUUGAUCUGAGGAAUAUUGUAUAGAUUGGAAUAAUAUUCAUUAAAACACUUUCCAAUCUCUCUGGGGGUUAGUGCUAUUUUUCCAUUCUGUAUUAUUUUGUCUACCUUAUUUUGUACUUUUUGUUUUCUAAGUUUUUGGGAUAGCAUCUUUUCAGCUCGAUUGCCUUUGGAAUAAUAUUUAAAUUUUAAUCUAACCAUAUUUUUAGCUAUCGUGUCCAUUAAUUUUUGCUUUAUUUUUUCUUUAAGUUCUAAUAUUUUUUCAUAAAUUUCAGGAGAUGGAGAUUGUUUAUUGAUAUGAGUCAAAUCUCUUAAUUCUGUAUGUAAAAAUGCCAAAGUAUUAUUUUUAUCAAGUUGGCUUUGUAACUUGAUAAUAUGACCUCUUAUAACGGCCUUAAAGGCACACCACAAAAUAGAUGAAUCAAUAUUUUCUGAGAUAUUUUCUUUAAAAUAAUUUUUUAUAUUAUCUCUUAUAUGAGUUUUUUUUAAUUCACAACAAAGCAAAUUAUCUCUUAGACGCCAAGUAUAAGCUUCUCUUUUAAGUGUACUAAAAAUCAUUUCACAAAAAACUCCAUCGUGGUCUGUCCAUACUAUCUCGUCAAUCUUUGUUUUUUUGGUCAUAUCAAUAAUACUUGGGUCGACCCAAAUCAUGUCUAAUCUUGAAUAGGAAAAAUGCACUUUAGAAAAAUGCGUAUAGUCUCUCUCAUUAGGAUUAAAAAUUCUCCAAAUAUCGAAUAGAUUAUAUUCAUCUUUAAUUUUUUUUAAAGCUUUUGCUUGUUUUAUAACCAUCUGAUUUAAAGUAUUUCCUUUCAUUAAUUUUUUAUCUAUCUGAGGGUCUAGUACAGCAUUGAAAUCCCCUGCCACUAUUAACUUUCCCACUUUAACUUCAUCUACUUUUUCCAGAAUUGUUUUUAAAUAGGCAACUGGUAAAUGAUUAGGAAGAUAUAUAUUACAUAAUGUAAAAAGUACAGAGUCAAUUUUACAUAUUAUUAUUAAAUACCUGCCUUUAGUAUCUUGUAUUUGAUGAAUUACUUCAACUUUAAUCUUUUCUCCAAAUACCACAGCUACUCCACAUUUUUUUUUUUCCUUAUUGGAAGCUUGAAUUAUAAGUGGAAAUCUUUUACCCCCCCUAUUUUGUUUAUCCGCUUGUCUCCAGUGAGUUUCUUGUAAGAAUAUUAAAUUCAAUUGUUUUUCACUGAGGUAUUUGUACAAUAGAUUUCUUUUCGCUAUAGUAUUCAAUCCCUGAACAUUAAGUGUAAGCAUUUUUAUCAUAUUAUUUUCAAAAACCUCCCUACAUCCCUUUCCACUCGAUAGCCAUUACCCUUCCCUUUUGCUGCAUAAACAUAUCUACACAAACACAUAAAACAAAAUAUUAAAAUCAUAGGAGGAAAUCCUCCUUUUUUAUCACAAAGACUGUAAAUUUUCAUAUAGAAAUUCAGUCUUUACUGUGUCUUUAAAUUAGACACUAAGUGGGCGUAUCCAGAAAGAGGUAGUAAUAUUUACAAGUUUGCAAUCUCUCUCCAAGAGGGAGAGAGAGAGAGAGAGAGAGAAAAAAACAAAAAAAACUUUUAUACUUAACUCCAUUAACUUUCAAUUCUGUGUCUUAAGUGGAUCUAUAUCCUCUUAUCUUACCAAUACGUAUGAAUAAUUUACUUUUAGCCACCUCUUUGAAUUAAAAACUGAUUAAUACUUAAACAUAUUUGCUUUUAUCUACUUUUUUCCAGAUAAUUAGUUAGUACCCUUAAGGUGAGAACAACCAACAAUUACUUCAAUAAACCUGUUAAUUAUUCAAAAAAACAUUUCUUUGCUUAUUUUAUACUUAACUUCAUUGCUCUAUGAAUAAUUUUCUUUUAACCACCUCUUUAAGUACAAAUCUGAUUAAUAUUAAUACUUAGACAUAUUUACUUUUAAGUCCUUAUGUUCCACAUGGUUACAUACAUAUACCCAAUUAAAUAGUUCUACAUAAGUGAGGACAAAAAAAAAAAAAAAAUUUCUUCCAUUAUUUUAUACUUAAAUCAGUUACUCUGUGAUUCUUUACUUUAAAUAAAUCUGUUUCUACUUAACUUACUAAUACAUGUGAAUAAUUUUCUUUUAACCACCUCGUUAAGUUCAAAUCUAAUUAAUAUUAAUACUUAGACAUAUUUGCUUUUAAAUCCUUAUGUUCCAAGUGCUUGUGUGCAUAUACUUAAUUCUCAAUUGACUAAUAGCUUUAAAGUGAAGACAAGCCCCAAUAACAUCAACAAAUUAGCAACUUGUGCAAAGCACAAUUAAGUGAUUCUAUAUGAGUGGAAAAAAAAAAGUUAAUUUUCUUCCUUUUUCAUUCCUUCUUCUCUCCCUCUCCUCUCUUCUCUCUUCCUUCCAUCUUCCUCUCCGCCGCAGCAGACCCUUCAAGCUUUUUUAUUGAUACCUGUUAACCAACUAUUUGCUUCAUUUGCAUCCAAAAAAAUUUUUCUUUCUUGUUUCCAAGUAAAUCUUAAAGAUGUUGGAUAGGCCCAUUGAAACCUGAUCUCUGCUUUUCUUAAAAAAUCCGUCACGAUAGAGAAAGAUUUCCUCCAAGUCCUGGUGUGAUAAGAUAAGUCUUGCAAAAAAAUUAUGUCUUUGUAAAUAGAAUUUGUUCGGGGUUUGGUACGGCAGGCUUUCAUUAAAUUAUUUCUCAAUGAUAAUGAGGAAAAACUCACUAUUACAUCUCUUGGGAGAUGUGAAGCUGUUGUAUCUGGUUUAUGUAUUCGGUGAAAAUUUUCUAUUUUAUAUUCAUCUGUAGGUAUUUCUGGUAAAACUUCUUCAAAUAAAUUGUUUAGAUAUUCUCUCAAUUUUUCAUUGGAGAUUUCUUCAGAAACACCUCUUACUCUGAUGUUUCUUUUUCUUGACCUAUCUUCCAAAGCUGCUAUUUUAUUUUCAAGAUUAUCAACUUUAUUUACUAGAAACUGCACCUCCGUAUUAAUUGCUUUAAUUUGCGUUCCAAACACUUCACAUUUUUUUUCCACUUCCACCACUGAUACUGCAACAUUUUUAAUUUCUUGUUUUAUCUCAUUGAAACUUACAAGCAUUUCUUGUUUCAAUAAAUUUAAUUGUAGUUCCAGCGUUUGCUUAAAUUGAUCUUGGAUACCAAUUGAAGCAAUUGCUUGAGCUUCUGAUGGAAAUUGAUUAAGUGCAACUUCUUGGAUAAUAUUGGAAGUAUUACUUGGGUGUGUCUUACUAUCAAUUAUCUGUUCCUGCGGAUCUUUAAUAGGAUCUUUAAUAGGAGUUGCAAAAAAACCUGACAACCUCUUUUCUGUUUGUUGAACUAACUUAAUUUCUUUCUUUUUUUCCGUUGUUUUCCUGGUUGACAUUUUGUUUUAUUUCUUAAAUGCUUCUCAGUGACAAAUUAUAACUAGAUGUCGCAUAUAAAAUUUCAACUCCAAACUCAAAGAACUAGAUUAAAUCAAUUGGUCAAAUAAUUGAUUCUUGAUGCCAAUCUCCUCCAACGAGGAAAAAAAAGAUUUCCUUCCACUUUUCUUUUUUCCAGGCCAGUAAUUAUAUACAGGUAUGAUGCCUUACAGUUAUAUUUUUUAGUAAAUACAGAAGUACUCACAGUUUUUAUAUAUGACUGUUUAGGAGAUCACUGAGGGAUGUAUUUCCUCUUUUUCCCUUUAUUUCUCUCUUAUUCUUUCCUUCUUUGUAUCCCUUUUUUCUUCUUCUUUUUUUUUUUCGUUUUUUGUUUGAUAAUUUAUACAGGAACUGUUUUUAUUUCUUCCUUGACCUUUUUAACGGUCUAUAAGGGAAUCGCCACUAUUUGCCACUAUUUGCCCAAAAACGGAGGCAACAAACCCCCAGCAAAAACCGGCAUACACCACCACGUCAGACCAGGUCCACCGACCCACCAAAUCUUCACCGAACCGAGCCCUCCCUCCACUUCGUCUAAGCCGGACCACACUCACAAGUCGGCACGGAGCGGCAUUGCUUACUCUCGACUCCGCGUCCUCUCUCCUCAACCUCCCUCCGGACACGCCCACCUAAAGCACGUGCGGCGUCUCACGUCAUCACGUCCUCAAUCCCAGGACAAUCCUCAAUUUAAGCAUUGCAGCACAUAGAGGAAGUGAUCUCAGAUCACUUCCUCCCAGCACUUGUGAAUGGGAAUCCACACCGUAGUAGAGCAGCCUGCAGCUGCUGUUGCAGCUCCUGUACUUGACCUGUACCUGGCCAGCCUUGUCCCCACUGGAACCCAGGGAAGCUACCCACACUGCUAGAUAUACACAGAGCUGCAGAAUAACCCUUCCUUCAUACAAAUAAUACAAACAGCCCACACACAAACACAACACACAAUCUGCACAAACUCAACACCACUGACAAUCCACACACAUGCACACAACCCCACAUGCAGGCUCUCACAAGCAAUACCCCAAACAGCCCACACACACUACCAAACACACAAUGUGACAUAUCCAUCCACACACAAUUCCACAAGCAACCCCCAUACACAGCCCACAUUCAUAUGUAUCAUACACAAUACCAUUAGCUACUAAUGAACAUAUACAAUAUAAUAGCUUAUAAACGCACAAAUACAAUGAAACAAAGCAACUGCAGUAAAAACAACACAAGUAGAAUACGGCAGCAUACACACCUCAAUUUAAAUAAAUAAAAAAUAGGACCCGCACGCUACGGGACAUCACAAUCCUAUAUCGGCACAGUGCUGCUAAAAGGUUGCCUACCCCUGAUAUAGUAUAAAAUGAUUUAAUUAUAAGUGUACUUUGAUAUAUAUCUCAAAAUACACUUGUGAUGAAAUCAUAGAUGCAAUAAAUAUAUAUACAAUAAUAAAAUGAUUUAAUUAUACAAAUAUAGGAAAUAAGUGUGUGUGUGUGUAUAUAUAUUACAAAAAAAAAAUUAAAAAAAAAUCUUUAUACAAAAACAAAACCGCUAACUUUGGCCAGCGUUUGUGACUAAGUGGCUACAUCAAAAGACUGGAAAUACCCCAUUUGGAAUACCCUGGGUUGUCAACAUUUGAAAAUGGUAUGCCAUGAUGGGGUUAUUUCACAUUCCUGGGCUACCAUAUGAUCUCAAAAGGCAACAAAGGUCCUGCAAACCAAUCUAGCAAACUAGAUCGGGCAAGCCCUAUAUUGACCCUGUAACUUUCCAAAACAUAUUGUUAUUCUUGUGAGACUUCGUUGAACACAAAUAUGAGUGUUUUAAAUCAGUAAAACGUAUUCCGACUAUGAAAUUACCAGUAAAAGUGCAGUUUUUGUGUAAAAAAAAAUGCAAUAAACAAAGAAAAAUUUUAACUUUGUCCAGCGUUUGUGACUAUUUGGCUACUACAAAUAACUGGAUAUACCCCAUUUUGAAUACCCUGGGUUGUCUACUUUUACAAAUGGUAUGCCAUGAUGGGGUUAAUUUUAAUUCCUGGGCUGCUAUAUGAUCUCAAAGGCAACAUAGGCCCAGCAAACCAAUCUCGCAAAUAUCAAUGUGCAAACAUGGAAAAGGGGAAGGCCCUACAUUUGACCCCUGUAAGUUUGCAAAAGCCCAUAAAACCUGUACAUUGGGGGCACUUUUGUACUCGGGAGAUGUUGCUGAACACAUAUUGGGGGUUUCUUUGUCAGUAACACAUAAACUGAACUAAAAAUCCAUGCCUAAAGUACAAUGUGAGAGGAAAAAAUUACACAAAAAAGACUAGUCAAAAGUUUGACAAAGACUGGUGGUAGAAUUAGUGCAUGGAAAGUGUUAAAAUACCACCAUUUGAAAUGGUGUCUACUUUUCAAAAAUAUAUGGUUUGAUGGGGGUAAACUAUAUUGUCCAGCUUCAAAAAAUAUCCCAAAUGGGACAUGGGUGCAUGAUGACUUACUGUGAAAAUUCCAAGUUGGAAAACUGAAAUGCGCACCCUCCAAAUAAGGUCUUUUAGCCCCCAGAGAACCCGACACACCUAUACAUGUGUGGUAUCCCUGUAGUCAGGAGAUGAUGCUGAACACAUAUUGUGGUGUUCUUUGGCAGUAACCUUUAAAGUUCUCAGUGCAUAUAUUCUUAAAUUGCCAUGUGUCUCAAAAAAAUCACCAAUUAUUAUUUUGUAAUUAAUUUGGCAUAGAUUGGUGGUAAAAUUGCUGCAUGAAAAGAUUCAAAAUACCCCAGGUUUGAUACCUUAGGUUGUCUUCUUUUAAAAAAUAUAAACAUGUGAAGAAUUAUUCGGGGAUUCCUGACAGAUAUCAGUGUUACAAUGUAACUUGCGUUAAUUUUGAAUAAAAAUGUUUUUGGAAAUAGCAAAGUGCUACUCGUGCUAAUAGCCCUAUAACUUUCCAAAAAAAGCUAAGUACAUGCUAACAUUAGGCAUUUCUAAACUCAAGACAAAAGUUAGAAACUAUUUAGCACUGGUGUUUUUGACAGUUGUAGAUGCGUAACAGAUUUUGAGGGUCAAAGUUCGAAAAAGUGUGUUGUUUUCAAUUUUUUCAUCAUAUUUUAGAAAAAAUUUUAUAGUAAAUUAAGAUAUGAUAAAAAUAAUGGUAUCCUUAGACCAUUUAAUGGCGAGAAAAACAGUAUAUAAUAUGUGUGGGUACAGUAAAUGAGUAAGAGGAAAAUUACAACUAAACACCACAGAAAUGUAAGAGCCUUGGUACCAACGGCAAGAAUUUUGAAAAACUACCUGGUCACUAAGGGAUUAAAAGUCCCAUCUCCCACUCCUCUUAUUUUUCCUUCUUGCAAAUCCAUAUAGUUUGAAACUUUUGCACUUAGUUCUCUCCAAACUAGGAAGUGACUCUGCCUCCAGGCUUCGAUCACUCAAUUUAUCAUUUUACUUCCUGGUUUGCUUAGUUUAGUCGAGCUAAACUCAAAAGACUGGCUAUUGACCAGAGCACCUGGUCUUGCAAAGACUAACCAUUGAACUGCAUUAGACAGAAAAAUAUAAAUUAAAUGCAUACAUGUUUCAUUGGGGGCAUACCUACUAAACAGUAAUUUGAUUCAGUCAGUGGGUAGUCUUUCAAAUGACCAGUUUCUGCAGGGAAAGGUGUUAGUCAUAGCAUAAUGUACAUUUAGUAUUUUUGCAGCAAAAAUGCAAACUAUACAUAUUGGGAGGCGGCAAAUCUUGAGCAAAACUAUGUUUUAGAAUAAAAAUAAUUAUUCUCUGUUUAUGUAAUGUUAGGUAUUUCUCUGCCAAUAACUUAAUGCACUGUAGUGCUACUGGAGAGUUUGCAUGUCUUACUUUGAUCCUUGUCAUACACCCUGUUCCAAAUUAUUAUGCAAAUUAUAUUUUUCUCAUUUACCUAAAUAAUUUAUGUAAAUAACAGUCAGCAUAAUUGUCGUGUUAUCAACUAUUAAGAGUACAAUUCAAAUUUUAUUGAACAAACCUCCUAAUGAUAACAGUAUUUUUUUUUAAACAUAAAAAGCUUACGAUGCACUGUUCCAAAUUAUUACGCACAGUAAGUUUAAAAACACUUUAUAGGUUGUAAAAAACUGAAAAUUGUCAAUUGUUGUGUUUGCAGCAUAUUUACCGAAAUCAAAAGCUAUUUCAAACGUAUAACAACAUUUUAACAGGUCACGUUACAUUUCAACAUAGGACCCCUUAUUUGAUAGCAGCUUCACAAGUCUUGCAUCCAUUGAACUUGUGAGUUUUUGGACAGUUUCUGCUUGAAUUUGUUUGCAAGAUGUCAGAAUAGCCUCCCAGAGCUGCUGUUUGGAUGUAAACUGCCUCCUACCCUCAUAGAUCGUUUGAUUGAGAAUGCUCCAAAGAUUCUCCAUAGGAUUGAGGUCAGGGGAGGAUGGAGGCCACACCAUGACUUUCUCUCCUUUUAUCCCCAUAGCCAUUGAUGCAGAGGUAUUCUUUGCAGCAUGAGAUGGUGCAUUGUCAUGCAUGAAGAUGAUUUUAUUACGGAAAGCAUAGUUCUUCUUUCUGUACCAGGGAAGAAAGUGGUCAGUCAGAAACUCCACUUACUUUGCAUAAGGACCAGCUCUCUUCCCGUGAUUCCUGCCCAAAACAUGACUCCACCACCGCCUUGCUGACGUUGUAGCCUUGUUGGAACAGGGUGGCCUUCCACCAACCAUCCAUUAUUAUCAGUGAACAGGACUGUUUGAAAAUUAGUCUUCAUGUAUUUUUCUGCCCAAUGCAGCCAUUUCUGCUUGUGAGCAUUAGUUAGUGGUGGCCGAAUAGAAGGUUUAGGAACAGUUGCAAGACUCUGGAGGACUCACACCUUGAUGGCCGUGGGACUCCACAGGCACCAUCAGAUUCAAAUAUCUGUUUGCUGCUAUGUUAUGGUAUUUUAGCAGCUGCUCUCUUUAUCCGAUGCAUGGAUCUGGCAGGAAUCUUCCUCAAUGUACCUUUAUCUGCACGAACCCAUCUGUGCUCUGAAUCAGCCACAAAUCUCUUAAUAGUGCGAUGAUCACGCUUAAGUUUUUGUGAACUAUCUAAUGUUUUCAUACCUCGUCCAAGGCAUUGAACUAUUUCACUCUUUUCGCCAGCAGAAAGAUCCUUUUUUACAUAGUUACAUAGCUGAAAAUAGACUUGUGUCCAUCAAGUUCAGCCUUCCUCACGUAUGUUGUUGCUGUUAAUCUAAAAGAAGGCAAAAAACCUAGUCUGAAGCGCUUCCAAUUAUGCCACAAUCUAGGAAAAAAAUCCUUCUUGACCCCAAAAUAGCAGUCAGCUGUCUCCUUGGAUCAAGCAGCUAUUACCCCACUAAUUAGAAAUUAUAUCCCUGUAUGUUAUGUUUUUGUAAGUAUUUAUCCAAUUGCAGUUUAAACCUCUGUAGUGACUCUGACAAAACCACCUCUUCAGGCAGAGAAUUCCAUAUCCUUAUUGCUCUUACUGUAAAAAAAAACUUUUCUUUGCCUUAGAUGAAAUCUCCUUUUUUCCAGCCUAAAUAUGUGACCUUGUGUCCUAUGUAUAGCCCUGUUUAUGAAUAGAUUUCCAGAUAAAGGUUUGUACUGGCCCCGAAUAUAUUUGUAUAAAGUUAUCAUAUCCCCUCUUAGGCGCCGUUUUUCCAAACUAAACAGAUUUAAUUUUUUUUUAACCUUUCUUCCCCAUAUUGCAUGAAAAUGGUGCUCUGCUUAAUAAUGUGGAACACCCUCUUUUAGUAGUUUUUCCGUAAAUUGGACUCACCUGGCAAUCUAAUUAUCACAGGUGUCCGAGAUUGUUUUCAGUGAUCAAAAGAGCCCUGAGACACAAUGCCAUCCAUGAGUUAAACUGAAAAACAAAAUAUUUAAUCUUUGUGACACUUAAAUAGGAUUUGAAUAAUAAUUUGGAACAGGGUGUAUAUAAAAUCUCAAUACCCUAUGACUUUACCUAACAUGUAGAAAAUCCCAUUAAAGGUAAAUGGUGCCGGAAUAUGACGUCAUUCCGGCCCCUGCAUCAUAACAGAGCGCAAGAGAGGAGCUACAGGCAGAGUACUGCUCCCUCGCACACAGGAAGAAUGCUGCCCCAUUGGACCCUCACAGCUCUCCCAAAGGUAGGGAAGCUGAGUGGGUUUCAAUUAAAACAAAAGUGUGUGUGAGCCUACUGAUGAGUAGUAUAGAAGUACCCUUAUGGAAGGAAAAAGUGAUACAAGACCUUCUACGGGACUAGCAAUAGUUAAAAUUUAACUUUUAAUAAAUAUAUGCGUGAUAAAAAAGUAAAAAGGAGGUAAAUAAAUCAUAUACAUACACCCUGUUCCAAAUAUGCAAAUUCUAUUUAAGUGUCACAAAGAUUAAAUAUUUUGUUUUUCAGUUUAACUCCUGAAUGACAUUGUGUCUCAGGACUUUUUUGAUCACUGAAAACACAGAGAUUAGAUUGCCAGGUGAGCCCAAUUUAAGGAAAAACUACUAAAGGAGGGUGUUCCACAUUAUUAAGCAGAGCGCCAUUUUCAUGCAAUAUGGGGAAGAAAAAGGAUCUCUCUGCUGGCGAAAAGAGUGAAAUAGUUCAAUGCCUUGGACGAGGUAUGAAAACAUUAGAUAGUUCACGAAAACUUCAGCGUGAUCAUCGCACUAUUAAGAGAUUUGUGUCCGAUUCAGAGCACAGACGGGUUCGUGCAGAUAAAGGCACAUUGAGGAAGAUUUCUGCCAGAUCCAUGCAUCGGAUCAAGAGAGCAGCUGCUAAAAUACCAUUAUAUAGCAGCAAACAGAUAUUUGAAGCUGCUGGUGCCUCUGGAGUCCCACGGACAUCAAGUUGUAGAGCCCUCCAGAGUCUUGCAACUGUGCAUAAACCUUCUAUUCGGCCACCACUAACCAAUGCUCACAAGCCGAAACGGCUGCCUUGGGCAGAAAAAUACACGAAGGAUAAUUUUCAAACAGUCCUGUUCACUGAUGACUGCCAUGCAACCCUGGACGGUCCAGAUGGAUGGAGUAGUGGAUGGUUGGUGGAUGGCCACCCUGUUCCAACAAGGCUGCGACGUCAGCAAGGCGGUGGUGGAGUCAUGUUUUGGGCUGGAAUCAUGGGAAGAGAGCUGGUCGGCCCAAUUAGGGUCCCCGAAGGUGUUAAGAUGACCUCUGCAAAGUAUGUGGAGUUUCUGACUGACCACUUUCUUCCUUGAUACAGAAGGAAGAACUGUGCUUUCCGUUAUAAAAUCAUCUUCAUGCAUGACAAUGCACCAUCUCAUGCUGCGAAGAAUACCUCUGCAUCGGUGGCUGCUAUGGGGAUAAAAGGAGAGAAAGUCAUGGUGGGGCCUCCAUCCUCCCCUGACCUCAAUCCUAUUGAGAACCUUUGGAGCAUCCUCAAGCAAAAUGUUAAACUGUUUAAAAUAUUGUUAUAAGUUUGAUUGAAAUAACUUUUGAUUUCAGUAAAUAUGCUGCAAACACAGCAAAUGACAAUUUUCAGUUCUUUACAACCUAUAAAGUGUUUUGAAGCUUACUGUGCGUAAUAAUUUGGAACAGUGCAUUGCAAGUGUGUUUUUUUUUUUUUUUUUUUAUUUUUUUUUUUUUUGUUUGUUUAAGAAAAAAUUACUUUUAUCAUUAGGAGGUUUGUUCAACAAAAUUUGAAUUGUACUCUUAAUAGUUGAUAACAUGAUAAUUAUGUUGACUGUUAUUUACAUCACUUAUUUAGGUAAAUGAGAAAAAUAUAAUUUGCAUAGUUUGGAACAGGGUGUAGUAAUUUUGGAAAACUAAUCAUUAUAAUGGUGUUGACUCUGCCCAGCAACGACAGCUUAAAGGACCACUAUAGUGCCAGGAAAACAAACUCGUUUUCUUGGCACUAUAGGGUCUUUAGGAUCCCCCACCCUCAGGGUCCCACUCGCACUGGGGGGCUGAAGGGGUUACACACUUGCCUUUCUCCAGCGCCGGGCCCCCUCAGUGCUGGGGAACUCUCCUCCUCUUCCUGACGUCAGCGAUGCAUGCGCGGCGCAUUCAGACAGUCCAUAGGAAAGCAUUUCUUAAUGCUUUCCUAUGGACGUCCAGCGUCUUCUCACUGUGAUUUUCAGCGAAAGCAUUCUGUUUUGCAUAGAUUAAAUAAUGCUUAUUAAUCAUAGCUGAAAAUUUUGUCUACAGUUGGUGAAAUUUUCACUGAUGUGUUCGCGUCUCCAAUCAAAGUUCUAAGUUUGUUGAAGUUCCUGUAUGUAGAGUUGUGCCUGUGUUAGGUAGUGUUUGCGUUUUGGUUUAAUUUAGUUUAUAAUAUGAUAAAUUGCCAUAAGUUUCUAGGAGUUGCAAUAACGAGGGUAAGGAUGAGGACACAUCGCUCAAAGUGAGAAGGAUAUCGUUGGCGAACAUGGAUAGUUUGUAUUUCUUUGGGUCUAUUUUGAUGCCAUGUGAUGUUGGCGUUGUCAGAUUAUGUGCGCCAUUGUUUCUCGUGACAUUACAAACAGUGGAGAUGGGGGGCACCACUGUCUGGCACCAUUGGAGAUAUUGAAUGGUGUUCUCAGGAAGCCGGCAUUGGAUACUUGGGUUGUUGUAAAGGCCCAUAAUAUCUGAAAUUAUGGAUGGAGAGAAGCCAAAAGUGAGUAGUAUGUGUUUCAUAUAUUCCCAGUUUAGUUUGUCAAACUUAAGCGCGUCUAGCACUAGGAGAAGACCGUUGCCAUGUGUGGUAUGAAUUUGUGAUGUUUAAGAUCUUUCUGGUGUUAUCUGUGCCCUGUUUUGUUCGUAUAAAGCCUGAUUGGUCAUUAUGGGUUAAUUUUGGAAGGAUGUCCGAAAGUCUAUUUGCGAGAAGUUUGGCGUAGAGUUUGACAUCUCCGUUUAACAGGGAGAUGGGUAUGACGUUUUAACACAAUGGCGAUAUGGGCACGUAGCAUAUCUGGGGUUAAGGUGGCUUGGGAGUAGCAUGUGUAAAAAAGUUUGUGUGGGGAUAGUAUAUGUGCGUAAGUCUGAUAAUAGAGGUUUGUGUAUUCAUCUGUGCCGGGUGCUUUGUGUUUAGGAAGUUGUUGUAUUGCUUUUUUAAUUUCCACGUUGGUGAAUGGUUUAGAGAUAGCUUCAAGGUCCUCUGGUGAAAUUUUGGGUAGGUCUACCCGUGAUAGAAAGUCUUGUAUGGCUAGGUGGGAGGUGGUGUAAUGCCCGGAUCAUCCUUGAGAUUAUAUAGUGUGCUAUAGUAGGAGACAAAUUUGUUAAUUAUGUCUUGUGGGUUCAUAAGUUUAGUUUUGGCUGCUGUGUGUGUAUACAUGCUAUCUUAGUGUUUUGCGCGUGCUUUGAGUUGAGAGCGUUAAUUCUGAGAUGAGGUCUGUGUAUGCUUUAGUCCUUUUGUUAUUUUUACAUAUCCUUCGGCCUUGAUGAGGAAGCCUCUUAUCACAGCCUUGUGUGCUCUCCAUAAUAUAUCUAUGGUAGCGUCUGGAGUGGUGAUGGUCUGCAAGUAGGAUGUCAGUUCAGCUUCAAUAUUUGCGAUAAUCUUUGGGUCUUGGAGCAAGGAGUCAUUAAGUCUCCAUGAGCCUUUGCCGGUGUUGGGAAAAUGUUCCCGCAAAGUAAGAGUUGCUCUACUUACAUGGUCUGAUCAUGAGAUCAUACCUAUUUGGGCCUCUUGUAUUUUGUGCAUCAUGGUGGAGGCUGAGUGGUGUAGGUGUUUUUUGCGGGAGAGUGAAAAGUACAAUCGCGUUCCAGCAGGUGUAAAAUUCUCCAGGGGUCUAAAAAGUGUGAUUUUUUUUUUUUUUUUGACACUGGAGGGAUGCUGCUUUCAUUUGUUUUUGUGUACAAGGAAAAAGGGGGUUUGCGCACACAAUGGUAUAUGGUAAUUUAUGGUUUUAUAUUUAAUCCAAAUGUUAAUAGUUGUCUCCGGUUGUCUUUGUGAAGGCAGAACUGACACUGCAUUAGUUGGUUCUGCUUGUCCGUAUCUGUAUGUUCUUCUCUUACUGUCACACACGGGAUAUCCCAGGGCUGAGUUAUUCUCCUGAUGCAGAAAUAUAAAACCAGAAACUACUAUAUACCAUUGUGUGUGCAAACCACCUUUUUCCUUGUACACAUUCGUUUAUGUAAGUGGUAACAUAACGCUUGGGUGUGUUAAGACCCACUGAGAUAUACUAUAUAUCAUUUUCCACACUAUAUAUCCUAUUAGAUUUUUAGCGCCACUUUUCUAUUUUUUGUUUUUGUGCAGUUGUUCUGGCUACUGUGUAUGUAAAGGUGCAAUCUAGGGAACAGUCCAAAAUAAAGUUGGUAUCUCCCUCAAUGACAACUUCCCCGAAUUUAUGCAUAGUGGCUAAUGCUAAGAGAUUUUGUCUAAAAAUUAGUUUUGGUUCGUGUGUGGGCCAUAUACGUUAACGAAUGUAUAUUGUUCGUUGUUAACCUUGUAUUAACAGGCACCUUCAUUUUUAUUGCUAAUUUUUUUGACAAGUGAGAAUGAGAAAACUCUCCCGAUCAUGAUUGAUACUCCUCUCUUUUUCUUUUUGCAUGAGUGGACGUCAUGGGGGAAUUUAGAGGAGCAGAACUUGGGCCUCUGGCCCCAUUUGAAAUGGGUCUCUUGAUAGAAGGCUACUUGGGCUUUGCAUUUUUUUGGGGCUUCUUCCAGUGCUAACCUAUGUUUAUUUGGAGAAUUCAGUCCUUUGGCAUUUAUGGAUAGUAUAUUGAACAUCACUGUGAGAAAGAUUUGUGUGCAGCUAUUCGUAAGUCAUAGCAGAAUAUAUGCAGUUGGGCAUUACCACAGUGUGUUUCAAAAUAAUUAUUCGUGAUUUAUUCUUUUUGCGUCUAUUUUUGUUAUUUUACUUUUUUCGGGUUGUGUUCUUUUUUUUUUAAUUUUUUGUUUGCUUUUUUUUGUUUAUAAGUUUUGUAGACAUGAGGGUAUCUGUGUGAUUCUGAGAAUUUUGAUAUUUUGGCAGAUGUGGAGAUAGCGGUACGGUACCAGAUUUCCCAAGAUCUAAACAUACAGAGUGUUCGUUCAGAUUAUCCAGUUCCACACUUUAAAACAUUAACCCUUCACUCACACUCACACUCAUGUUCAAUGAAAUAAAGUGGUUUAUUAAUACAACUAGUUCGAUAUGAGAUAAGCUUAAGAAGUUGCUAGCAAAAAAUGUUUGCUUGGUACCAUGUCCACAGUAGUGGGAAGGGGUGAGAGGCAUAACCAAUGUUUCUAAUGUGGUAUGGGUUAAGCAUUAUAUGAAACUAACAAAAAGAAUGGGGUAGGAGAGCCCACUCACUAGCGGUAGAUGGGACCUACUCACAUUCGCAAAUACCUCCUAAUGUCCUAGUUUAUUAUGAAAUAAAAAAAAAACUCACAAAAUAAUAAUAAACAAUACUAAAUACCCAUGUCCUGACACACCAUAAAUGUGUGAAAACUGUGAUGAAGUGAAAACAUAUACCCUUAAAAGCCUGGGUUAUUGAUUCUAGAAUACCAUAUGAAGUUAUAUAGGGACCGAAAGUGGCUAAUAGUACAUGAGCCUGGAAAGAAUCACAAGUCACGCCAAACAAGUUCCCUAAAGCAUUGGUAUGAAAACUAGAGAUGUCUAUAUAUAAUAUAGUCCAUAAAGGGACAUCUAAAAUAGGAACGCAGUCUGUGGUGAACAUAAAGGUGUUCUUGGUGGGGCCAAGGGUUUGUUAGGCAAUUAAAACGACAUUAAAAAUAAGAAAAGAGCAUUUAAAUCUGACAAAUCUGAGGUAACCUAUAUAAGAUAUAAGGAAGUCAAAAAUGCUUGCAAAAGGGCAAUUGAAAUGGCUAAACUAGAAAAUUAGAAAUUUAAUAGCCAAAAAAAUGCAAAACUGUAAUGAAUGAUUGCCCUGUCGUAGUUUCUGCCUGAUGGUAAUCUGAGAGUGCGUUCCUGAUCUUGAUUUUUUGGUAUUUGACUUUGGCUUCGUUUUGUCUUCCCUGAUUUCUGGUAUCCUCGACUUUUGGCUUUUUCUCAUCACUGUGUCUGAUUCUCUAUCCCUGACCUCGGCAUGUAUUCUGACUAUUCUUGGAUACCUUAAGUCCGGCCAUUCUAAGGUCUGCAAGACAUUAUUCUUAGUCGGCAGGAUACUAUCCUGCGUGCGGGAUCAAUUGGUUAUCCUGACAAAAAAACAACCCCAAGGUACACUGGAAACCGAGAUGGGUCUGUUAGUUAAUGAAGACCAAGAAAAGGCAGAAAGUUUAAAUAACUAUUUUUCUUCAGUAUAUAUUAAUGAGGAUCCUAUGGCAAGAGAUAUGCAAAUGAUUGCAAAAAACUUGCAGAUAACUUGUGAUAGGAUGACUCGAGACAAGGUGCUACAGCAGUUAAAGAAAAUAAAUGUAAAUAAAGCUCCAGGACCUGACAGUAUUCACGCACGAGUACCUAAGGAGCUAAGUGGGGAAAUAAGUGAACAUCUGUAUUUAAUCUUUCAAGAUUAUUUUGUUUUAGUUAUUGUACCGGAGGAUUGGAGGAAGGCAGAUGUUCCUAUAUUUAAAAAGGGUUCAAAAUCCUCGCCUGGAAAUAAGUCCUGUGAGCUUAACUUCUGUGACUGGGAAAAUAUUUGAAAGGUUAUUAAGGUAUAAUAAUCAGGAAUUCAUUGGGAAUAACUUUAUUAGCAAUAAUCAGCAUGGUUUUAUGAAACCUAGGUCAUGCAAAACUAACCUAAUUGUAUUCUACGAUGAAGUAAGUAAAAGUAUAGAUCAGGGCAUUACAGUGGAUGUGAUCUACUUGGAUUUUGCCAAGGCAUUUGAAACGGUUCCUCACAAUAGGUUAGUCUUCAAACUAAAAGAAAUUGAUCUAGAUGAACAUUCUUGUUCUUGGGUAAAACACUGGCUCAAGGAUGGAGUACAACAAGUUGUCAUUAAUGGUACCUUUUUGAAGCUGGACAAAAGUGGUAAGUGGUGUCCCUCGGGGUUCUGUUUUGGGACCGCUUCUAUUUAACAUAUUUAUAAAUGCUCUUGAGAUGGGCAUUGAAAGCCAUGUAUCAGUGUUUGCAGAUGACACAAAACUUUGUAAAGUAAUAAAAUGUGAGCAGGAUAUUGCUUUGCUGCAGAGGGAUUUGGAUAGAUUAGGGGACUGGACACACAAAUGGCAGAUGAAAUUUAACGUAGAGAAAUGCAAAGUUUUGCACUUCGGGGUCAAGAAUGCACAAGCAACUUACACCCUAAAUGGUAGUGAGUUUGGUAUAACCACACACGAAACUGAUUUGGGAAUUGUUAUAGACAACAAAUUAGGCAGCAAUAUGCAAUGUCAAUCUGCAGUUGCUAAGGGUUUUGUCAUGUAUAAAUAAGGGCAUAAAUUUUCGGGAUGAAAAUAUAAUUGAAUAUGCUGUGCAAUUUUGAGCACCGUUUCUAAAGAAGGAUAUCAUGGCACUAGAAAAAGUGCAGAGGCGAGCUACAAAAUUGAUCAAAGGAAUGGAGCAUUUUAGUUACGAAGAAAGGUUAAAAAAUGAAAUCCCUUUUAGUUUGGGAAAAACGGCGCUUCAGAGGGGAUAUGAUAACUGUUUAUGGCUCCCCCUGUAGGAAAGGGGUUACUGACGUGUAGGAUGUUCCCUUCCCGAAUGCAGAGGUAGCUACUGAGCGCUCCAAACUGCCGAACAGCAAUCACACGAACCAGCCAGUAUUCCAAACAGCCGAACAAGCGCAAUCCAUAUGAAUAAUCCCCCCCCAAUGACGAGACAAAGCUCCGUAUUGAGGGUCAGCAGGAAUCUGGUUUAAUGUGGGCUACCUGAAUAUUUAUUCAGGUCUCCCACCUGGUGGACACUCCCCCGUGGGGACCAAAUAUCAAUGACCAAUCAGAGUGUUACACGCAUAGCCCUUCCCUUUAGUUACUCAAGACUCUCUACUCUGCCCGGGAGAUAAUUGUGAAGUAAGUCAAUUAUCUCCCUGGACAAAGACUAAACACCAUUAUAAGUGACAAUUGCAAAAGUGGUUAAAAAUACAUAACUUCACAGUAAUGGGACAUAACACAGGCAUUCAACGGGUUCCUAGAUAGCUGGGAUCUGAGCGCACAAAAGUACCGAAUAGCGCUCAGAUCCUAUGCACACAGUCCAAUCGCCGUGGAGUCAAAGUGUUCACAAAGUCUGUUCUUCAUACGAAUGGACUCCACGGGAUGGCUAUCUUUGGUAUGGCUUAUUUGUGAGCAAAGUACCGAACACAGGGAUGUUCGUGAGUCUUUACCGAAGGAGAAGGGAGGUCGUGGCUUCAGCGGUGUUUGUGCCAAAUAGUGUCAGUUUUAAGUUCAAUGAGUUUGUGGUCGAACACCGCUGAGCGUUCGUGGAUUUUAAAAUUGCCGCAACCUCGUGUUUCGGGAUACGAAUGGCGGCCACCCCGCUGCAGUCACCAAUUAAGGAGUGUCUGUGGUUAACCUCAAUGUUCUAAUGGGGCCAACAGGUUAACCAGCAACACACUUCUCUACUGGGUAGCCGGCCGUUCGGGAGUUUGUUCGGUAGUUUCAGGGAAGCAUAUAGAGUCCACACAAACUGGGAAAAGCACGAACCAAACAAAUGAAUAGUAGUUCCAUGUUGGUCCAAGACAAAGGGAUCUGUCACAAUAACAUUAUACAAAUAUAUUCGGGGCCAGUACAAACCAUUAUCUGGAAAUCUAUUCAUAAACCGGGCUAUACAUAGGACACGAAGUCAUGCAUUUCGGCUGGAAAAGAUUUAAUCUAAGGCACAGAAAACGUGUGUAACGGACCGUUUUGCCCAAAAGGGGUUAAAAACCGUUUAGGCGAUAUUCCCCUUUUUCAGCUGCACCGACAGCUACUGCAAGCACCAAUCUCCUGAACUGCAAACCCACAAAUUCACCAACUCCCGAACUGCAACCAAGGGAAUACUCGAAACUCCCGAACUGCAUACAAGAGACAACACGAAUAGCUGCUAGCAGACGAACAGGAAAAGCCCCCAAGCGGCUUACACUCCUGGCAAUCAGUCUCUAACAGCAUACAGUAAAUCCUCCCCCAAUAAUGAGACGACACUUCACUUUGAGGGUUAAGCAGGAACUCUCUGUAAUGGCCACACACUGGCUUUUAUGCAAGUCCCCAUGCAAGGGGACAUCCCACAGGGUGGGACACAGUACAACCAAUCGUUACAGGGGAACCGUAAAACACACCCACAAUUACAUCACAAUCCCUCCUCUCUGUCCUGGAGAUAAUUGUGAAGUAAUCAAAUUAUCUCCAAGGACAGAAGCAAAACUCCAUUAACCACAUGGCAGACAAAGGACAAUAAAAGACAUAAAAUUAAAAUGUGGCGAAACCGGCCUCGCCACGUGUCCUUGGAGGGGGCUGCUUGCCCGCCUCUUGCCUUUGGACUAUGUACCAGACUUUAUGUGAAUGUGUUAACCCAGAUAGCUAUGCCAUGGAGCCCAUUUGUGUAGUUAAAGACUUCGGCUCCAUGGCAAUUGAACUGUGUGAAUAGGAUCUGAGCGCUAUUCGGUAGUUUUGUGCGCUCAGAUCCCAGCUAUCUGGGGAUAUGUGAAAUGUCUGUGUGUUAUGUGUAAAAGGUGACUUUAUGUAUUUUAAAGUGUUUUAUGUCUUUUUGCAACCAUGUGCUCAAUGGAGUCUGCCUCUAUCCCUGGAUAAUUGGAUUACUUUUCCCCAUUGUCUCCAGGAUACAGGGCUCUGUAAAACCUGUUUGAGCCAGAUAGCCAUGUACCAGCCAGGGCCCAAAAUAUACUUUUACUAACUUUUGAACCCCUGGUCUGAUACAUGCCAUUUUUUAAUAUGUUGUUCCCCUGAAUGGAUUGAUUGUGAAUAUGUAAUUUUAUGUGAAUGUGAUGUAUAGUUUUAGAGUUAUGAAAGUUGGGUAAAAAGUAUGUUUUAACUGUAUGUGUAAUUGUGUUUCCUCUCAGGAUAAGGGGAGGGAAUAUGUGGGAUAUAACUGUGAUGUGAUUGGUUGUUUUAUACCUCCCUGUGGGCGGUCCUGGAUUUGCAAAGACUGUAAUAAAAAACAGGCUGGGUGUGCCAGCACCUGAGUUCCUGUUUUUAACCCUCAAAGUGAAGUGUCGUCUCAUUAUUGGGGGAAGGAUUUAUUGUAUGCUGUUCCAGUUUGACUGCUAGUAGAGUAAACCUAUUCGUAUGGUUCCUAUUCAACUGUCUACAACAUUUAUAUGCUUGGGAGAAUUUAUUUGUUUCUCCGGUUCGGUGAUUGUGGUGUCUGCCAGAGUGCUUGGAGUCCUCAGGAAGCGCUAGGAGCAUCCUUCAACGGAGGUACCCAGUCGGGGUGCCAGGCGAUCCGUUACAACGUGUUUUUCUUUUUGUUUUUUACUGCAAGCACUUUAAGGAUAUGGAAUUCUCUGCCUGCAGAGGUGGAUUUAUCAGCGUUCAUACAGAUGUUUAAACAGCAAUUGGAGAAAUACUUCCAAAAACAUAACAUACAUGGACAUAAUUUCUAAUUAGUGGAGUAAUAGCUGCUUGAUCUAUGGAGAUAUCUAGAUAUCUGACUGCCAUUCUGGGGUCAAGAAGGAAUUUUUUCCUAGUUUGUUGCAAAAUUGGAAGCGCUUCAGACUGGGUUUUUUGCCUUCUUUUGGAUCAACAGCAAAAAUAAAUGUGAGAAUGGCUGAACUUGAUGGACGCAAGUCUCUUUUCAGCUAUGUAACCAUGAGAACCCGUGGUAACAUCAAAAAGUGAGGGUAAAAGGGCUAUUGUGCCCUGGUAAGUAGGUUGGUGUUGCUGUAUGUGCAGUAUGGUCACUUAGCUGUGGACACAACAUUCCAGUCACUUGGAACUUUGCACAAGGAUCUCUGAGGCCUCCUCCUGGUGUCUCAUUGUUGCGGCUCCGGUAUGCUGAUGUUCCGUUCCUUAAGGAGGCAGUUGCCUUCCUCCAGUCAGAUGUGGCGGUCAGUUCAAUUAUGUCUGAUAGGCAGGUGGGGAACCCCCAGCGGUAGAGGAUGUUGACAUCUCGUAGGGCUCUUAUGAUGGGAGCCAGAUCUUUUUGCUUCAGUAAUGUGGAGGCUGAGAGGUCGGUGAAGAGGUGUAUCCAGAUGUUCUCUCUUACAUCCAUCAAGUAGUUACAGAGGGUCUUGGGCAGGCUGAGAUGGCAAAGAAAAGAUGUAGAUCUUUUAGCCCUGAAGAAUAUCCUGAUUUGAGCUCAGAUGAAUAUAUGCCGCCAGCAUUUGAAAAAGACGAUGUUACGGUUACCCCCAGGCUAGCUGGACCGCUUGGAUAGCCUGGAUCCACAGUGUAGAGCGAGAGAAGCGGCGCUUCGGUAGUUAGUCCAUACAAAUCCUGUAAAUGUAGAGCAAUCCCACUAGCUCUAGUAUAGCUAGGAUAAACUUUUCCCCCACAAAAUGAGUCGAGGCUGCGAUUUGAGGGUCAAGCAAGAACUGGUUUUAAUGGCACCUGGGCAUCGGUAUUUAUGCAAAAACCUCAGGUCCAGGGACAUCCCCCACUGGACCUGAUGGGAUACAGGGACAACACAAACAAUUGACCAAUAACAGUACACUGUAUCAUUUGAAAUAGUCCCCGCCCCUCUUGGAGAUACAAGUUUCAACGGUUGGAGUGAUUCAAUUAUCUCCCAGUGCCCAGAAUCCCACGAGUAACUUGAACAUACAAAACAACAUAAAAAUACAUAUUUAUAACAUUGUAUAAUGCAUCUCCUAUAUUCUACCAUUCAUUAGAUAGCUCAGGUUUGAGCGCAUCAGACCUCACGAACAGUAGAGCCAGUCCUUAACAUACAAAGUCCUUUCGUGUUUCUUUGUCCCGAACACGAGAUGGCGGCCAUGUUUUCUGUCGGAGAGUAGGCGAGCGGGACCUGGCCCCAAAACCCCUGGAUCGAGAGACGGGUAGUUUGUGAUACGAAUACCGCUCCAGGGAUGGUUGUCUCGGCCCUUCGUGGACCGAACGUAGACCGCACUGAAUGAGCAAUUAGUCUGCGGUUAACCGCAGCCCCAACUUUCUAAUUGGGGACACACGUUGGAGUACAAGGAGGUCCUCAUUCGGGAGUUUUGAGUGCGGAGAAAUAGUAUACGAACGAGGCCACCCUGGGGCCCAUCAAUUACGUUGUGGUUAACCACAAACCGCAAGUUCCCGGUGGUCGGCCAUUCGGUUGUUUGAAAGGUGACAAAGGUUAAGUGGCGGCACACACCAGAGCCUAGGUGGUCUUACUUCGUAUGGGCGAAUAUAAGGUCCUGGUGGUUCGUCUAAUUGUGGUUAUACAACAGGGGUACCGAAAGGAACGGCAUUCAGUAACAUAAAAUAAAGAAAACCAAUACUGGUCCGCAGAGCAUCUGUAACAGAUGACUUUUCAUCUCAAGAUGAAUAGUCUGGGGCCUUUCCUGCCUUUAUAGACAAUGGUAAAAUUAAAGUUAUAAUCAAGGCGGUUCGUGAUAUCUUGGACCUUAGUGAUAAGAGAGAGGAAGAACCAGCCUCUAGUAAGCACUUUGCAGACCUAAGAAAGCGCAAUCCUACUUUUCCAUUGCAUGAACCCAUUGAGGACCUUAUUAAACAAGAAUGGAAACAAUCUGAGAAAAGAGUUUCUAUUCAGCGUUGUUUUUCUAAACUUUACCCUUUUAAAUCUGAUGACUGUGUUUCUUGGGAUCUUGUCCCCAAUGUGGAUGCAGCAAUUAUCCAAUUAGCCAAAAAGAUCACCCUUCCAGUGGAUAAUGCUGGAUAAUUACGUGAUCCCAUGAAUAAAUCUAUGGAUUCUAACUUAUCCAAAACCUAUGUUGCCUCUGGCUCUGGGCUUCGUCCAGCCGUGGCCUUGACAUCCGUUUCAAGAGCCUUAAAGCAGUGCAUGGAUGAUCUUGAAGAAGACAUUUCAAGUGGAGUCAGUAGAUCCAGGCUGUUGGAAUCUUUGGAGAAAGUUAAAUUCGCUAUUUAAUUUUCUUUAUUAGCUUCUAUAGACUUGGUAAGAUCCAUUUCCAGAAGCAUUGUCCUGUCAGUAGCAUCAAUAUGUGCUCUUUGGCUACGUAAUUGGGUGGCAGAUACUUCUUCAAAAAAUAGCCUGUGUGCCCUUCCUCUUCAAGGGGGUAUGCUUUUUGGCAAAUAUCUGGACAAAUUAAAUGGGCAGUGGAAGGGCGUAAAGCUUUCCUUCCUCAAGAUAGAGAACCACAGGACAGACGCUCCUUUCAGGAUAAGGAAUUGACGAUACAGGCCUGGUAGAGAAUUCUCCAGAUUCCACUCUUGGAAAGGUGGAUAUUCCCCCUCCAAAAUCUCCCGGGGAUGAGGUGGCAGUACCAGGAAAGGAACCUAUGUGAGAUUGAAGUUCCUUGCGGUCGCAAUUACCCAGCAAGAUGUAAUGGUUGAUGCUGUUGAGGAUGUUUGUAAUUUUUGUUCUUGUGGUAAACUAGCUUGCAUAGAGGUCACUUUCUGGGACUCCCAGGUGGUCAAACAGACUAAUGGUUUCUCUGAGAUUUCUGGGGGGAAAGGAGUUCUCUUCGAUCAGCAAAAAAUCAUCCAGAUAAUGGAUGACUAUGGGGCAUCUGGAAAUGUUAAGUAACAACCAGCAAAGUGAUUCUGCAAAUGUGUCGAAGAUUUUGAGACUACUUUGUGACCCAAAGGUUAAGCGGGAGAAAAAAUAAUAGUUAUCUGCCCAUUUGAUGCCAUGUAAGUGCCAGAAUGUAGGGUGGAUAGGUAGUAGUUUGAAGGCAUUUGUAAUGUCGGUCUUACUUAGCCAGGCUCUGACCACUGCUUGCGUGAUGGCAUGUUCUAUAGUGGCAUAUUGUAGGGAAAACUCUUCGGAGGGAAUGCGGGAGUUGAGACUUUGGGUAUGAGGGGCUGACAGAUCUGUGAUGAGUCUCUGCUUAAGGGAAGAUUUCCCUGUGACUAUCCCGAUGGGAUUUGUGCGCCAUGCUGUAAAUGGUGAGGUUUUAAAAGGCCCGAACAAAAACCCCUCUGCCAAUUUUUGGGCUAUGAGUGUAUCUACUGCCGUUUGGUUCUGUUGCGCUGAUUGUAAAUUUGGGCAUUCAAGAUGGCCUGUGGGCAUAUGUAUGAUGCCUGUAUGGAACCCCUCUGAGAAACCAGAAAUUAGGAAAUCUACCAUAUGUCUGGGGGGGUGAUUGAUUAGUAGUGCUGAGAAGACAUGAAUGUUAACAGACGUUUAUGGUUUAGGGUACAUUUUAUUUGGACACAUGGUUUUCGCAUGUGCCCUUAAACAUUGUGAACAGAUAUGCAAUAACCUGCAUGCGCUAAAGCUACAUGUGCCCACAUUGAAAUUAUUGCAAACCUGGGAUUUACCAAAGAAAAUGAUGGGACGACCCAGUUUGUCUCUGGUGGUUUUCUCAGAUCUACCAGUGUAGCUAGUGCUGGCUGGGUGACUGAUUACGGUCGUCUGCCGUGUUGGAACAAAAAUUUGUAGUGUGGGUAGUAGAAGAGCAGGAUGCACAAGCCGGUGUUUUGAGACCUGCAAAGUGUCUACAGAAUAUUUCCAUAUCUAUUCUGCUCCAGUUGAUAUGGGUACCAUACUGAGAGAGAGCGCCAGACACCUUGGUGGAAAAUGACCUAUGGUAGUCGUAAAAAGCCGAUCCACCAUAUUUGUUCCCCAGGUCCACCAGCUUGUGCAUAUAACAAUCAAAUUCUUCCCUUCUAUUAGGGUACACUUCACAAAUGACAUCUCUAAAUAUACCAAAUGCUAACACAAAUUCAGGGAUGGUCAGUUUCCGGUUUAAUCUGGAGUCUUUGGAUAUGACCACCACAGAUACUUCGUCAUACAUGUACUUCUUAUUUUUGACCGCAUCCUGGGAGGCAAUUAGUAGGGAUGCUAGGUUGACAUGUUUGCAUUCCAGGAUGUCUCGCUUAAUGUGGGCUGGGAUUGUGUGUGCAGGAUCAACGUCCUCAUAAGAGGUAAUAGUACCCGUGGCUCGUUUGGUGCCUGUUGGACGGUAUCAGGAAAGCCAGCCUUGGUGAGGGUUGUGGUGACCGCCUCGAGGUUAGCCAGUCUGUCGUUAACCUUGCCCAUAGAGUUUAUGAGCGAGGCCAGCAUAGCCUGGAUGUCACCCGAGUUGGUAUUGCUGGAGCCUUCCCCUGCUUCGGUGUUGUCGGUUGUAGUGCUUAGGAGUUUGAAUACCUCUGCUUUCCUUGCUGUGACAGGGUAGGGGAUUUGUUGGCUCCUUAGCUAAGUGGUGAUGCGUGGGAUUGUCCAGGAUCUGAUCGAUGCUGGACUGGCAACUUCUCCCCUACGAGAAGGUAUCUCGACCCUAGCUGGGGUGUUAUGAAGAGAUAUCUCUUCGUCACCUUCAUGAGACAUAAAUAAAAGAUAAAAUUAUUAUUUAAACUGAGUAGCUUGCUAGCUAUGCCAUGAGGCAAAACCAUUAUGCUUAUUGUUUUGGUGACUGGUGAGGCCCUGCUAGUUGCCAAGUAGCUUGAGCAGCUCUAUCUAUGCUUGGCGCAAGGGGAUUUUUUGUGGCCACCGAACGUUGUGGCAGGAUGUUGGCCUCUCGGUGACUGUAACCAGAAAAUAGGAAGGGGCAAUCCGUAUAGGUUUCAGUAGCACCUGUAAACUAAAUAGAUGGAGACCGUAUGAAAAUACAGCAAAAUGUAUUGCACAAACCAAGUUUACCUUAAUGUUGUUUGGUUGUUGACCUGUAGAGGUCCGUGGAGAUGUUUGUAACAUCUCCGUAAGUUUAUGAUUUAUUUGUGGGCCUGUGGGUGGCCGUGUUAGUAAGACCUCCGUCGGUCUUGGUGUAGUGUGCUAUGUAAUAUAGCAUGUUCUUGAGCCCGUACUGAGUAGCUUAGGUGAAACGUUGUAGUCCCGUGUCGUAAUACGGCUUUUAACGUGAGUCCAAAAUUAUAGAUUUUUUUUGUCACCUGUACCUGAUUGAUUUUAUGUAGCAUAUGUACCUGUUGUACGUUAAGCAUGUAUGAAUAUGUAUGGUUAAAGGUAUGUUUGUAGAUGGUGAUCUUAUUUAAUAUGUAUGGAAAUAAUUUAUGUAUAAUGUAGAAUAGUAAAUGUCUACUGUAUAAGUAAUAUAUGUGACUUUUUUUUUAAAUUUAUAUGCAAUAUGUAAAGUGACCUGUAAGUGACAGUGUGUGUUUGGUCGUAAUGAAUGUAUAUAGCAAAGUAAUUAAAUUGGUGUAUGGGUGGUGAUUUGUGCAAUUGAUAGGCCGGAAGUGUAUAGGGAUCCCGUGAGGGGUUAAUUGGGUGCCCGUAACGAUUUGGUUAAAUGGGACCGUGGCCCAUUGUACCCGCACUUAGGAAAUGCCGGAAAUAAUGAAAAUUAUUUAAAUGCUGAGAUUGUAUCUUGUUCGUGCGGUGUAGACCGCAUGAACGGUGAUUGCUUACAUGCAUAUGCUAAUAUCCGGCGGGUGGAACUAAUGGAGAUGAAACCAACGUAGCCGUUCGUGAGUACAAACUGAGUGAUGUCUGGUAUUAUGAGAAACACAAACUCUGUUUGUGCGGUUGAAACGCACGAACGGAGGGUCAUAGCAUAACGAUACAAGCUGAUUCCCGUUCGGGACUAUGUGAAAGACCUUGCAGGCAAUGAAUACAUAGAAAAGCAUAUAUAGAAUCUAUGAAUACCAAUCAAAGGUUGCCUCUUUUUACAGAGGAGUGGGUAUAACAAAAGUGCUCAAAAGAGUCAAAAAGUGAUUUACAGGCAGCUCAAUACACUAGUGUGGAAAUAUCCUCUAUUCCACUGAAUAAAUUUAGUAGAUAUUGGUGCGGUGUAAGUGACAAGGACCUACACCUAUAAGUGGAGCGCUCAAACACAGAUAAAUCUUACCAAAACGUAGUCUCAUUCAAUGGUAAAAUAUGGCGUACAUGUCAAAAUAAAAUACAGAAAAUACAAUAUAGUGUAGAUGGUACUAAAAAAUGGCUUCACAGUGAUUAUAAUAAUAUCGUGUUGAAUAUUACACUCACAUUUCAAGGAGCCUGUAUAUAGAAAACACUGGCUCCGUAUAAAGGCUUGUGUGCUGUUAUGGUAGCACCACCCUCCUACUUCGGCUUGAAGAAUUUCUCGAGAACACGAAAAAAGAGAAGAAAGCAAACCAAUGUGUAAACUUAUGGUGAUAAAUGACACAGAUAUGUGUUCAAUAAAUGGUGUGCUCACCUGGUCCUGAGCCUACGAAUCCCGGCUCUAGGUAUGUGGAUUUUGUGCCAAUUUUAAUGGGGAUGGCACUACCCCUGUGAGGAUUCCUUGGAGGCUCCAAAAAGAACUUGGAUGAGGUAUUAAAUGAAAAUGGUUUAUUUAUUAGUUUAAAAUAAACAUAAAAACAAAGAUGAUAAAAGUCCUCAAAUAAAAGUCCUUUAAAAAUGGCCAAUACGCGUUUCACUCUCAAAUAGAGCUUCUUCAGUCACUCUCAAAUAGAGCUUCUUCAGUCAGCUGUGACAGGACACAAGCCUUUAUACGGAGCCAGUGUUUUCUAUAUACAGGCUCCUUGAAAUGUGAGUGUAAUAUUCAACACGAUAUUAUUAUAAUCACUGUGAAGCCAUUUUUUAGUACCAUCUACACUAUAUUGUAUUUUCUGUAUUUUAUUUUGACAUGUACCCCAUAUUUUACCAUUGAAUGAGACUACGUUUUGGUAAGAUUUAUCUGUGUUUGAGCGCUCCACUUAUAGGUGUAGGUCCUUGUCACUUACACCGCACCAAUAUCUACAUAGAAAAGCAUGGUGAAUGAAUACAACCCGCAAGUUUGUACGAACGGUUUUAGCAUAGAGAGAUGAUUUGAUAGCUAAAAAACAAAAGUGACCAUAAGGUGUGGACCUGGCCCGUGGAUGAUGCCGUGGGACUGUUGCCUGGCGUAACGGGUAGGUCAACUUACGGUUUGUGAGUUAAUAGGACGUUAUCUGUGGCGAUGAAAAGAAGCAAGAAGCUUGUCGGAUGGAAAAGUCUGCGGCAGAAUUCCUAGACACAGCUCAGCGUGGAAGACCUCGUGGGAAAGCCACGCAGGUAUUCCAAAAUGGCGACUGGAUGAACCGGAAGUGCAUUCAGACGCUGACCUUGAUCGGUGUGGAGUCAGGUAAGGGAGUGACUUAAUUUAAGCUUCUCCCACAAAUACAGGCCUGACGGCCUUAAUACAUAUGUAUAUAUGGAAGAGACAAAAGUGGUAAACCGCGCCCAAACAGUGCAAAUAAUAAUUAAAAUAUAUACAUACAGAGAGUCCUCUAAUUAGGAAUGUAUAAAACCUUCACAACAAAAAAGUACAGAACAAUAAUAGUGCAAUAUGUCAAGUGAAAUAAGAGUAUAUAAAAGCUUAUAAAAGACUCACUCACACUUUGCAGAGCUACUCAGAGCUCUGCCGUAUAGCGCCUAGACGGUAUAAUCCCCGUCUCAGGAUAUCAAGUGAUGGUAUAAUGCGGUAUUCAAUCCUCCAAAGUGGUAUAUGGAAAGAUAAAAAUAGAAAUAAAAUCCAAUAGUGUAGUAUAUCUAUUAAAAAGUGUGCAAAUAAAGGAAAAGUAUCCUACUUACAAAUUUCAGAGCAAAUAUCUUGCUCUGGUAUAGACAGCAUGUGGUGGUAUGAUCCCCACCAAAGGAUAUAAGUCAGGAUUCAAGAUGUAUCAGGAACAACAAAUAAAGUAGUAAAAACUAUAACUUUAUUGUUACAAAAUAAAAAAUAUGUAAUAAAAGUAUCAGAUCUCUUACUUAACGCGUUUCGCCCGGUCUGGGGCUUCUUCAGAAGUAAUAAGUCCAAAAUUCAAUGGAGUCCUCUUUAUAUAAGUGUUCCUGAUUAAUGUGAUUUAGUCCUGAUGCAAUUUCACUUCCUACUUCCGGGUAUGUAUAUAUGUAUGUUAUGGUGGGGAAAAAUUGUGAUUGAAACCCCUUCCACCUGAAGUCUGUGGAUAGUUAAUACAAUGUUAAAAAAAAAAUCUGCACACCAGUCAAGCUAUAAGACUUGCUUUUCCCACAGAAAUCCCAAAUCUGCUGUGAUGUUACUACCGCAAAGGAUUCUGGGUGGGCAUAUGCAAAUUAGUUUAACAAAGAAUCACAUUUUUGCCUUAUUCCAUUUUAAACAUAGAUUCCUUUUAGUCUGUGUUUGCUGUAUACAACAGCUUGGAACACAACUUAGGAAAAGAUGCAAAACCAGUGAACCACUCAUGGACAGCUGUUUCGUUGUUAAUGAGGUUGGUUACUGGUAUAAUUUCUAAUUAGUGGGGUAAAAGCUUCUUGAUCAAGGAGAUAUCUGAAUGCCAUUUUGGGUCAAGAAUUUUUUCCUAGUUUGUUGCAAAAUUGGAAGCUCUUCAGAUUUGGUUUUUUUGCCUUCUUUUGGAUCAACAGCAAAAACAUAUGUGAGGAAGGCUGAACUUGAUGGACGCAAGUCUCUUUUCAGCUAUGUAACUAUGUUUUUAAGCCUUUUCCUUUCAAUCUCCAUGCCUUCAGGUUGAGGGAGGAUGGAUCUGGAUGAAGAUGGAGGCAAGAUGGAAUAUUUGGCAGUUUCCAUCGAGGUUCCUUGCAGAGGGACAGAAGUAGUGGUAACCAUGAUCUUCGAGGCCAAUAUGGAGCUAUGAGAAUCAUGGAUACUUCCUCCUGUCGCAAACUAUUAACCCCUUAAGGACACAACUUCUGAAAUAAAAGGCAAUCGUGACGGCAUAUUUCUGUCAUGUGUCUUUAAGGGGUUAAGAAGAGGAAAGAGAAGGGGAGUGGGAGGAAAUGCAUAGCCCAGUUGAAACUGCCACUUGCAUGACAGGGUGUCUCCUCCUGCCGCUUGGGGAUCUGUCUUUCUUGAGAAAAAACUGUGAACAUUUCUGUUCUGGGUCGCCCUAAGAUCUACUUGGGGCAUACCCUAUUUCUCCACUAUCUUCUGAAUGCAAACGAUUCAUUCGCGCAAACCAUUUUAUGCGAACACUUUCACUCGCAUGCAUGCACGCAAAAGGAACAAUACGAAUGUACCACUACUGCACCUACUCCAUUUGCAUUCUGUUACUUUUCUUAAGUUCAAUGACUUGUCUAUCUGUGCACUAAUACUGCCCCUGAAACAUCCCCUAGGGAUACCUUCCACAUUAGCAGAGGGAUUUCCCAGUUCACACAUUACAGAGGGCUCUUUGCUGUAUGAUUGCAGCAUGAGAGGGAGAUCUCCUGCUCGUGUUACAGCUUCAGCAACAGUGAUCAGUGCUGGGCAACUGGCAAAGAAGACCACCAAUCAAGAAGCAGAGUAACAUGACGGGAGACCUUACUAGAUCCUAGGGGUCUCCAUGACAUAAGGGGGGAUGGGGGCACAGGCAGUCUUAAGGCUUUCACACUUAGCCAUGGUAUUUAAAUGUAUUUAAAGGACUAUGCGCCACGGUCACUUAUAGUGCUACAUAUAGCUUAUCUGUCACUCCGGGGACACGAAUUAUGGACCCAGCUGACAGAAGGGACCCUCGGGCUUCCUGUUUUUAAAUGGUGGCAGGUUGGGGGCUCACUUAAAAAUAAUGUGGCUGUGCACAAAUUGCUUAGCCGCUGUAUUUAAUAAUAAAUUUUAAAAGUUUGUUGAUGGGACCCUCAGGUUUCAAAAGAUACCUGAGACUCCUUGGUAACACCAGCGAUCUAACCCCUUCUGAUAAUUUUACUGAAAGACGGUCUAUGCCUUCAUAGACAAUUAUGUGGCACUGGUACCUGAAAAUGUUUCCUGAAUCAUUUUGAAAACAAUAAUGCAUUUGCAUCUAUUCAUUCUUUAGUAGGUUUAGCUGGAAUCACCGCUUGAAGAUGAUUCCAUUUCUCACUGUCACAUUUGAAAAUGCAUUUCAAAAAUGGCCAAACUGCACCUUGAAAAUGCAGUGCAGUUUUGGGCACCAGUUUUUUUUUUUUGUUUGUUUGUUUGUUUGGUUUUUUUUUUAAUGUUCUUUAUUUAACAUUGAAGAGUAAACACGUUAUACAAUAUGCAAUCUGUAGCAUGCAUUAACAUGGAAUAUCAACUAUAUGUUUACUUUUUAAGUCUAGUAGCUCUAUAUUAAGUUAUUCAACAAUGUGUAUUUUUUAUAUUUAAAGUAAAAUAAAACCAAACCAAAAAAAAAACCCACACGCCUCUCUAUCUAAAUAUACCCUUCAUUUUAGUAUAUUCCUUCCAGGGUUCCCAGACCUUGCUAAAAAUAUGGUUGGAAUGUCUUACUCUUGAGGAUAGUUCGUCCAUUAUAUAGUUUUCUUGAAUCUUUAAUUCAACGUCUCUCAUUGAUGGUAGAUCUAAUUUUAACCAGCUAGCAGCUAUAAAUCUACGUGCAGCCAAUGGGAUUAAAAAUAUUAGUUUCUGCGAGUGACUAGGUAUUCCUACUGCUGAUUUUGAUAAUAAAAAUGUCCAAGGGUUAAGUUCUAUGUUUUCCUGUAUGAUCAUCCAAGCUAAUUUUUAUUUCUUCCCAAAAGCUUUUACUUUUUGGGCAUUCCCACCAUAUGUAAAUAUGUCCCUUGUUGACCACAUCCCCGCCAGCAUAGGUCUGUUGGGUAUUUACUGAUUUUUUUUAUUUAUUUUUUAAUACAAAAAGACAGGGGUCACAUGCCAUCUAAACAAUAGUUUAAACAUCUCUUCAUGAGAGAUCACACAUAUCAAUAUUUUAGAUGCUGUUUCCCAAAUAUCUAUCCAAUCAGCUUCCAAAGAGGUUCCUAUAUCUGCCUCCCAGUGGGAUAUAACAUUUAAUGGAGCCCAAACUGUAGGUUCCUCACUUAACGGAUUAUAAAAAUCGGAUAUAAGACCUCCCUUUAUCCUUCUAAUUUUGCAAACUUUUUCAAAGUCAGUGAGGGGAAGUUUAACUGCCAUUUUUACUUCUAUUGAGUAAGCAAAGUCUCUAAUCUGCAAAUAGCGGAAAAAAUCUCCUGUCCUCAGCCUUGUUCUGGCUGUUAAUCUGGAAAAUAAAACUACCUUUCCUUCUAACCAAAGAUCUGCGUAUCUAUGGAUUCCUCAUCCUUUUAGGUUUUGAAAAUUGUAUUCUUCCAUUCCAGGGAAAAAAAUGUCUAUUCGGAAAAAUUGGUGUCAUAGAUGAAGGGAGGUUAGUUAAGCUCUGUUUUAACUUGAGUUUAUCCCAAAUAUAAAGUGAGUUUGAUGUUGAUGGGCAUAUUUGUUUUAAAACUGGUCUUGAGACCUUAUUUAGCCACAUAUGCAAUCCCAGUGAGUCUGGUAUCAUUAAGUCUUCCUCUAUAUCUGCCCAUCUAUAUUUGCCGUGCCAUAUGAAUGUGUCUUUAGCUUUCUGAAUGCUCUCUAAGUCCCCUUUACACACUCGUAUAGGCAAGGUUUGAAAUAAAAAUCGGUAAAAUAUUCUUUUUUUAUAGAAUGGAUUCUGCCGAUCAAUGAGAUUGGCUUAUCAUGCCAAUUCUCAAAGUCCUUUUUCAAUGUUUUAAUUAAAGGUGAGUAAUUAUCUUUAAAUAAUGUAUUAUAGCGUCCAAUUCUAAUACCUAGAUAACUUAGCAAUUUAUCUAUAGACAUAUUGAAAUAUCUCCAAAUUGUUCUAUCAAAUUGAACAAUUUGGGGAUAGAUUCAGAAGGAUUUGCUAUAGAGAUUAAUAUAUCAUCAGCAUAAGCCGCUGUUUUAUAGAUCUCCAUACCUAUUUGGAUACCCUGGGUGUUAUCACUUUCUCUAAUGUGGAUCAGGAGCGGUUCUAAUAUAAGGGCAAACAGAAUAGGGGAAAGGGGACUUCCCUGGCGUGUGCCAUUGUGUAUUUCAAAUAAAGUCUUAUCUGUGCCAGGGAGUUGUAUUAUUGUUUGGGGGUUAGAAUAUAGCGCUCGGAUUAUAGUGAUAAGAGCAGGAAAGCCCCAAUGUUGUAGCAAAUUAAAUAGAUAAGGCUAAGCGACCCUAUCAAAUGCUUUCUCUGUAUCUAGUGACAAGAGUAUCGAUGAUACUCUUUCCAUGACCCAUGCGAUAUCGACUGCUCUAUGCUUAUUCUCAUAGAGCUGUCUGCCAGGAACUGUCACGAUAGUGACCCCUUCACACAGAUGAUAACCCAGAAAGGGACGUAUACCGGACCUUAGGGUGGCCGGACUUAACGUCAAAGAAUAGUCAAGAAAAAGCAGAGGAUCAAGGGAGUACGGAAAUCGGGAUAAACGAGAAAGCCAAGCCAAAAGUCGGGGAGCCAGAUAGGAGAAUAGUCAGAACGAAAGCCAAGGGUCAAAAUACCAGAAAAACAGCUAAACAGUAUAAGAGCACUAGGGGAACAAUCAAGAACCACACUAGGGCACUGAGAGGUGGACAUGGAUGCCCUUUUAUACUAAUGUGUGUGUCACUUUAAAGCCACGCCCCCAAAAGGUUCGGGAGCGUGGCCGCGUUUGAAUUUUCGUGGCAAAAUCAUUAUGACGUCGGCGCGCAUGCGCCGCGUCAUAAAACGGAUUUUGCCGCGAGCGGGCAGCGUCCGAGAGGCUGCGCCGCCCCCCGGAAGCAGCCGGGGAAACUGCCGUGCGGGAUCAGCGGACACAGGUAAGGUAUCGUCACAGUACCCCCCCCUCAAGGACCGCCCCCAGGGCGGGCAGGACAGGGUCCGCGAGAACGACGCCUAGCAAAGGAACGGACUAGGCGAGGCGCGUGCACAUCCGAGGCAUCCACCCAUGACCUUUCCUCGGGACCGUACCCCUUCCAAUCCAACAGAUACUGGAGCCGACCUCUAGAGAUACGAGAGUCUAAAAUAGAUUUAACCUCGUAUUCGUUUUGGCCAUCAAUGAGCGUAGAAAGAGGAGACCUGGGUUUACGAGUAAAGCGAUUACAAAUCAAAGGUUUCAGAAGAGAAGCAUAAAAGGAAUUGGGUAUCCUCAUAUUAGCUGGUAAAUCCAGGCGAUAACAGACUGGAUUAAUCCGUUGGAGGAUCCUAAAAGGACCAAUGAAUCGCGGAGCAAAUUUCAUAGAGGGGACUCGUAAUUUAAUAUUGCGUGUACUUAACCACACUCUAUCUCCCACUAAAAAAUUCGGAGCAUUCUUGCGCCGAGUGUCCGCUUUACUUUUUUGAGCAUCGGCCUUAUGAGUCAGGAUACGCUUGACCCCUAUCCAAGUUUCUUUCAUAUUCCUUACAGUAUAGUCAACACCUGGCACUGCCGAGGAUGAAAAGGAACUCGGAAGAGUAGUAGGGUCAAAGCCAUAAUUUAUAAAAAAGGGGCUAUGUUGUGUUGAUUCGUGAACCCAGUUAUUGUGGGCGAAUUCAGCCCAAGGGAGUAACUCCUUCCAAUCAUCUUGGUGAUCGGAGAUGAAGCAACGAAGGUACUGUUCUAGUGACUGAUUCAUUCUCUCAGUAACUCCGUUGGAUUGGGGAUGGUAUGAAGAGGAGUGGUUAAGUUUGAUACCUAACUGAUCACAAAACGCCUUCCAAAACCUGGAAACAAACUGUGAGCCUCUGUCAGAGACUAUGUCUGUAGGGAUACCGUGUAAACGAACCACCUCCCUUAUGAAUAUCGUGGCCAGUUCUGAGGAUGAAGGAAGUUUAAUUAAAGGGACUAGGUGGGUCAUUUUUGAAAAUCUAUCGAUGAUGGUUAGAAUCACCCGGUGAUUUUUUUGAAGGUGGUAGGUCUACUAUGAAAUCCAUGGCGAUACUUGACCAGGGCAUUUCGGGAAUAGGUAACGGCAUGAGGAGGCCUAAAGGGCGACUUUUAGGAGACUUAUUAGAGGAACAGAUGUUACAGGCUAAGACAUACUCUCGAACGUCCUUCUUGUAAGAAGGCCACCAGAAUUGCUUUUCUAGUAGUGCUUCUGUUUUAUGGAUACCGGGAUGACCGGCAAUCUUAGUCGUGUACCAAGGAUAGGAUUCGUCUUCUAUAGUUGAAAGGUACGUAUAAUUUCCCCUGAGGGAUAGUCAUGGAGUUGUGGUUUUGACAUUUAGACAAUACUUCUAUUAAGCUAGAAGAGAUUUUAGUACGUACUGUGGCAACUAUUUGUGAAGUAGGGAUUAUGGAAGAUAAAUGGGUUACUGGAGGAGAUAGGUGCUCAUGUUGCCGAGAUAAGGCAUCUGCUUUCGUAUUCUUAGAACCGGGUCUGUAUGUCACUAUGUAGUUAAAACGUGUUAGGAACAAAGACCAACGAAUCUGCCUGUCAGACAUUCUUUUAGCUUCUCCAAAAUAGGAAAGGUUCUUGUGAUCAGUGAGGAUGAUGAUCGGUUCAGAUGUCCCCUCUAAUAGAUGCCGCCAUUCUUUGAGUGCUGAAAUGAUAGCCAACAAUUCCCUAUCACCUAUAUCGUAUCUUCGUUCUGUUUCCGUCAGUUUUUUAGAAAAAAUAGCCACAGGGAUGCAGGGGUUGAUCAUUCGAGGAUCUCUGAGAGAGUACAGCCCCUAUCCCUGUCUCUGAAGCAUCCACUUCUAACAAAAAAGGACGCAAAGGAUUAGGGUGACUUAACACCGGGGCUGAAGAAAAGGCUAGCUCCAAUUUUUCAAAGGCUUCCUUAGCUUCGGUACUCCACACCGUAUGACUUCUAUUCUUUUUUGGCAUAGCGGUAAUAGGAGCGGUAAUAGAGGAAAAUCCUCUGAUAAACUUUUGAUAGUAAUUAGCAAACCACAGGAAACGUUGGAUGGCUUUAAGUCCAAUGGAUAGGGGCCAAUUUAAAAUUGCUUCUAGUUUUUUAGGUUCCAUUUGAAAGCCGGAACCUGAAAUUAUGUAACCCAAGAAAUUAACCUUCUCCACGUCAAAUAAACAUUUUUCUAAUUUACAGUAGAGUCCGUUUUUUAAUAAUUUGGAUAAAACUAUUCUAACGUGUCUAUGGUGCUCCUUGAUAUUCUUAGAGUAGAUGAGUAUGUCAUCUAAAUAAACAAAAACAAACAUUUGUAGACAGUCCCUUAAUACAUCGUUUAUGAAAUCUUGAAAGACUGCCGGAGCGUUGCAUAAGCCGAAGGGCAUAACCCUAUAUUGAUAAUGGCCAUAGCGAGUAUUGAAGGCCGUUUUCCACUCAUGUCCCUUCUUAAUUCGAACUAGAUUAUAAGCUCCCCGUAAAUCUAGCUUAGUGAAUAUGGUAGCACCCUUUAACCUAUCAAAAAGCUCAGUAAUGAGCGGAAUAGGAUAUGCAUUUCGUAUUGUUAUUUUAUUUAAUCUCCGAUAAUCGAUGCAGGGUCUCAGGUCACCUUCCUUUUUGGAAACAAAAAAAAACCCUGCACCAGCCGGGGAGGAUGAUUUGGUAAUAAAACCCUUCUUCAAAUUCUCUGUGAUGUACUCUUCAAGUACUUUGUUUUCUGUCACAGAGAGGGGAUACACGGUACCCCUAGGGGGCAUAGUACCAGGCAACAAAUCAAUAGCGCAGUCAUAAGAACGAUGGGGUGGUAAUUUGUUUGCUUCCCUUUGUUCAAAGACUGCCUUGAGAUCCCGAUAUGGUUCGGGUACUUGAGUGGUUAAUGGUUCCAUGGUAGGAACGUUGAGGAGUCCUAUAGGUUUAACUCGACCGAUACACUUCUUAAAACAAGAAUCACCCCAUUUUACAAUCUCUUUCCUCUCCCAGUUAAUUAGAGGAUUAUGCUUGGUAAGCCAAGGAAACCCAAGUAUAAUCGGAAAGGUGGGAGAAGGUAUUUGCUGUAGGAUUAUGGUUUCUUUAUGCAACGAACCUACAGUCAAGACUAAGGGUUUGGAUUCUUGAGUAAUAAAAGGAAUGGAUAAUGGUCUACCAUCUAUGGCCUCAACGGCCAAGGGUGUUGAUCUUUCUCGAAAUGGGAGGUUGUGAUGUUGGCCGAAAGUACGGUCAAUAAAGUUCUCAGCUGCCCCAGAGUCUAUUAGCGCAGAAGUAGUUAUUAACUUUCCCUCCCAUUCUAUAGUUAUCGGUAGAAGAAGCCUGAGUUCUUUCCUAUCUUGGAAGGAGGACAUACACGUUACACCCAAGGCCUGUCCUCCUUGAGGGCUUAGGCGUUGGAGUUUUCCGGCCGGCUUGGGCAGUGUAGGCGGGUAUGUCCUCUUUUCCCACAAUACAUACAAAGUCCCUCCCUUCGUCUAUAUUGUCUCUCAGGUUCAGGCAACCGUGUGGCUCCCAGUUGCAUGGGUUCUGCUGGAGCGACAGUGGUUUCCUCAGAUGAAGGAAACGUUAAUGCCAGGCGUUCCGGCAUACGCCUAGGUCUAUCCCUGGUGUUUUGUCUAUGUCGGAGACGUUCGUCUAUAUGUGCUAGAUAUGUAAUUAAUUCCUCCAACACAUUAGGGAGGUCUCGGGUGGCUACCUCAUCUAAAAGUUUGUCAGAAAGUCCAUUCAUGAACACAUCUACAAAGGCCUGCUCAUUCCAUCUGACCUCUGCAGCAUGAGUGCGAAAUUCUAGGGCAUAGUCCACCAGGGAACGAGACCCUUGUCUCAUUCGUAAUAGGGUUUUAGCAGCAUUGGUACGUCUUCCAGGGGGAUCAAAUGUUCUCCUAAAGGCUGCGACAAACUCUGCGUAGUUGAAAACUAUGGGAUUGUCGUUUUCCCACAAUGGAUUGGCCCAAACUAGUGCUCUAUCGACUAACAAUGUUAUAAUAUAACCAAUCUUUGCUCUAUCGGUAGGAUACGCCCUAGGAUGAAGUUCAAAGUUAAUACUAAUUUGAUUGAGGAAACCCCGACAACCCUUGGAUCACCUCCAUAACGGAGAGGGGAUGUGGCAUGGGCAGAAGCCCCCCCUGCCGCCAUCUCCAAAUGAGGUUCCUGGGGUCUAUGACCCGGGAUAUGGUCCUCUGGCUGUAGAUGUGCAGUCCGAGCUAACAAGGUCUGAACAGCUACAGCAAACUGGUCCAUACGAUGGUCCAGUUCCUCAAACCGAUUAUCAGGAACCGGGCCAUGAGGAUUAGCACCUGCAGGGUCCAUGGCCCUAGUGUAAUGUCACGAUAGUGACCCCUUCACACAGAUGGUAACCCAGAAAGGGACGUAUACCGGACCUUAGGGUGGCCGGACUUAACGUCAAAGAAUAGUCAAGAAAAAGCCGAGGAUCAAGGGAGUACGAAAAUCGGGAUAAACGAGAAAGCCAAGCCAAAAGUCGGGGAGCCAGAUAGGAGAAUAGUCAGAACGAAAGCCAAGGGUCAAAAUACCAGAAAAACAGCUAAACAGUAUAAGAGCACUAGGGGAACAAUCAAGAACCACACUAGGGCACUGAGGGGUGGACAGGGAUGCCCUUUUGUACUAAUGUGUGUGUCACUUUAAAGCCACGCCCCCAAAAGGUUCGGGAGCGUGGCCGCGUUUGAAUUUUCGCGGCAAAAUCAUUGACUUCGGCGCGCAUGCGCCGCGUCAUAAAACGGAUUUUGCCGCGAGCGGGCAGCGUCCGAGAGGCUGCGCCGCCCCCCGGAAGCAGCCGGGGAAACUGCCGUGCCGCGCGGGAUCGGCGGACACAGGUAAGGUAUCGUCACAGGAACAAAGCCUACUUGGUCUGGGUGAAUCAAAAUGGGGAGAAGGGGAGAAAGUCUUAUGGCCAGAACUUUAGCUAUUAUCUUUAUGUCCACAUUUAUUAAUGAUAUAGGUCUAUAAUUUCACACUGAUGCAGGGUGUUUAUCCUUUUUUGGUAGAACAAUUUUGGCCAUUGUAAGGUCAGCUGGAAGAACUCUGCUUAAACAAAUUUCAUCUAUGACCUCCCGUAGAUAUGGCAUAAGGGUUUGUUUGGGCACCAGUUUUAAAGAAGGAUAUUGCACAACUAGAAAAAUUCAGGUGAGCUACAAAAUUUGUAAGAGGGUGUGUGGGGUGAUGCAACCCCUAUUUGACUUUUCUUUUACCUUGCUUAUAUCACUCACUAUAAUUCCUGUGUUCCCCUUUCCUACUUCAGAUCUCAUAGUUUAGAUAGAUAAGAGGGAUAUAUUAUUAUUUUUAAAUGUGCUCAACAUAAGAGAAGAAAAAGUGAGGGAAUGUGGUGACAUUCUGUCAUCAAACUAAUAUGGUGACCAGGGGUCAUGUGACCAAGCCCAUGUUUGCCUUUCUUACAGUGGGAUAAGGAUACCUUUUGAAAUGGUAAUUGGGUAAUUCAAUACCUUUACAAGUCAGGAAAGAGAUAACUACUUCCCCCUUUCUCCAUUCCUCUCUCUGUUCCUUCUUGGCUGUGCUAGAGAGCAGACGCCAUGUGCUAUCUUGGUGAACCAUGUUACUGUUGCUUCCUUUUCUUCCUUGGUGGAUGUGAUGUUGAACUUGCAGCAGUGAGCCAUUACUAGAUGUGAAGGCCUAACCGUGGGUGAGAUCAAACGUGUGGGGAAGGGGUUACUAUAUAGAUAGAUAGAUUUAAAAAGGGUUGUUGCUCUGUGGGUCUGGGCUGUGUGUUUGUGAUACAUUUAUAGUAUUGUGUUGUUGCCUUUUAAUAAAUACCCUUUAAUGUAGACGAACCUUGUGUAAUAUAUAUAUUAAUUUGGUGAUACACCACAGGGUGGAAAACAUUAGUUAUGAAAAAAGGCUAGAAAAACUGCAUUUGUUUUUCUUUAGAAAAAGGGUACCUCAGAUGGGCUAGCUUAUGGAAAUAUAUACAGUACAAACCGCUAUCCGCUAUGUGCUAGCUUGUUUUCUUUGUAUGAAUUUACAAUAAAAAAAGUGGUCACCCAAGAGACUGGAAGAAAGGUGUUUUCGCUUACAGCUGAUGAAUGGGUUCUUUUCAGUAACCGCAAUAAAGAUGUGGCUUUUUUUGUGGAAUAAUUGGAAAUGGCUACAAUUUUUUUUUUUUAUCAACAGCAUGACAGAGUGGGUGUCAAGGUUGAACUUGAUGGACUGGAGUCUUUAUUCAACUAUGUAAAUGUAUGCAAUUCUAAAAGGAUGCAUACAGGAUGAGUAAAAUGUCUUUAAUUGAAUACAUAUUUAACUUCAGGUUACUUGAAUUCUUAGUCUACUUUUCCCUCUCUCAUUUAUUUCUUAACUUUUUUUUUUUUUUUUUGCACAUUAGAGUAAAAUUACAUUUUUAAAGAUACAUUUGAUUUUUCUUCCUUUUCCAGAUUCUGGUGUUCUCACAAGUUCAACUGUGACCCACUCCCCAACACCCCUGUCAAAAAAGUGCCUCCUCUGCUCUCAACUUUGGUAAAAUCUGCAGUGACCACAACAGGACAUGGCUGGUCGUGGUGGAAACACUCGACCAAAUGGUCCAGCAGCUGGCAACAAAAUCUGCCAAUUUAAGUUGGUACUACUUGGAGAGUCUGCAGUGGGGAAGUCCAGUUUGGUCCUACGUUUUGUGAAGGGUCAGUUUCAUGAGUACCAAGAAAGCACAAUAGGAGGUAAGAUUAGACAAGAUUUCAGCAGAUCUUUUUAGUAUAGGUAUUACAUACAGAAGUGUAAUCAAAAGUAAAUUCCUCUAAUAAGCUAUUUUUUUAAAACUGUAAAGUUGUAAUUACUGUAUAUACUCGAGUAUAAGCUGAGUUUUUUUGGCACAUUGUUUUGUGCUGAAAAAGUCCCACUCGGCUUAUACUCGAGUCAAGGUCUGUAUUAUGGCAACUUACAUUGCCGUAAUACAGACCAGGACCGCUGGGCUCAUUACAAGCCCGGCGGUCCUGUUGGGGGCCGGAGCAAGCUCUUACUUACCUUUUGUAGCAGCUCCAGUCAGCUCCCCCGUUCAGCUCACAGUGCAAGUCUCGCGACAUCCGCGGCCGUCCGCUCCGCGCAGCAUGCAGAUUGCGAGACUUACACUGUGAGUUGAACAGAGCUGACCGGAGCUGCUACAAAGGUAAGUAAGAGCUUGCUCCACCCCCCUCCUCCCCCCCCCCCAACCUGCACAGCCCAUGCCACUGGACCACCAGGGAUUCACAUAGCCCCUUCCCUGGCCAGGUAACAAGCAGGGGGGGCUAAGAAAUAAUAUUAAACAAUUAAAUAAAAAAAAAUACAAAUAUUAAAAUAAUACAAAUAUUUAAAUAAAAUAAUAAAAAUGACUACACACACACACUGCAUCAUAUACACACACUGCAUUCACACACACACACACUCUGCGUUAUAUACACACACACUGCAUUAAUUAAAUAUUCAGUUAAUGUAAUUUUAUUGGGAUCUAAUUUUAUUUAGAAAUUUACCAGUAGCUGCUGCAUUUCCCACCCUAGGCUUAUACUCGAGUCAAUAAGUUUUCCCAGUUUUUGGGGUAAAAUUAGGGGCCUCUGCUUAUAUUCGGGUCGACUUAUACUCGUGUAUAUACGGUAAUAUGAUCUUGGUCAGCUUUAUGUGGACAAAUCAAAUUACAAAAUGACCCCAGGAUGCUUUUAUUUUUUUCCACAGUGGGUGCCAACAGUGGGCUGCAAUUCUUAAGCAACUGCUACCUGGCAGAGGCUGCUGCCAUUAUUUUUUCUUUUCCCAUACUGCCAAGCCAGCUAGUACUGUAUUCAUCAUAUAUACGUAAAAGAGAGGGACAGUUAGAAUGACAGCAGACAUGGCCUGGUUGAGAGAUCCAGAAACUAUACAUGUAUUUUAUGUUCCAUUUUUCACCAGACGUAAUGUCAGGGAAGACCACUUAGGCAUUCCACCUGCUGUAAUUGAAGAAAUAUCUUGUCUGUAGUCCCCUUAAUAGUCUGAUAUCAGCCGAUGCCCGUUAUCCAGAGUUGCUGGGUUUGCUUGCAACGGACCGCUAGGAUCCGGAUAUUAUUUAGUGUUGCAGGUCUUGUGGGCCCUCCCAGGAACCCUCCACACCACUGUGACUCCGCUUUGGAAGCAAGUUAAGUGGGCAGUGACUACAGCACAGUUGGGUAAUCCCUGGUUUGAGAGUGGCUGGCAGGCACAUUCGGCCCGGAAGCAGGAGCUGCUUGUGGGUUGGUAGGAUCUUCAGGCUCUGACAUAACAGGCUUCCGUGGAACAACCGUCCACUCGGAGCUUCGGUGGUCUCCUUCACGGCUGGGAUUCCCUCUCGGUCAUCAGCAGGUGAGGGAUUUUGUGUGGGCAGGGGAGAACCUUUCUAUCUCUCCUCUAUACGGAACCAGAAAGCUGCAAAAAUGGCGUCAAACUUUUGGAGAGUAGCUCGUGGCUGCUCUUUUGGGGUGGGCCCAUGUGGGUCUCUGCCUUGUUAUGUGUAGUGGGUCUCCAUUGGGAUAGUUGCCCGGUUAACCCCUGCUGGCUCAUGGGGGAGGUGGGGGGGAGACAAGGGCCCAUAGUCAGCUUUCCAGUGUUGUGUGGCGGUGGAGAGCGGCCGUCUCCCCUGCACCAGUCAUGCUUGUGGGCCUCAUAUUACAGUCAGGGUGAUCUUGCAGGAAGGUGUCCGCUUGUUUAAUACGUGCAGAAGCCCCUUAGUGUCUUCUCUCGCUUGGCAGCCAUUUGUUGCCUAAGAAAUGCAGUUUUUGAACAGUUUUGCCACAGUUUUUGUAUUUAGGAGCAGGAGCUGCUCUGAUUAGUGAAUGCUCAGCGGUCAAGCCCCGCCCCCAAUCAUCUGGCCAAAUGGCCCACUUAUAUACAGAAUCUGAGCACCGUGACACGUCCCCAAACACACCCACCAUGUGCCAUAAAAUACAGUACCACUGGGGGCGUGGCCAACAGAGAUCCGACACAGACGUCCUUUCCCUGAGCUCCGUCCGCGCCCAGGGGAAAACCGAGAAAUAGAGCCACCAAACCUAGAGUUUCCACACCAGAACACCCCCCCAAAAUCACAGCAACAAUGGGGAGCAAAAAUAUAAAAAAUCCCCACCCAGAGCCUCCAGGUCAGCCGUAUAUUCUCUCUACUUCGAGAGAUGCGACUGCAACAACAGUACAAAAUAGUGUCGGAGCCAUCAGAGGCCUCAAUGGGGUAACGACUCCCACUUCAGAAUCAACGAAGAUGAGGCACCCUCGACGAAGGGAGACAUCAAGCUGCUCCUGAUUGACCAAGUGGCCCAGGCUAAAAAUUGGAAUGGCUAAUAAAAAGGUGAAGAAGCUGGAGGGACCAAACAAACAAAUACAAGCCACAGAUGACAAACUGGAGGGACGAACAGCUCAGGUUCUACACCUCCACAGAGUAGUGGCCACUUUAGAACUGCGUCACAGAAAAAUAUACGCCUAAGGGGCAUACAGGUACCCACAGAGAACACUGCCUAUGUUUCUAAAAGAGUUGCUUGCAAACAUGGACAUUAGACACCCCUGAACAACCUAUAAUAAGGUCCGCAUUCAGAGUGCGGAAAUCAGCCACGGCGCAUCCAGAGAUGAUAUUGCGGUGACGAGAUAUUGCAGCGAGAAUGGCGAUUAUAAAUCUCUCACGGGAGUUGGGGGCCAUACAAUGCAAAGGUCACGCUGUCCAGUGCCCCCAGGUGCCAACCCAAUAACAUAGUUACAUAACUGAAAAGACUUGCGUCCAUCAAGUUCAGCCUUCCUCACAUUUGUUUUUUUUGUUGAUCCAAAAGAAGGCAAACAAAAACAGUUUGAAGCACUUCCAAUUUUGCAACAAACUAGGAAUAAAAUUCCUUCUUGACCCCAGAAUGGCAGUCUGAUUAAUCCUUGGAUCAAGAAGCUAUUACCCUACUUUGGAAAAUUAUAUCCUUGAAUAUUCUGUUUUUGCAAGUAUGCAUCUAGUUGCUGUAUGCUGUAUGGACUCUGAUUAAACCAAUUCUUCAGGCAGAGAAUUCCACAUCCUUAUUGUUCUUACAGUAAAAAAACCUUUCCUUUGCCUUAGACGAAAUCUUCUUUCUUCCAGUCUAAAUGCAUGACCUCGUGUACUAUGCAAAGUCCGGUUUGUGAAUAGAUUUCCACACAAUGGUUUGUGUUGGCCCCGAAUAUAUUUGUAUAAUGUUAUCAUAUCCUCUCUGAGGCGACGUUUUUCUAAACUAAAGAGGUUUAAAUUUGUUAACCUUUCUUCAUAGCUGAUGUAUUCCAUUCCGUUUAUUAAUUUUGUAGCCCGUCUCUGCACUUUUUCUAGUGCCAUAAUAUCCUUCUUUCGAACAGGUGCCCAAAAUUGCACAGCAUAUUCAAGAUGCGGUCUAACCAGUGAUUUAUAAAGAGGCAAAAUGAUAUUCUCAUCCUGAGAAUGAAUGCCCUUUUUCGUGCAUGACAAUACCUUACUGGCCUUAAUCACUGCUGAUUGACAUUGCACAUUGUUGCAUAGUUUGUCUAUAACAAUUCCCAAGUUGUUUUUUUGUGUUAUCCCUAAUUCGCUUCCACUAAGGGUAUACCUUGCUUGUGCAUUCUUUAAAUUUAAAUUUCAUCUGCCAUUUGAGUGCCCAGUCUAUCUAAAUCCCUCUGCAGCAAAGUAAUAUCUUGCUCACAUUGUAUUACUUUAUAGAGUUUUGUGUCAUCUGCAAACACUGAAACAUGGCUUUCAAUGCUUUUUUCAAGAUCAUUGAUAAACAUGUUAAAUAGAAGGGGUCCCACUGAGGAACACUACUUGCCACCUCGGUCCAGCUUGAAAAUAUACCAUUAAUGUCAACUCUUUGUACUUGUAUAUUUAAGCCAACGUUCUACCCAAGAACAAGCAUUUUCAUAUAGACUGAUUUCUUUGCAUUUGAACACUAAUCUAUUGUGUGGUACUGUAUCAAAAGCCUUGGCAAAAUCCAAAUAGAUCACAUACACUGUAACACCCUACUUACUACUUCGUAGAACGCAAUCAAGUUAGUUUGACAUGACCUGUGCUUCAUAAAACCAUGCUGAUUUUUGCUGAUAACGAUGUUCUUCUCAAGGAAUUCUUGAAUAUUAUCCCUUAAUAGAACAGAAAAAUCAAAGGAAAUAGGGCGCGCCUUUUAUGGAAAUAUAUAUAUAAAAUAUAAAUAUAAAAUUAAGUAAGAGAGUCCAAAAUAUACAAUUAAAGUAAAAAAAGUCCAAAUAUAUAGUCCACAGAUAAAUGAAGAGUGUUCUUUGUAGCGUAGUAUAGUCUUUUCCCAGGAGAUGACUUGUAUUUUUCAAUGAGCCAUAUGUAGAGAAAAAAUAAAGACAGCCUGUACAGUAUGUUGAUAUAUAGGAAAAUAUGUGCAAAUAAAUUGGAAUUACUCACAAUUUCCAGAGCUUAAAUCCAGCUCUGGUAUAGAAUGCGUGGAGUGGAAUAAUCCCCACUCGAGGAUGUAUGGAGCAGUAACUUGUAAAGUAGGUGAUCCACCGAGGAUUUCGACCGAGAAUUAAAACAGAUAAAAAGAAUAUAGUGCUCACUGUAUAAUAUAAGUUAAAAAAGAGGUAUGAAAUGUACUUACAAAGUAUUGAGCAUUCUUCUCUGCUCAAUUUUUAGCGCAUGGGUGGUAUGAUCCCCACCUAAGGAUUUUUUUAGUACAUAGUAAAAUAACAUGGUAAUAACAUAAAAGGGUUGUGUACAUAUUUGCAAGGUCAUUACAUAUAAAAUAAUAUUAAAACAAGGUGUGAGGGAUUAUAUAAUUAAAAUGAAACAUAGAUCACGUGACGUGCGGAAAUGGAGGACUUCCGCGUCACGUGGGUGUAAUGGAACGCAUGCGUUCCAUAGUAUUGGAACGCAUGCGUCUGGAGGCGGAAUGCCGGCCCGGGUGAAGUGUUGAAGGCUACAGCGUCAUCAGAGGGGAGGGGCCCUCUGGCGAUUGUGAGGCAGGCUGGCAGCAUGUCAUCUGAUUCAUGCUAACGAACAGACGACAUGCUGUAUAUCAUAGACAGCCAGAUGGGAAAAUAUAAAAAAUAAAAUAAAAACCUCUGGCACUAAUAUGUUUUAGACACAGGAGUAAGUAAAAUAUAUAUAACAUAAAGAAUAAUAAAUUAUUAUGAGAGUUGGAAUGAGUAAAAAGUUCAAAUAAUAUAUGUAGAUUAUUUAAAAUACAUAGAAAUAUAUGCUUAAAAAUUGUACAAAAGAAUACAUAAAAAUACAUAUAAAAUACAUAAAAGAAUGUGUAGAGAUUCCAUAAAAGUUGUAAAAAAGAGAUAAAAAAGAGAGAGGCAGUGAAAAAGAAAAAGGGGGGUGGAUAAAAAAUGUUUUACUUGUAUUAUAGAAAAUUAAAUAAGUCAAAGUCUAUAUUUAGACCUUGAGGGGUAAGGGUUUUUAAAUUGAAUGUCCAUUCUAUUUCCUUACUACCUAAAAUCUUUUUUAUAUCUCCACCUCUCCAAGGGAUAUUACAAAUAUCUAUACCUAUGCAUUUCAACAAUUUAGGAUACCGAAUGGUUCUCGUAUCCCUUUCGAAUAUUUCGGCAGUGUUCUGCCAAUCUGAUUUUUAGCUCUCUGGUUGUCAUGCCCACAUAUUGAAGUCCACAUGGGCAUUCCAAUAGGUAUAGUACAUUUUUAGUGCUGCAGUGAAUACAAUUUUUUAUAGAAUGAUCUUUUAGUAAUAGAUGAUUUGAAAGAAGUAGUUUUUGAUUUAAUGCUCUCGUCCUUAUGUUUACAUAAGAACUUGUGACAAAGAACUAUACAAAACAAAAUCAAACUACCUCUUCUAUCUGCUCCCCCUCUUUUCUUAACAAGCCCAAAGGAUUUUUUAAAUGCAACAAAUGCAUAGUAUGUAAACAUACCGACGAGAGCAUUUAAUCAAAAACUACUUCUUUCAAAUCAUCUAUUACUAAAAGAACAUAUUCUAUAAAAAAUGUUAUUCACUGCAGCUCUAAAAAUGUAAAAUACCUAUUGGAAUGCCCAUGUGGACUUCAAUAUGUGGGCAUGACAACCAGAGAGCUAAAAAUCAGAUUGGCAGAACACUGCCGAAAUAUUCGAAAGGGAUACGAGAACCAUUCGGUAUCUAAGCACUUCCUAAUACAUGGUAAAAAUCCUAAAUUGUUGAAAUGCAUAGGUAUAGAUAUUUGUAAUAUCCCUUGGAGAGGUGGAGAUAUAAAAAAGAUUUUAGGUAGUAAGGAAAUGGAAUGGACAUUCAAUUUAAAAACCCUUACCCCUCAAGGUCUAAAUAUAGACUUUGACUUAUUUAAUUUUCUAUAAUACAAGUAAAACAUUUUUUGUCCACCCCCCCCUUUUACUUUUCCACUGACUCUCUCUUUAUCUCUUUUUUUAUCUUUUUUACAACUUUUAUGGAAUCUCUACACAUUCUUUUAUGUAUUUUAUAUGUAUUUUUAUGUAUUCUUUUGUACAAUUUUUAAGCAUAAAUUUCUAUGUAUUUUAAAUAAUCUACAUAUAUUAUUUGGAACUUUUUACUCAUUCCAACUCUCAUAAUAUUUUUUAUUCUUUAUUUUAUAUAUUUUACUUACUCCUGUGUCUAAAACAUAUUAGUGCCAGAGGUUUUUAUUUUCUUUUUUAUAUUUUCCCCAUCUGGCUGUCUAUGAUAUACAGCAUGUCGUCUGUUCGUUAGCAUGAAUCAGACGACAUGCUGCCAGCCUGCCUCACGAUCGCCAGAGGGCCCCUCCCGUCUGAUGACGCUGUAGCCUUCAACACUGCACCCGGCCGGCAUUCUGCCUCCGGACGCAUGCGUUCCAUUACACCCACGUGACGCGGAAGUCCUCCAUUUCUGCACGUCACGUGAUCUAUGUUUCAUUUUAAUUACAUAAUCCCUCACACCUCGUUUUAAUAUUAUUUUAUAUGUAAUGACCUUGCAAAUAUGUACACAAGCUUUUUAUGUUAUUACUAUGUUAUUUUACUAUGUACUAAAAAUUGAAGUAUGUGAUGGCGUCAUUUUGGCGGGAAUAUUCAAAUUCCAAUACACUGAGUAUACCAUAUAAAAAGCACUGUUAGGUUACUGUUUUUACUAUUAUUCUACUGGAAGAAGCCUGUUGUGGGCGAAACACGUUUAGAAUUUGUUUUUAUAUUGUCAUAAUAAAGGAAUUUUGGCCUCAAACUUUUUUCUGCCACAUUCCUAAUUUUACUUUUAAUUUUAUUUUAUGCCUGACUAACCUGAGCCAAUACGGAUUUACGCAAAAUCCUUAGGUGGGGAUCAUACCACCCAUGCGCUAAAAAUUGAGCAGAGAAGAAUGCUCAAUACUUUGUAAGGUAAGUACAUUUCAUACCUCUUUUUUAACUUAUAUUAUACAGUGAGCACUAUAUUCUUUUUAUCUGUUUUAAUUCUUGGUCGAAAUCCUCGGUGGAUCACCUACUUUACAAGUUACUGCUCCAUACAUCCUUGAGUGGGGAUUAUUCCACUCCACGCAUUCUAUACCAGAGCUGGAUUUAAGCUCUGGAAAUUGUGAGUAAUUCCAAUUUAUUUGCACAUAUUUUCCUUUAUUUCAACAUACUGUACCAUUGGCUGUCUUUUUAUUUUUUCUCUACAUAUGGCUCAUUGAAAAAUACAAGUCAUCUCCUGGGAAAAGACUAUACUACGCUACAAAGAACACUCUUCAUUUAUCUGUGGACUAUAUAUUUGGACUUUUUUUACUUUAAUUGUAUAUUUUGGACUUUCUUACUUCAUUUUAUGUUUAUAUUUUAUAUAUAUAUAUAUAUACUUUUAUAUAUUUCCAUUAAAGGCACACCCUAGUUCCUUUGAUUUUUCUGUUCUGUAUUCAACCAUAGGGGAUAGGAGGGUACUCCCUUUAUAGGUGUGCUGCCUUUUAACAACUGUCACAAUUUUUUGUGGCAUUUCUAGCGCUGAUCCUAUUUUGACUAUUAUCCCUUAAUAACCUUUUAAAUACUUCCCCAGCCACAGAAGUUAAGCUCACAGGUCUAUAAUUUCCAGGCAAGGAUUUUAAACCCUUUUUGAAUAUAGGAACCACAUCUUCCUUCCUCAAAUCCUCCGGAACACUUCCUGAAAGAAAAGAAUCUUGAAAGAUUAAAAACAGAGGUUUACUUAUUUCUAUACUUUGUUACCAGUAGUUAUGUUGUUAUUUUUUCUAAUAUGUUAAUUACUAAACGCUUUUGUCCAAGUCUCGUAUACAUUGCACAAGGCUUACACUGCUGUAAUUAACUUAAAAAAAACCCGUACAUUAAAAAAAGUGUCCCUGUGACUCAGCAUAACGUACAAAACAUAAACACUUAAAAAUACAAAUUUCCCACAUAGGAACCCCUACAGUCUAUACAUCAACGGAUAGCCUGGAUCUGAGCGUCCAACAUAUCCAAAAAGCGCUCAGAUCCCACGAACACAGCUGAAACGCCACUGGCGGCAUACACGCUCAUGAACACAGCCGGUGGCGUUUCAGCUGUAUUUGUGGGAUCUGAGCGACUUUGAUAUGUUGGGCGCUCAGAUCCAGGCUAUCCAGGGAUGCCCAAAAUAGUUCCAUGAAUUCAGGGGUUGUGGCCGGUCCUGUUAGGGAGUCCCAUGCGACAAAAAUACCAGACCUAAUCCAUAAGUAGGGGGAGCUUCUUCACCUCAUUCAGACUAAAGAUUCCACCGAACAGCAUCUUCCAUGAUGUAAAGUACCGAACACAGGUGGGAUCGAAGUUCAGCGUUGUUCGCGAGGUCGAGUGUCCGAUUUUAGUUCCAUGCACUCGAUGACCAAACACCGCCGCCUGCGUUAGCGGGAACAAGGUGGCCUCCACCACGUGUUCAGGCAUACGAAUAGCGUCCACACAGAUGAACACUUGGAACACUGCUGGCAGAAUCAUUACAAGGUGUCAAUAUUUAACAAGCUCCCGGGUGGUCUUUAGUUCAUGGAUCUGUAUGGUUUCCGAACAGCACAGGGUACUUAAACCACCGAAUCUUUUAAAAUGUAUUUAGCAGUACUUUUUGCAGGGCCCAUAGUCCUGGGGCAAGAGGCUGGCAAGCAGGCUCCUCCGGGAAAAGGACCAUGAAAUGGUCUGGGUGCCUAUGAAGUCCCUUUAAAGAAACACUGUAGCGUUAGGAAUACCGUCCAUAUUUUCAUUGAGGUGCUCACCUUUGUUAUCUAAUUAUAUAGAGGAUAAUAAAAAGGUUUUAUUUAUUUUAUAUUUUCCCCCUCCCCCAUUGCAGAGACUCAAUCUGUGCUGCCGCCUGCUCCUCCUGCAACAUCAUUUUGGAAUAGUUGUUUCCACGAUAAUAGUUCCAUCCAAUGCUCAUAUGUUUCCCUAUGUUUCCAUUUGAUGACACAUGAUUGAGUAAAACUCAACUCUCUUGUUGCAGAGCAUGGAUCUCUAGUGGCUGUCUGGUGAGUAAGCUAGCCAUGCAAGAACUGGGAUGUUUUCAGCUUCUAGGAAUUGUGUACAAAUCCUUGCAACAUGGUGCCGUGCAUUAUCAUGCUGCAACAUGAGGUGAUGGUCGUAGAUGAAUGACACAACAAUGGGCCUCAGAAUCUUGUCACGGUAUCUCUGUGCAUUCAAAAUGCCAUCAAUAAAAUGCACCUGGCAUUUUAUUGAUGGCAUUAGGGUUAGGGUUAGAACUAUUAGCGUGGAAACAACUAUUCCAUCACAUACGCCUGCCCUAUACCAUAACCCCACCGCCACCAUGGGCCACUCGAUUGACGACGUUGACAUCAGCAAACCGCUCACCCACACAACUUCAUACACGCUGUCUGCCAUCUGCCCUGUACAGUGAAAACCGGGAUUCAUCCGUGAUGCAAAUGUGAGCAUUUGCCCACUCAAGUCGUUUACGACAACAAACUGCAGUCAGGUCGAGACCCCGAUGAGGACGAUGAGCAUGCAGAUGAGCUUCCCUGAGACGGUUUCUGACAGUUUGUGCAGAAAUUCUUUGGCUGUGCAAAUCGAUUCUUGCAGCAGCUGUCUAGGUGGCUGUUCUCAGACGAUCUUGGAGGUGAAGAUGCUAGAUGUGGAGGUCCUGGGCUGGUGUGGUUACACCUGAUCUGCGGUUAUGAGGCCGGUUGUAUUGUAAUGGAUCACCUGGCACCCCGACUGGGCACCCGCGUUGACAGACGCUUCCUAGUUGACACAGAGGACCAUAAGCACCGCACCGGACACAACCACCGCAGACUCCACAACCACCGUAGCUUAACUGGAGUCUCGCCAUCUUCCUUCCACACUGGAUCAGCCUCUGUCCUCCAGGAGUGUGUAGGAAAGACCUCUCCAGAAGAAGAGCAUAUCAGGAACAGCUUUGAAAAGAGCUAAGUGAUUAGAGCUCAGAAUAUACAAGGUAUAGCAAUCCCCAGUGUGAUUAUAGCAGUUCUCUACAAUAACAAGACAAGACUACGUGUUGAGGGUCAAACAGGAACAGAGUGCACUGAGGCUUUAUUGUUUCUUAUAUACACAUUUCCCCUCAAGGUUACCACCCACGUCGACCUUGUGGAACACAGGACACAAGGUUACAACAGCCAAUCAACACAGAACAGUACAGUCAGACACUCCCAGCUAAUGCACACAAACCCUCCCCUCACACCUACUGUCGUCCCCCCCCCCCGCCCCUACCCCUGAGCGGUGGGUGAGGGCCAUAAAUCACAAUGGGGGGGACCUACUGUCCUCCCACACCCCUGAGCGGUGGAUGGGGGCCAUAAAGAUGAGAGGGGGGACCUACUGUCCUCCCAGCCCCCAUCCCUGGGUGUGGCGGGUGGGGGCCCUACGACAAAUUCCCCCGACCCUUCAAAGGUGACUAGGGGUCCCCAAGCCCCUAGUCACCCACUCAAAUAAAAACUAUCCCCUACCCCCUCACCCUAAAAAUAGCGAUGGGGGAAAUAAUAACUAACCUGUAAAUAAAAAUAAAACUUACCAUUUGCUGUCUUCUUUCUUCUAAAAUCUUCAUUUUUCAGCCCCAAAAAAGGCCAAUUAAAAAACCAUCAUACCUGUCGAACUUAAAAUAAAAUAAAAAAAUCAGAGCACAAAAAAAAAAACAGCCGAAAAAGGGAAAAAACCUGACGUUAAAGCCAAUAAUCCAUCUUCACCCAUGGCGGGCUCCGUGCAGACUGAGCUCUGCAGGGCGGGGUAAGCCUUAUGAAGCCUUGCCCCGCCCUGCUGUUUGGCUUAGACCAACCAAUCAGAGUGUUCUUAGCCCAUCAGAGUACUCUUUGUCAUUUUGCACAGCGUGGGAAAGUUCUUUGGAAUUUUCCCACGCUGUGUAAUUUGACUCAAAACACUCUGGUGGACUUGAAAUCCAUCCAAUCAGAGUGCCCUGUGUCAUUUUACACAGCAUGGGAAAGUUCCAAAGACAGUAGGUCCCGUCCCCCCUCAAUUAUCUUUAUGGCCCCCACCCACUGCUCAGGGGUGGAGGCCAUGGGGGGAGGACAGUAGGUGUCCCCCCAUUGUGAUUUAUGGCACCCACCGCACAGGGGUGGGGGCCGGGAGGAGGACAGUAGGUCCCCGUCACCCAGGGGGCAGGACAGUAGGCCCCCUUCAUUAUUUUUAUGGCCCCCGCCCGGGGGGAGGACAGUAGGUUCCCCCCCCCCUCAUUAUCUUUAUGGCCUCCACCCGCCACCCAGCGGUGGGGGCUGGGGGGGAGGACAGUAGGUCUUUAUGGCCCCCACCCACCGCGCAUGGGGGUGACUAAGGGGUCAGUUAGAUGUAGUGGAGUCGGGAGGGGGGGGUAAAAUAAAAAAUAAAAAAACGGGAUUCGGCCAUGACUGUGCCGCUUUAAUUAUCACAGGCAGAAAAUAUACAGUUUUACCCAAAGUCCAGAAACACCCCAAAACACAAAUAUAUCCCCAUAAAUCCUACAUCCCUGGAUAGCCCUGAUCUGGGUGAACAACAUAUCCAAAAAUCACCAAGAUCAGAGCAGGGGUCCAAAACCGUUCCACAGAUUUAGGCUGUGCGGCCGGUCUAUCUUCUCCUCUAUCCUGGAGAUAAUUGGCUUAAGUGGAUGUGGUAAGCCAAUUAUCUCUAAGUCCAAAAACUGUUACAAAAACUACAUAAAAAUACAUAACUACAUCAUAUAAUACAAUGUUUAACCUAUAUGUCCAACAUAUCCCCAGAUAGCUUGGAUCUGAGCGCUCAAUAUGUCCGAAAAGCACUCAGAUCCUACGAAUAAAAUUGGAUCGCCAUGGCAAGGGCUGAUGAGAGAUUGAGGAGGGACAAAGCAGCCAGUUUCAACUGGUCUGGCAGUGUACCUGGGACAACGCCCUGCUGGAGAACAAUAGGACAGGAAAAAGGGGGAGGGGAAGAGGCACAUUUUUCCAUGGAAUUAAAGGGGCAGAAAAAGUGUUAUAAAAAUCCAAUAAGCCCAAAUAGACUUUUUUCUUUUUUUUUUUAACUGGCAAUAUCUCCCAGGGGCCAUAGUCACAAGGCAAGAGGCUGGCAAGCAGGCCUCUCCAAGAACAAGUGGCGAAGGGCACUUCGUCACAUGAUGUACUGCCAGAUUCUCUGAAAUGCCUUUGGAGACAGCUUAUGGUAGAGAAAUGAACAUUCAAUUCACGGGCAACAGCUCUGGUGGACAUUCCUGCAGUCAGCAUGCCAAUUGCAUGCUCCCUCAAAACUUGUGAAAAAUCUGUUGCAUUGUGCUGUGUGAUAACACUGCACAUUUUAGAGUGGCUUUUUAUUGUGGCCAGCAUUAGGCACACCUGUGCAAUAAUCAUGCUGUCUAAUCAGCAUCCCGAUAUGCCACACCUGUGAGGUGGAUGGAUUAUCUCGGCAAAGGAGAAGUGCUCACUAACACAGAUUUAGACAGAUUAGUGAACAAUAUGUGAGAGAAACAGGCCUUUUGUGUACAUCGAAAAAGUCUUAGAUCUUUGAGUUAAGCUCAUGAAAAAUGGGGGCAAAAACAAGUGUUGCAUUUAUAAUUUUGUUCAGUGUAUGUGUGGUAUAUGUGUCAGUUAUACCCAGCUCUUUCCCACAUCCAUGUCCGUUACAAAUACCUGUCUCAGGUCACCUUUCCCUUCUCUGUUUUAGGUCACUUAUAACCACACUGGGAGUGCUCAAGAAACAUGCAGAUUCCACCUGUGACCACGUGUGAUAUUUGGCCAUAGGUUAACUAAAAAUAGUCCAGCUGACCUGUUCAUUUAUUCUUUGAUAAUUUUUGGCUAUCAUUAUAGGUUUAGGCACUUAAUGUGUAUUUCUGUCCACAGCCGCCUUUCUUACACAAACAGUCUGUUUGGAUGACACAACAGUGAAGUUUGAAAUAUGGGACACUGCUGGACAAGAGAGGUACCACAGCUUGGCUCCCAUGUAUUACAGAGGUGCUCAAGCCGCCAUUGUGGUUUAUGAUAUAACCAACACGGUAUGGACCAUAAAAUGAAUGAUAACUUUUAUUUUUUUUAUUUAUUGAAAUUACUACAGCUUAACAAAGCAUGUAGAGGUUUUAAAGAGGAGUCCAUUAUGUAAUCCUUAGAUAUCCAAUAAAACGUCUGUUUACUCAGGGGAAACCUUAAUUUAUCCAAAUUUUCCAAUUCACAGCUUUAUAUUCUAUAAUCUUAUACAACUGGAUGGGAAGCAGUGCAGUGACUCUGUUUAUUGAAGCUAUUUUAUGUUAACAUUCUAUCCUUAGAAUCAGUUUUAUGGUCACUCGCUCAGCAUUUAAUGCUUGCAGCAGUGGCAUAUCUAAUAGAGAGGACCCUGGUGCAAGAAAUAAUUUUGGUCCCAUUUCUAGGGCAUCAGUGGUCAAAAGAUAGAUCCCCAUCUUUUGUAAAACUCCCACAAUGCUAUGCCAGUUGGGGAUAUGCCAUGUCACUAUUCUUGCAAGGUUGUAUUUGUUAAAGUGUUUGAGCAUUUGAAUGUAAGCAUAUCUUUGUAUGGACUAUGUGUGUAUGCAUGUAGAGGGGUAUUUGUAUGCACUGUUGACAAUCAAAUACACUUUCUCAGCAUGGCUGAUAUUACAAGGGCCUGGUAACGUUGUUAAAGGGCCACUUAGUGCAUGGGCCACUUGAUUACCUCCAGUCAGCUCUUUCCAUCUCAUUUUGCUUCUUUCGGAGGCUUGACUCUCUCAGUCAUUCACCAAAGUACUCCGUAAGUAGUCUUCCUGAUCUUGCCUGCUUUACUUCCUGCACAGAAGCAGGGAAGACCAGAGAGACUCAGUUUUCAAACACUGUCUGACCUAAGGUACACCUAUAUUGUUGAAGGAUCAUAUUAUAUAUACUAAAGGUAAGGACAAGUUUUUCUACCUUUUUUUUAUUUUUUUAUAUUGACUUCAUUAUUUUAAUUUUUUUAUGGUUUCUUUAAAAACUUGAUGAAAGGAUUAUUAUAUAGAAAUUGUCUUUUUAAGGUGAUUGUUUUAUAUAUUAUUUUUUUUUAAUUUUUUUUUUUUUUUUCUGCAAGCAGUCAAAAUAGGCAUAAUGUAAUUUUCUCUGUUCUUUUUCCAAGGAAACCUUUACACGAGCAAAAAACUGGGUAAAAGAACUUCAACGACAAGCAAGCCCCAACAUAGUCAUUGCACUGUCAGGGAACAAGGCUGAUCUUUCUAAUAAGAGAGCUGUGGAUUUUCAGGUAAGCGUAUUAGGCAAGAUGAUGUGAAAAUCCCUUUUCACUCUAUCUGAAACCUUAAAGGGAUCCUAUAGUGCCAGGAAAACAAACCCGUUUUCCUGGCACCAAAGGGUUAAUAGGUCCCCCGCCUCCCUCUGAGCCCCCUCAUGCUGGGCUGAAGGGGUUAAAACCCCUUCAGCCACUUACCUUAAUCCAGUGCUGGGCUCCAUCUGCGCUGGUGACCUCUCCUCCCCUGCUGACAUCAACUCCCGAGUGGAGCUGAAUGCGUAUUCAAAGCCGCCUAUAGGAAAGCAUCACUCAAAGCUUUCCUAUGAAGAUCUUAUUUGAUGCUGGACUCCGUGAGGACAUCCAGCGUCAUUUCAGUGCGAUAUACUCACUGAGAAUCGUGGAAGCGGCCACUAGAGGCUGGAUUAACCGUGCAGUGUAAAUUUAGCAGUUUCUCUGAAACUGCUAUGUUUUCAGAUGCAGGGUUAAAACUAGAGGGACUUAGCACCCAGACCACUUCAUUGAGCUGAAGUGGUCUGGGUGCCUGUAGUCGUCCUUUAGACAAACAUUUUUGGUGCUUAAUAUUCCUUAAAGACAGAGGCAAUUAUCCAUGUUCUGGAUCAAAACAAAACCUAGAAUUUGUACUAUGCAUUUGUUCCACCAUAAUUUAAUAGUGCCCACACACAUAUAUAUUGUUUUUUGAAGGACAGAAAGAGCUUUCUUUUAAUAUCCUAUAUGUAUACCCAACACAAUAUUAAGUGUAAAUAAAAUGUUAAGGCUGGAAACCAAUAAAAAAAUAAAAACAUAUAUAUAUAUAUAUAUAUAUAUAUAUAUAUAUAUAUAUAUAUAUAUAUAUAUAUAUAUAUAUAUAUAUUUUAUUUAUUUUUUUCUUCACAUUGUUGCUUAUAAUUUUUACAAAUCCAGUGCAACUAAAGAAUAAAACUCAAUUGAUUCCUGUAUCAGCGCUGAUUGUUAAAUCCCUCAUAUGUUCAAGAUCAAACUUAAAGGGCUACUCGAACCACAUGACCAGUUGAAUUGCUGCACAAACUGAGACAUAUUAUGUUUUCUGUUCCUGGCUGCCUAAUGUCCAUAUUUUAAGUCUGUCAUCAGCAUGCUGGUAACAGACAUAUCGUGCUUCUCCCUUGCAGAGAAGAGUUUGUCUCCCUGCCUCCCACCUUCAUGAAGUACAAGCUAGGGAUCGACUGAUAUUGAUUUUAUAGAGCCAAUACCGAUCAUUUGUGAACUUUUAGGCCAAUAGCCGAUAACUUACAGAUACCGAUAUUCUGUACAUUUACCGUUUUGAAAAAAUAAACUAUUUCUACACAAAUCUACUGUUAACUGAACAUAUGUAUUUAUUUAUAUUGCAAAACCUUUUUUCUAUUAAGGCAAAUGCACAAAAUAUACAUGCCAGUCAGAAUUGUUUAUGCUUUCAAGAAUAUAUGUGUGUGUAGUGGAUGCAGUGUGUGUGUUUGUGUAAUGUGUGUAUAUAUAGUGAAUGCAGAGUGUAUAUGUGUAUAAAUUUGUUUUAGUCACCCCUUCCUCCUUCUUACCUGGCCAGGGAGGUGGAAGAUGGCAUUCCCUGGUGGUCCGGUGGCAUGGACUCUGCAGAGUGGGCCCAGCAACACUCUUACUUCCCUUCUCAGCAGCUCCCCUGUCUAACUCUUGUGGCCUGUGUGCCCUGCGGAGCAUUGCCAUGGUAAUCUGUGGCAACGCUCUGACGACUGCGGGACUCGCAAGAUUUAGGCAGGGGAGCUGCUAGGAGGGAAGUAAGUGUGCUGUGGGCCCUCUAGCAAUCCCCGGUCCCCCAUGGAAGUCCCGUCUGACACAUUUACACAAAUUACACAUGAAUGGCGUUCGGGAGUUUCAGUCUACCGAACGAGGAGAGCACUCUCAUGUAACCAGCUACAUUAUAUCUAUGGGGGUUUUCGUGCAAUUUUCAUCUGAACGGAGACCAGCUCGCACCACUGAUUUCAUGGAACUCUGAGUCUGCUACAACCUCGUGGUGAGCCGGUCAAACUUCCACAAGGUAUAACUCCAAAACUACCGAACGGAUUCUCGUGGCAUGAUGGCCCUGGUCUGCAUUAUCGGCAAUAUCGGUAUCUUUAUAGACUUUAUUAAUUUUUGAUACUUAAUGUAAGCCCAUUACCAAUGCCCCAAACCCCUACCUUACUACAAUAACUCUAACUUACCCCUAGUUCUAACUCUAACUAGACUAUUAACGCUAAGGAAACCCUGCGCUAAUAUCAAUAUAUCAACUAUACUUUGUGUAAAGAAUCACCCUCCAUGCAUUCUGUACUUUCCCUCCCUGCUACUUGGUUCAUUGGAUUUAUUACCUUUAUUACUAGUUCAUUCGUUACUUUUUAUUCAUCAAAAUCCCUUGUUCUGUGAAAUAGCUAUUUUACCGAAAGAGGACCACCCUGGGUAGCAAUUAGAACGUAGAAUCCUGUGUUAUUGCACGAAACCACAAGCUAAUUGAGUGCUCCUGGGUGGCCACACGAACACAUGGCGAGAACAAUGGAUGGCGGCCAUCUUAAACUCCCGAACGGCCGGCCAGCGGGACUUAGGCGUCGAGCGCCUGGAACUUAUUUUGGCAUGGCUCUCCAGCAAUCCCCGGUCCCCCAUGGAAGUCCCGUCUGACCUAUUUACACAAAUUACACACAAAUGGCGUUCGGGAGUUUCAAUCUACCGAACGAGGAGAGCACUCUCAUGUAACCAGCAACACUAUAUCUAUGGGGGGUUUUGUGCAAUUUUCAUCCGAACGGAGACCAGCUCGCACCACUGAUUUCAUGGAACUCUGUCUGCUACAACCUCGUGGCGAGCCGGUCAAACUACCAAACGGAUUCUCACGAAAUUUGGAUAUGUUGCUCACAUCACCCUCAGCUACCCAGGAAUAUAGGCAUUAAGCUUUGGCUCAUGUGUGGAUUAUUCGGCGAUACCAGCGAUUUAUUACUCUGUGGAUUUCUUGAUGAUUUAAUUUUAUGGGAAGAAGGGAAUGCUUGACGGAGUAAAGAAUUGUACCGUCACAACUGAUUGACAGCGGCGGGAUUUUCCUUUUUCCCUGCACAAAGGAUCCAAGGAAGGCACUAUUGUACAGUCCAUGGAGGGCUGGUACACACAGCUUAAACGCAGCACACUGAAGGAACUAUUGGAGGUACGUGGAGGUAUUGCCAGCAACAAGGCCAAGCGGGUCAUAAUUGCUGAACUCCUGGAGCUAGACCGGGAGAGCUUGGCAGCAGCAGUACCGACCGUUCAGGAAUCCGAAACCAACAGGGAGAUCAGAAAGCAGCUGGCAUGGUUUGGACCGAACCCAUCUGCCGAAAUUAUUAUGCAGGUGAUUAACACUGUAACAGAGCACGCACUGAAGCUGGCUGAAACCCAGCAAACGAUGGCAAGUCCACCGAUCGGAGGGAUCACCACUGUGGACUCGUCAAAGAUGCCUUUCAGUGCUUUUAAAAGCUUCAACGAGAAUGACUGACACUGAGAUUGACAGCUAUCUGGCAGACUUUGAACGCCAGUGUGCCCUACAUAAAGUAUCUACAGAGGAGUGGGUCUCUGUAUUAUCGGGAAAACUGUCAGGCAAGGCAGCGGAUGCCUUCAGGGCCGAGCAGGAGAUUCACAGUUAUGCACGGGUCAAGGAGGUGCUACUAGCUCUGUAUGCGAUAACCCCAGAAGCAUACCGCAAGAAAAUUAGGGAUUCCCGCAAAACCGACAAGGACUUGUAUGCAGAGUGGGCCUGUCGCCUACAGCUAUCUGCGUCAAACUGGAUCACCAACUGCCAGGCAACUACUGUGGAUGACAUCCUGCAGCUCAGGCUAUUAGAGCAAUUCUACGACCACAUCCAGGCGGAUGUCCAAGAUUGGGUAAGGGACCGCAGACCUAACCAAGGCCGCCAAACUCGCAGACAAGUCUACAGACAAACCCCAGGCGACCCGUGUGGUAUCUCUGAGCCAACCGAUUCGGACAGAAGCACCAGCAGCGACCAGGUACCAACCCCCCAGCAAACCCUCCGCUCCCAUCCAACGACACCCAGCUAGCAACGAGCCCCCUUGUUUCCACUGCACGCAACUAGGACACCUUCGGAACAACUGCCCACUGGAGGCACCCAGGUCCAACUGGUCUCUACGCGGGUUCUCCAACGCCAGGGCCGCAGCUCACUGCGUGGAUUACCUGGUGCCAUCUGCCUGGGAUGCAAAGGAAUUAAGCCAGGAAGAACCCCUGGGCACGUUGUACGAAGCCCACUUAGUCCAGUCUUCCAUCACGGACAAUCGGAAACACCAUUGUCAGUUGGUGAUGGUGAAUGGGAAAACUGCCCGAGGACUCAGGGAUAGUGGUGCCACCAUCACCUUGGUUCAGAGGCACCUUAUUGAUAAUGGGGAACGACCAGAAAAAUCUAUUGCUGUGCGAGUGGUAGGGGGGGCUGUUUACCGGAUUCCCACAGCCCAGGUCCAUCUGGACUGGGGAGCUGGAGCUGGCAACGUACAGGUGGGAGUCAUGAAGGAGCUACCCGCAGAAGUGAUAUUGGGGAAUGACAUUGGACCAUUAACCUCAGCAUUUGUACCCACACCCACCCACGAGGCCCAAGCGGUGACCACUAGAGCCAUGCUGCCGAGAACCAUCCAUCUCCUACUGAGACCCAGGUAAGCCAACUUUUCCCCGCCCCUGACGUUAGAGCCCCUUCCCUGGGAGGAUUUUGGGAGGGAAGUAGUGGGAGACCCGUCCCUAAGGAAAUAUAGGGACAAGGCGAGAGUAGGACAAGGCCUGAGGUAUCCGAUGAUGUCCGGAGUUACUGCCAGACCUGUGAGGUUUGCCAGAGGGUAGGUAAGAAGGGAGACAACCCUAAGGCCAAAAUGGUCCCGAUGCCCAUCAUCAAGGAGCCCUUCGCGAGGGUAGCGGUCGACCUGGUAGGACCCCUAGCUCAGCUUAGCCGCUCUGGUAAGCGCUAUAUACUUACCGUAGUGGACUACGCUACCCCAAGGCAGUGGCCCUUCCCAAUAUCCAUGCUGAGACGGUGGCUGAUGCCCUGGUCAAGAUUUUCUCUCUUGUAGGAUUCUCCAAAGAAAUUUUAUCGGAACAGGGUACACAGUUCACUGCGGAAUUAACCCAACAACUGUGGAGGAUCUGCGGGAUUAAAUCCCUGACAAGCUCUCCGUACCACCACCAGACCAAUGGUCUCUGAACGCUUCAACGGCACUCUAAAGCAGAUGUUGAAGAAUUAUACAGGAACCUAUCGGGACUGGGAGCGAUUCCUGCCACACCUUCUCUUUGCAUACCGGGAGGUGCCUCAGGAAUCCACGGGAUUUUCACCCUUCGAGCUACUGUACGGAAGACGAGUGAGGGGGCCUUAUUAAGGAUCAUUUGGGGGGCCAGAUCGAGAUUGACUGUACUCCGAUUGUGCCCUGCGUGCUGGGGUUGACGGACCGCAUGGAGGAACUGGCCCAGACGGUAAGGGAGAACCUCCAGGCGGCUCAACAGUAAAAGGGGGGGUCAUUGUGAAGAAUUGCCCUCCAUGCAUUCGGUACUUUUCCUCCCUGCUACCUGUCCCUCCCUACUCCCUGAUUGUUGGAUUUAUUACUAGUUCAUUCGUUACUUUUUAUUGAUCAAAAUCCCUUGUUCUGUAAAAUAGCUAUUUUACCAAACGAGGACCACCCUGUGUAGCAAUUCGAACGUAGAAUCCUGUGUUAUUGCACGAAACCUCAAGCUAAUUGAGUGCUCCUGGGUGGCUGCCAUUUCAGGACACUAACACGUGGCGAGAACAAUGGAUGGCGGCCAGUUUCAAUCUAUCGAACAGCUAGGAGUGAUAGAACACUCUGACAGUCCUUGGGCCUCACCUGUGGUCCUGGUACCGAAGCGGGACGGCACGACCCGCUUCUGUGUCAAUUACAGGCGGCUCAACGACAAGACGGUGACUGACGCCUAUCCGAUGCCUCGGAUGGACGAGCUGCUCGACCGCAUAUCUAAGGGGAAGAACUUGACCACGAUAGACCUCUGCAAGGUAUAUUGGCAGAUUCCCUUGGCAGAGGACGUGGUCCCCAAGUCAGCCUUCAUCACCCCGUUCGGCCUAUACCAGUUUCGGGUUAUGCCGUUCGGGAUGAAGAAUGCCCCCGCCACCUUCCAACGGAUGGUGGACCGCCUAUUAGAGGGCCUCCAGGAUUAUGCAUGUGAUACCUGGGAGGCACACUUAGAGCAUGUAGGAUCCGUAUUAGAUAGGAUUAGGGAGGUCGGCUUGACCUUGAAGCCUGACAAGUGCCACUUUGGUAUGGCGGAGGUGCAAUAUUUGGGUCACCGGGUUGGAUGUGGUAGACAACGGCCGGAGCCUGCUAAGAUCAAGGCAAUUGCCAACUGGCCCACUCCCUGUACCAAGACGCAGGUCAUGGCGUUCCUGUGAACAGCUGGCUACUACAGGCGCUUUGUCCCUGACUAUAGUACCCUAGCCAAACCCGUGACUGACUUGACAAAAAAGAAGCUACCCCGACAAGUCCUGUGGUCCUCGGGAGUGUGAGGUGGCUUUCCAAGUGUUAAAACAAGCUCGUCAAUGCCCCCGUAUUAGCUGCCCCAGAUCCUAACAAACGCUUUAUCGUCCACACAGACGCUUCAAUGUUUGAACUGUGGGCAGUUUAGAGUCAGAAUGGAGAAGACGGAGGAGAGGACCCGGUCGCCUACCUAAGCCAGAAACUUACUCCGGUGGAGUCUUGCCCUUCAACCCUACGGCCGGCCGGGCAAACAAAACGGGAAUGCUGAUGGGCUAUCCCUCUAAACAGACUCUCGGACUAAUAGCUGGGAGACCCGUAAGCCUUACUGGACCCGGAAAGGUCCAGCCACGUCUGCCGGAGCAGGGAGUAAAAGGGGGGGCCAUUGUGAAGAAUUGCAUGCAUUCGGUACUUUUCCUCCCUGCUACUUUGUUUGUUGGAUUUAUUACUAGUUCAUUCCUUACUUUUUAUUCAUCAAAAUCCCUUGUUCUGUAAAAUAGCUAUUUUACCGAACGAGGACCACCCUGGGUAGCAAUUAGAAUGUCGAAUCCUGUGUUAUUGCACGAAACCACAAGCUAAUUGAGUGCUCCUGGGUGGCUGCCAUUUCAGGACACGAACACGUGGCGAGAACAAUGGAUGGCGGCCAGUUUCAAUCUAUCGAACGAGGGGAGAACUCUCAUGUAACCAGCUAAAUUAUAUCUAUGGGGGUUUUCGUGCAAUUUUCAUCCGAACGGAGACUGGCUCGCACCACUGAUUUCAACGCUGAGUCGGCUACAACCUCGUGGUGAGCCGGUCAAACUUCCACACGGUAUAACUCCAAAACUACCGAACGGAUUCUCACGAAAUUUGGAUAUGUUGCUCAAAUCACCCUCAGCUACUCAGGGAUAUAUUGAUAUUUUAUGUAUAAAGUAUGGGGUUAAUGGGUGAGAUUACUUUAAAAGUAAACCUCUGGUUAGAGAAUGGAUAAUGGCAAGGCUAAACUACUCUACUGGAAAUAAAGAGACUCCACUAAAAAUCCCUAAUGAUGCAAAUGGAAGAAAAAAUUAAUUGUAAAAUUAAUAAAAUAUCCAGGAAUAGUAGAUGCCUUAAAAAUUAGUAUUGUAAAAUAUAAAUAAAUAAAGUAUAAAAUAACAAAAAACAGUUGUGUCCAAUAUGGAAUUCAAGUCCAAUUGUUAACAGUCUCUUUGCUAAAAAGCUAUAUCAUAAUAGCUGUGAAUGAAAUAGAUAAAUAGUCUUUUUAAUCUUUUUUUGUAAGCUAAUUCAGUUCACUCCAGUUAUAGAUGAACUGGAAUCUAGAUACUGAAUUAGUUAUUUAGUAUAGUACAAUAUAACAAUAUAUAUGGUCCUUAUAAUUGUAAUAUUGUAUCUUGUACUAGAGAAUAGAUAACUAACUGACAGGCUAUGUGGAGUAGCCUUUAGUUAUAAUACUUUACUCCUGAUAAUAGGAAAUAAAGUGAUGCAAUAAAAUAAGAUCCAAGUGCUAAUAUAGAGAAUUAUUCCAAGUAUUGGUGUAUUAAAAAGUAGAUUUAUUGUAAGAUAAACUUGAAAUAAAAAUUAAAAAGCAAAAGGUUACACUCACAUUGAUUAAAAGUUAUGCUGAAUAUGGAGCCAGAGGAUGGUGUAAGCAGCUGAAAAAAAUAGACUGUCCGAUCAUCAGAUGUGAAGUGUAUAGUUUUCAAGCCGCGUGCGUUCCACCAGUUUCUCCGUCUGCGUUCCAGAUGCAAAUCAGCAGUGUUGCGGUAGAUGCCGGAAAGAUGCCGAAAAGCAAUGAAAUGUCGUUCUGUUGUUCCUUACGCGUUUCGUGAGGCUUAGCUCACUUCAUCAGAGGAUGUCUGAUUGGGGAUUCUUGUGGGUUUAAAUAGCCAGCAGAACUUCUGGCUUAUGUUAACCCCUUAUGGUUAAUGUUGAAUAUAGAUAUAACAAGUGUGUGCACAAUGUGGAAGAUGUGCAAUACGAAGCUCUAUACACCUCAAAGUGGAAUCCCCUUUACCACUUUAAAAUCAACAGUAUACAUACAUAAAAUGGGUGGAGCUUCUCAAAAUAACAAUAUAACAGAUAUUCUGUAAAAUAGAAUAUAAACCAUAGUGCAAUACAGUAAUAUAAAUAAAAUUUAAGUAUAUAUGUAGCAGGUAUUCCACUCACAAGCCUAGAGUCAUAGUUUCAUAUGACUCAGAUGAUAUGUGCCUUUGGACCAAUUUAGGAUGUCCAGAUCCUUCUUUCUUGCAGGAUUCCGUCUGUGACCACCUUUAACCAAUUUCCAGACCAAAAGAUGUCAGGUCAACAGUAGGUUUCUAAAAGGUUGGUACUUUAUUUAAAAUAAAAAUCUUUUAAAAGAAAUAAACAUUUAAAAUCAAAAUAAAAUGAAACAACUUUAAAUGUUUCGUCACUUCCGGGUACUACUCUCGGUUAAUUGGAACGCUCAAUGCGUUCCACCAGCAACAUCCUCCAUUCUUUUCGUUCGAUCCACUCUGGCAACUUAUUUUUCACAUAUUUCUAUGUAUAUAUUGAUGUACUAUAUUAGUAUAUCAUUAUUGUGGAGGUCUGUUCUAUAUACUAUUUUACAUAUCUUGGUAAACUCUACAUACAUAUUGAAAGAUCCCAAUCUACAUUAUACAAGACAUUUUUCUUAAGAUGUUUUUAUAGGGAGAGAGUGAUUUCCAUAUUUUAAAGUGCUCUUAUAUUAUAAAAGUGAUACAAACAUUUCCCCUUAAAGUGCUUUUAUAUAUUGAAGUGCUUUUCAGUGCUUUUAUGGUGUUAUAAAUAUUUCCACAAUAGUGUUCAAAAGUAUGCCAUUUCGAAAACUAAAAAAAGAGGGAAAAUUUCAAAAAUAGGAUCCUUGCUAAAAAUACAUAUAAUUGUGCAAAAUACAAAAAAAAAAAAAAAUCAGCGAAGAUAUCAGAAUACUUAGACAAAUUGUUGCAACCUCUGGUCGUAUGCAAUCCCGCUUAUCUAAAAGACACCAUACAUAUUCUGAAGCUUUUAGAAGAGAUAACUUGGAAAGAGGGCAAUUUUUUGGUUACGUGCGACGUAACCUCUCUUUAUAGCAUCAUACCACACAAGAUUGGAUUGGAAGCUGUGCAAUAUUUUUUAAGGAAACAUAUUUUAAAGAAGAACAGAUUUUAUAUAUCUUAGAAGGUAUUCACCUGAUUCUAACUAACAACUUUUUUUGGUUUCAAGACAUUUUUUAUCUUCAAAUUCGGGGAACGGCGAUGGGCACCAAGUUCGCUCCCAGUUAUGCGAACCUGUUCAUGGCAUAUUGGGAAGAGAAGUUCGUAUUUGAAGGACAUGCCUGGGCAGCGAACUUGGUGUGCUAUCGUCGUUUCAUCGACGAUAUAUUUUUUAUUUGGGCAGGAACUAGGACAGAGUUAGAUGUUUUUAUUACAUUUUUAAAUAAAAAUGAUUGGAAUAUUAUUUUAACGGCGCAAAUAAGUGAUGAAAAGUAUAAAUUUUUUAGAUCUCGAUAUUAAUAUUACGAACACCUGCAUUAACACAAAGAACCAUUUCAAAGAUGUAGAUGCAAAUGGAUACAUUCGGAAAGAGAGCGGUCACUACACACCCUGGUUAAGGAACGCACCCAGAGGACAAUUUUUAAGAAUUAGGCGCAACUGUACUAAUGACGAAGACUACCUAUUACAAGCAGAAAGGAUAAAGACCCAAUUUCUCCAAAAAGGAUAUGCAGAAAUAGAUUUACAGACCUCUCUAGAAGAUGUUCGCACAAUACCAAGAAAGAACCUUUUAAUAUAUAAAGAUAAAAAGGGGAAACAGAAAUGGAACAAUGAUGUCCCAUUUAUUUGUAACUUUAAUGGGAAUUAUAAAAAAGUUAACAAAAUUAUAAAUAAACAUUGGCAUAUCUUGCAAGACGAUCCAGUCUUAAAAAAUAUCUUGUCAGAAAAACCUAAGAUCAUUUACAGGGGAGCAAAAAAUUUCAAAAGCACCUUAGUACAAAGUAGUGAUAAUCAAAUUUUGGUGGAAAAAAAUUUCCUACGGCAAAAUAAAGGCUUUUAUGGUUGUGGUCAGUGUUUAGCAUGCAGAAACACUAAAAGUAGGAAGCGACAUAUAAUAGAUGUGGAACCUUGGAUAAAUCAAAAAUUUCAAAUCCGAGAUCAUUUAACUUGCUACUCCAAAGGGGUCAUUUAUGUCCUAAAGUGUCAGUGUAAUCUCCUAUAUGUAGGAAGAACGAUUAGAUGCUUAAAUACGAGAAUAGCAGAGCACACGAGGAAUAUAAAAAAUGGAUUGGAGUCACAUAGCGUCUCCAACCAUUUUAAGACAUUCCAUAACCAAGAUCCUAAAGGACUGUUCUUUUGUGCAAUAAAAUUGGUUAAAAAAGAUUGGAGAGGAGGAGAUUACAUUAGGAAAAUAGGAAGAGAAGAAAUGAGAUUUAUUUUUAACUUUAACACUAUGGUUUAAAUCAAGAUUUUGAAUUAUGUCAUUUCAUGAACUAAAAAAGUUUUUUUUUUUUUUUUUGCACAAUUAUAUGUAUUUUUAGCAAGGAUCCUAUUUUUGAAAUUUUCCCUCUUUUUUUAGUUUUCGAAAUGGCAUACUUUUGAACACUAUUGUGGAAAUCUUUAUAACACCAUAAAAGCACUGAAAAGCACUUCAAUAUAUAAAAGCACUUUAAGGGGAAAUGUUUGUAUCACUUUUAUAAUAUAAGAGCACUUUAAAAUAUGGAAAUCACUCUCUCCCUAUAAAAACAUCUUAAGAAAAAUGUCUUGUAUAAUGUAGAUUGGGAUCUUUCAAUAUGUAUGUAGAGUUUACCAAGAUAUGUAAAAUAGUAUAUAGAACAGACCUCCACAAUAAUGAUAUACUAAUAUAGUACAUCAAUAUAUACAUAGAAAUAUGUGAAAAAUAAGUUGCCAGAGUGGAUCGAACGAAAAGAAUGGAGGAUGUUGCUGGUGGAACGCAUUGAGCGUUCCAAUUAACCGAGAGUAGUACCCGGAAGUGACGAAACAGGAAAUGGUACGAUUGGAACGCAUGUUGCGUUCCAACCGAAUAAGACACUAACCCGGAAGUGACGGAACAGGAAGUGACAUCAGUGGAACGCAAGACUGCGUUCCACGGAAGCGAAAACCGGAACCCGGAAGUAAAAUUGAGCGGACUGUUUAAAUAACCGAAGAGACUAAGCAGUGGACAUUUUAGCCAACUGAGGAAGCCUGUUGUACCAGGCGAAAUGCGUUUUGGCGAUUACCAAGGACUAUAUAGCCCCAUUUAAAGUUGUUUCAUUUUAUUUUGAUUUUAAAUGUUUAUUUCUUUUAAAAGAUUUUUAUUUUAAAUAAAGUACCAACCUUUUAGAAACCUACUGUUGACCUGACAUCUUUUGGUCUGGAAAUUGGUUAAAGGUGGUCACAGACGGAAUCCUGCAAGAAAGAAGGAUCUAGACAUCCUAAAUUGGUCCAAAGGCACAUAUCAUCUGAGUCAUAUGAAACUAUGACUCUAGGCUUGUGAGUGGAAUACCUGCUACAUAUAUACUUUCAUUUUAUUUAUAUUACUGUAUUGCACUAUGGUUUAUAUUCUAUUUUACAGAAUAUCUGUUAUAUUGUUAUUUUGAGAAGCUCCACCCAUUUUAUGUAUGUAUAAUGUUGAAUAUAGCACUGGAUUCACUCAAUAGUACAAUCAAAUACAAUAAAAGAUUUUUUAAAAUUUGAACAAAAAAAGAUUAUAAUACAUAUUGGACCUAUAUAUACUACUCAUUAAAAAAGAGAUAAAUAACAUAAUAUAUUGAAUUUAAAAGAUUAUAAAAGAGUCACAUAUUGAAAUAUAUUAUCAUAAAAAUAAUAAUAGUAUAGUUAAACAAUUCAAAAGUUAUUUGAUACUUGAUUAAAACUCAUUUAUUUAAAAAAUUAUUAAUCAUAAAGAAAAAAAAAAUAUAUAAAAAAUGUGUUAAUUAUAAAAAAGCUCUUAAUUCAAAGUCUACGUUUAAACCUUUGGGUUCUAGCGUGUCUAACUGAAAUAUCCAUUUGGCUUCUGCUUUAUCUAAUUCUUUUUCUAAAUCUCCUCCUCUCCAUGGAAUAUUUAUUUUUUGAAUUGCCAUAAAGAUAAGUCCCUUAGGAUUCCUUGCAUGUAUGAGAUCAAAAUGUUUCGAAAGAUUAUGUGAAUGGAGUCCAUUUUUGAUGUUUCUAAUAUGUUCUCCCAUUCAUGUUUUAAAAGCCCUUUUAGUACGUCCCACAUACAUUUUAUCACAGGGACAUUUUAAUAAAUAAAUUACUCCAUUAGUUUUACAAUUUAAGUGUGAUUUUAUUUUUAAAAUUUUUUUAAUUUUUUCUUAAAAACAUUCAAUUUUUUUUUUUAAAAUUUCAAUUCAAAAAAUAAAUAUUCCAUGGAGAGGAGGAGAUUUAGAAAAAGAAUUAGAUAAAGCAGAAGCCAAAUGGAUAUUUCAGUUAGACACACUAGAACCCAACGGUUUAAACGUAGACUUUGAAUUAAGAGCUUUUUUAUAAUUAACACAUUUUUUAUAAUUUUUUUUUUUUUUUUCUUUAUGAUAAUUUUUUAAAUAAAUGAGUUUUAAUCAAGUAUAAAAUAACUUAUGAAUUGUUUAACUAUACUAUUAUUAUUUUUAUGAUAUAUUUCAAUAUGUGAAUCUUUUAUAAUCUUUUAAAUUCAAUAUAUUAUGUUAUUUAUCUCUUUUUUAAUGAGUAGUAUAUAUAGGUCCAAUAUGUAUUAUAAUCUUUUUUUGUUCAAAUUUUAAAAAAUCUUUUAUUGUAUAUGAUUGUACUAUUGAAUGAAUCCAGUGCUAUAUUCAACAUUAACCAUAAGGGGUUAACAUAAGCCAGAAGUUCUGCUGGCUAUUUAAACCCACAAGAAUCCCCAAUCAGACAUCCUCUGAUGAAGUGAGCUAAGCCUCACGAAACGCGUAAGGAACAACAGAACGACAUUUCAUUGCUUUUCGGCAUCUUACCGGCAUCUACCGCAACACUGCUGAUUUGCAUCUGGAACGCAGACGGAGAAACUGGUGGAACGCACGCGGCUUGAAAACUAUACACUUCACAUCUGAUGAUCGGACAGUCUAUUUUUUUCAGCUGCUUACACCAUCCUCUGGCUCCAUAUUCAGCAUAACUUUUAAUCAAUGUGAGUGUAACCUUUUGCUUUUUAAUUUUUAUUUCAAGUUUAUCUUACAAUAAAUCUACUUUUUAAUACACCAAUACUUGGAAUAAUUCUCUAUAUUAGCACUUGGAUCUUAUUUUAUUGCAUCACUUUAUUUCCUAUUAUCAGGAGUAAAGUAUUAUAACUAAAGGCUACUCCACAUAGCCUGUCAGUUAGUUAUCUAUUCUCUAGUACAAGAUACAAUAUUACAAUUAUAAGGACCAUAUAUAUUGUUAUAUUGUACUAUACUAAAUAACUAAUUCAGUAUCUAGAUUCCAGUUCAUCUAUAACUGGAGUGAACUGAAUUAGCUUACAAAAAAAGAUUAAAAAGACUAUUUAUCUAUUUCAUUCACAGCUAUUAUGAUAUAGCUUUUUAGCAAAGAGACUGUUAACAAUUGGACUUGAAUUCCAUAUUGGACACAACUGUUUUUUGUUAUUUUAUACUUUAUUUAUUUAUAUUUUACAAUACUAAUUUUUAAGGCAUCUACUAUUCCUGGAUAUUUUAUUAAUUUUACAAUUAAUUUUUUCUUCCUUAUGUAUAAAGUAUGUUUCUAAUAAUUGUGAAAAAUUUUAACUUUUCUGGCCACUAGAUAAUUGAGUUUGAUAAGCGCUCAAACCCAAUUAUCUAGCCUGGCCCAGAGGAGGAGUUAUGUACUGUAUAAAUUGUGUGCCUUGUUUCUCAGUAAAUCAGACUUGUUCCAGCAUUAAGCCUUGGCUCAUGUGUGGAUUAUUCGGCGAUACCAGCGAUUUAUUACUCUGUGGAUUACUUGGCGAUUUUAUUUUAUGGGAAGAAGGGAAUGCUUGACGGAUUAAAGGAUUGUACCGUCACACUUUGAUCUCAAUCUACUAGUUGUUUUUAUAAUUGCAUUCUUUAUAAUAGAGCUUUCUUCCAGAGCUGCAUAGAACUUGUCAGUCAGUCUGGGGCUGCUAAAAAAGGCACCAGGUGACAGAAGGGAGCCCCUGGUAUUGCCAAAACUGAAGAAUGUCUCAGUGCCCCCUAAAGGUUUUUUUGUUAAUGGUUUUAAGUUAGGAAAUAAAAAAUUUGUAGAUGAAAUGUAUCUCCUGAUGAUGUACAAAACCAGUUUGAUAAACCGAACCAUGAAGAAAAAUAUUUUUUGCAUAUAUCAAGAUUUAGCACGAAGAACAACUUUUUGCUGUCUUGAAUUUAAAGGGAUCCUUCUUAAAAUAAAUAGUACAGCAGCAGCUUGCCCUGCUUUUGAGUUUAAAAUCGCGUUAUGACUUUCUAUCCUCAUUUUUUGCUAAACUUUCUUCUAGGAAGCCCAGGCGUAUGCAGACGACAACAGUUUGUUGUUCAUGGAAACUUCUGCUAAAACAGCUAUGAAUGUGAAUGAAAUCUUUAUGUCAAUAGGUAACUCAUUUAUAAUGUGUGUAUAUAUAUUUUUUGUUUUUAGUACUUACAGGCCAUGGUAGCAUAUGUUUGAGAUCUUAUUUAAACCCCUUCCAUCUCACCUUAGCGCUUGUAUAUACCAUAGAACAAAAUCAAUAUAUUAAGUACUUUUUUUGUUUUUAACUUUAUGGAACUUUAUCACCUAACAUGUAACAGGUUCAUAUGGAUUUUAGUAUCUUUGCCCCCCUAAACACAUAUCGCUAUGGCUAGCCGUUGACAUUUUUACGUUUUUAUGGAUGAUACUCUGUUUAAACAAAAAUACAAAAAUAAGUCCUGCACUCAAACUUCCAUUACUCAUGGUCUGCAGCAAUGACCAUAGUACACCUCAGCCCCAAUACAUACAAUAAAUACCAAAGAAAAGUUACUUGCGCACUAUUCCAAAUCCCUAUGCAUAUUUAAAUAACAGGAGGCUUUUAGUAUCACUCCAAUGGCCUUUAGGUGUAAGUUCACCUGCAACAUUAAUGCAAACCCCAUGUGUUCCCUAUUAAGGAUUUAUGUAAGGGUUUAGAAAAAUACUCUUCUCUAUCUCAUUAGAGUUUUUUUAUUUUAUUUUUAUUUAUUUUUUUACCUGAAGGAAGCAGGGUAAGUUAUUUAUAUUUAUAUAUAUAUAUAUAUAUAUAUAUAUAUAUAUAUAUAUAUAUAUAGUGACAGGUGAGCUUUAAACCUAAUGGCCAUUGGAGUGGUACUAAAAUCCUCCGUUUAUUUAAAAAUACAUAGGGAUUUGGAAUAGUACACAAGUAACUCUUUUCUUUGGUUUAUAUGGAUACUCGAUUUAAAUAUGGAUUUAGCUUAAUUCCAUACUUACUUGCCAUUUAUGAUUUUGUUGAGUUAAACACAAAAAGACAGAACCCACUACAUGUUGUAGAUCAGUGGUCUGUAGUGAUUAUGGUGUUUGGAGUGUUCCUUUAAAGCAGGCUUCCCCAAACUCCGGCCCUCCAGAUGUUACUGAACUACAACUCCCAUGAUUCUAUGAAUGAACUAGAGGCUGAAGUUUGAGGAAACCUGCUUUAAAGGGAGUCUAUAGGCACCCAGACCAAUUUAUCUCAAUAAAGUGGUCUUGGUGCUAUACCUUUGUCUGUAACCCCUUAAGGACAAAGCCAAAAACAAGACGUAAACAAAACCUGGAAUUUGUGCUUCAACCAUAAUUCACCUCUUUCAUAUUAAGCGCACCCACACUUAUUAUAUAUAAUUUUGUUCAGUAGAAACAGGGCUUUCGUUUGAUAUCACAUAUUUAUAUAUGAAACCUAAACGAAUGUGAAUAAAAUCUAAAAUAGUGUGAAAAAUUAAUAAAGUUAAUAAAGUUCUGCUUUACAUUUUAAAUGUGAAAGUCAUAAUAACUGUUAGAUUUUACUGCAAUAAAAUACAUAUAUUUGUAUUCAGCAAUGUCUUAGGAUAACAACAAUAAACCCAUGAACAGGUUUUAUGAGUUUUUGGAAACUUACAGCGCUUACAGGGCUUUCCCCUUUUUUCAUUUUUGUGCAUUGAAAUUUGCCAGAUUGGUUUGCUGGGCCUAUGUUGCCUUUAAGACCGUAUUGUAGCCCAGGAAUGAAAAUUAACUCCAUCUUGGCAUACCAUUUGUAAAAGUAGACAACCCACGGUAUUCAAAAUGGGGUAUGUCCAGCCUCUCACAAACCCUGGGCAAAGAUAGCAUUUAUAUGUGUUAUUUUGCAUUUUUCUCAAAUAAAUUGCCCUUUCACCGAUGAUAUCCGUAUUAUACAUUUUACUACUCUAAAACACUCAUUUGUGUAAAGUAUUGGCUAUGUUGUCUUUGAGAUGGUAUGGCAGGCCAGGAAUGAAAAUUAACCUCACCUUGGCAUACCAUUAAAAAAAAAGGUAGACAACCCACAGUAUUCAAAAUGGGGUAUGUAGAGUCUUUUUUUUUUUUUUAGUAGCAACUUAGUCACAAACGCUGGCCAAAGUUUGCGUUCAUUUUAGUUUUUGGCAUUUUUUUUACACAAAAACUGCACGUUUACGAUCAUAGUCGUGAUAAGUUUUACUGUUUUGAAACACUUAUCUUUGUGUUCAUCGAAGUCUCCCAAGUACAAUAGACCCCCUCCCCCAUGUCCAGGUUUAAUGGUGUUUUGGAAAGAUACAGGGAUAAACAUAGGACUUGCAAAUUAAAUUCUCUGGACUUGCUGCCUGGGUUGUCAAAUUAUAAUUAAUAAAAUGACUUAAUUAUGUAAAACGAUUAAAUAAAAAUACAUGUAGAAUUUAAAUAUAUAUAAUAUAUUUUGUAUAGAUGUGUAUGUAUGAAAUGUAUGUAUUUAAAUCCUACAUGUUUUUUUUAACAGAUUUGAUUUAUUUAUAAUUUGACAAUUUUUAUUGGUUUAGCUACAUCAAUAUCAAUAUAACAUUGUAUCGAACACAACAUAACAGAUAGGUAUAGUAUGUUACAGCAAUGUACAUGUUAGCGGAGUAUAAAUGAUGCUAACAUUGCAAGAGUUAAAUGAUGCUAACAUUGCAAGUGUCCAUUUGCAGUGCUGAACCAACAGUUUCACCAAUUGGUUAAUACAUACUAAACAAUGCUGAGAUUUUGAAUUUGAAAAUGAACAAAGAAUUGGAGGUGGAGGGGAAGCAGAGGGGUGGUAGUGGGAAACUGGGUGGAUGGGAAGGUCACUGUGUGUAUUAUCUCUGAGUGACUGUGCUGGAGGGAAGAGUAGAGUCUUUCAUUUUACACUCUUACGUUGGCUAAGUACAUUUUACAGCCAUGUUGUUUGGUGCUAAUUUAGAGAUUAAGUUCUGCAGUCAUAUUGGCAGUGACUUUUGGUAAUUAGUCCCCAUAAUGUGGGCAAGUUUCAUAGGUUUCCUGUUCCCAAAUUGAGAGGCAAACAUUGCCCUAUAUGUUCAAUUGGGAGCAAUCUGUUUUAUAAGAGCAGACCGCAAGGGGGCCAAUGGGGAUUUCCAUAGUCUACAUAGUACUAGGACAGCGGAGAUGAGGAUCUGGUAUAAGGCUGCCCGUUUUGCUUUGGGCAGUGUCUUUGGAGGUAUGAAAAGUAUGCAUAGCUCUAGGGUCAGUAAACGGAGUAUAACAGAAGUUUAAGAGCCAUAAUGUAUUUUUAUAUUUUUUUACAAAUUAAAUACUCAAUAUAUAAAACAAAUGUAUAUUACAACAUGGCUAUUGAACAAAUAUGUCAUUGCUUAUCAUGUUUAUAUUUGUAUUAAGUCUGUAUGCAAUAUUUUACAUUAAGACAUGGUACUAUUUUUUUUUUACAUGAACUGUGUUUUAAUAGCUUGACAAAGGCAGCUAUAUUUCCAGCAUGGCUAUUUUGGUCUAAAACCUGGGACUUACUUUGAAUUUCUGAAAGUUGACCUCUUAGUGAAUAAGCCAUUUAAUGUCAUGCACCUUUGAAUUUUGGUUUGAUUUACAGUGAAAUAUGGAGAUAUUAGUACAGUUUUGUCAAAUAGUAUAGGAAUGUUGUGCACUUCAUAGAGUAGCUAAUGAAUCAAUAACCAAUACACGUUAGGGCAAUACAAGACUUCUGUCUAACAAUUUAACGAGUUUGGUGCCCAUGCCUUUAACAGUUUUCCGGAAGCCAUUCACGCGCAAGUGUAAGAGAACGUGUACCUUGGUUGAGUUUGGGAUUUUCUCAUGCCUGGAGAUGUGUUGGUGGUAUCGUGUUAGUAUUAAGAGCUGCCGUUGACCCACGCCCUCUGCUUAGUGGGGACCGGCACUUCGGAUGUGGGGCAUUUUCGCUACAGCUUUUGACAAGGUGUGCAUACCAUACCCGUGGUCAGGUAACAGGAACACCUUGUCUGCCCAUGUGAAGGGGGAAUUCCUUCACAUGUGUGUGCAUGUCUGAGGUUCCAUUUGUAGUGGUAGGCUUUUGCUUUUUGAAAAAUUGACUUGAAAGUUUAUAUAAGGAUAUUUCCUCCAUCAGAGGGGGAAUUGACGUUUCGGACGAUUGUAUAGUGAAAAGAAGGUCAUCUGCGAAUGCUGAGAUUUAAUAUUCUGCGUGUUGUACUUGUAUGCCCUUGAUGUCUGGGUUCUCCCUGGUCCCAUUCAGGAAUGGCUCUAGGAUGAGAAUAAAGACGAGGGGGAACAGGGGGCAACCCGGUCUCGUGACGUUUUUUAUGUGCACUGGAUUCUAAAGUUGUCCAUUGAUCCGGAGCCUCGCGAUAGGGGUGAAGUAUAUGGCCUGUAUCCAGCGUAACCAACAUGGACCGAAACCUAGUUUUUGCAGGGUGGCUAUUAGAAGCAAAGUGCAGCCUCUAGUUUGUUUAGCAUCAGGGCUAAAUCUUGUUUGGAGAGAAGAGCUCUGAUUAGAUUUCUGAUGUCUUUGUCCGUCUGGUGAGCUGAGUCUUCCAAUCUUGAGGGGCUCGAUGGCGUGGAACAGGGAGGAGGUGAGUCCGGCGCCAUAUUGAAGCCUGCCAGGUCGGGUGGGAGCUCUGCUGAAUCUCGGAAAUAUUUUGUUAGAGCCACGGAUUUUCCAGCAUGGGUCUUGCCUGAAGGUUGAUGCCCUGCAUUGGAUCGUUUUAGAUGUCCCAUUUUGCGUGUUAAGUGUCUGAUGGAGUUGGAUUGGUCUUUCUAGAUAAGGGAGCUCAGUUAGCACUCGUCCGUGCGGCCGAGUAUAUAUUUAUAUAUUAUAUAAAGUAGACAUCACAGGCUAUUUACCUAAGGUGGUUUUGACACUUUCUACAUAGCCAUUUCACCGCCAACCUCUGCUAAAUAUUGGAGUAAAAUUUAGUUUUUUGGGGUUUUUGGCACACAAACUUAUAACAAAGAGCUUCUCAUGUUUAUUUUGUAAAGUUGGUGUGUGCUAUUCCUGUACAAAGUUUUAUCUUGUGUUCAGUUACAUCUGCUGAUUAAAAUGACACCCCCAUUGUAUGUCUUUGGCACUAUUUCGUGAAGUUACAGUGCCAUUUAGGUGACCUGUCCUUUUCAGUAUUCACAGUAGAUUUUUGAGAGACGGAUUUAAUGAGCCUAUGCAUCCAUUUGGGGUAUUAUAACAGUUUAACUGUUCAAAAAAAACCCACAAAGGCCUACCAUUUGUAAAAGUAGACACUCCAGGGUAUCUCAUAAGGUGCAUAUUGUGCCUUAACAUGCUCCCAUUUUUUCACCAAUAUAUGCCAAAUUAUGUCGUAAAAAAUAAUUUUGUGCGUUUUUUACAUAUGGAUUGCAUUUUUGCUAGGCAUUUUGUGUAUUUCACAUGUGCCACUAAGUUCAAACCCCCCAAAUUAUGCUCAGCUAAGGCUUCUGAGUAAAAUGACACCCCCAUAGUCUUUGGCACUAUUUCGUGAAGCUACAGUGCCAUAUAGGAGACCUAUCCAUUUCAGUAUUUACAGUACAAUUUUGAGAGAUGGAUUUAAUUGGCCUAUGCUUCAAUUUGGGACAUUAUUGCAGUUGGAAAGUUCAAAAAAACCCACAAAGGCCUACCAUUUCCUAAAGUAGACACCCCAGGGUAUUUCAAAAGGCAUAUUUUAAACCUUAGCGUAGGAUAAUUUUUUUGUUAGUUUGUACCAAGUCUAGUUACAAUGAGCAUUUUUUCUGCCUUUUUGACACACACUUGGAGAUGUUACUGUAUAUUUUGUAAUCCUUAUGUGUGCUAUGGCAGUAGAACACCUAAUAUGUUGCUCAGCUAUGUCCUCUUAGUGCAACAAUACCCCCAUGUGUACCUUUUUCAGGGUUAUGUGGAUGUUGAAGGGGCACCUUGGAGACACAUCACUUUCAUAUUUUUCAAAAGUGGAUGCUGGGCCAAAGUGUUAUUUUAGCAGCCCAGGACUGCAAAUUACCUCUCAAAGACCACAUAUAUUUUUAAGUAUAAGCAGCUCAUCAAUUCAAAUUAUGAACAAGUGCAUACUAUUUGCUGUGAAAAGGGGGAAUAGUUGGCUUAAUCCUAUCUGGGGGUAGUACCCAGUAAUCUGUGUCACGGGCAACGCUGUCACGGAUUCCAAAACACAGACAGACUACAAAGAGAGAGAACACAGAGAGAGACACUUGUAAUACCGGUCCUUAGAAUGGCCGGGCUAUACAAGCAGAGAAUAGUCAAGGUACAAGCCGAGGUCAAAGGGGUAAAGAGAAACGGAACAACGAUAGGACAAGCCGAGGUCAAGGAUCAGAGAAGACAGGAUAAACGGGAGACAAAGCCAAGAUUUGGUAACCAGACAGUUGACUAAAUUCACACCCCAAAACUGGUCUGCUUAUUCGGCCUGGGUGUGGAAAACUUUAAAACAGUGGCCAAUACAUAGGCCGGGCUGAGAGGGGCAAUCAGGGCAGUAAUAGCUAGUCUCAACUCUUACGCCCCUCUUGUAACACACCCUGCAUCUUUUCUGGGGGUUUUUCUUUCUGGGGGUUGAUGGAAUCUUGAAGCAGAAGUGACCUACCUCCAUUCUUCUGCUAGGCUCGACUGAUGGUCCCCCUCUGUGGCACUCAAGUAACCCAGAAAUGAGCUGAAAUUGAAAUGAAAGGAAUGUGCAUUUCAGCUCAGCUUUUGCCUUUUUAAAAAUAAUAAAGGCAUUGUGGACUGCCGUCUGCAUUAUAUAUAUGCCCACUUUUUUAUACCAUGCCCUGGUUUUGCGCAUGAUUAGAUACGGCUGCAUUAGUUGAUCGGACAGAUCAACUCCCCCCAUAUGCCGAUUAUACUGCUGUAUGCAGACUGGCACCCGUUUAUAUUCCUCUCUGCCACGAACUGCGACCCUGCGAGUGUUUUCCCCGUGGAUGGUAGUUAGGAUGAAAACCUCCUUUUUAUCGCGGUACUUGAGUGCCAGCAGUUCAUUCUGGCAGAGAGCUGCUGUUUCCCCCUUUUUUUAUUUUUUUUCUGCUAGAGCCUUUGGGAAACCUGUGCGACUCUUCCUGAUAGUGCCACAGGCCACGGUCUCAAAACAGUACAGCAUUUGUAAGAGUGGGAUGCUGUUAUAAAAGCUAUCGAUGUAUAAGUGAUAACCAUAGUUAAGUAAGGGCAUUAUUAAAUCCCAGACAAUUUUCUCACUUGUCCCUAUUAUAUCUGGGCAACCUGGGGGAUCAAUGUGGCUAUCCCUUCCUCCGUAUACACGGAAGGUGUAUACAUAGCCACUGCCACUUUCACAUAAUUUAUAAAAUUUGAUCCCAUACCGGGAUCUUUUGGAUGGGAUAUAUUGUCUAAAUCCCAGUCUAACCUUAUAUUUCAUGAGGGACUCAUCAAUUGAAAUGUAUUUUUUGGGGGUGUAAAUAGUGGCAAAUUUUUCAUUUAAGUGGGAAAUUAGGGGGCGUAUUUUAUAAAGAAUGUCAUACUGCGGAUGACCUUUUGGGGGGCACUUCAUAUUGUCAUUAAAGUGCAUAAAACGCAGUAUGUCCUCAUAUCGCUCCCUAUGCAUUGUCUGGGAAAAAAUGGGGUAUUAAAAAUAGGACUUUUAGUCCAAUACAUUCUAAUUGUGGGCUUUUUAACUAUCCCCAUUAACAUUGUCAGUGCCCAGAAUUGUUUAAUUUCUGGCACACUGGUUGGGUACCAUCUCUCUGUCCUGGCGAUUCGGGAGUCUUGGUUGCGUGCAAGAUAUUGCUCCGCAUACAGAUUUGUCUGGGUAACUACCUCCCCAAAAAAAUCAUCCCCCAAAAACAGCUCCAUACAAUCCAGCGCAUUAUAGCCAGACAGGUCAGCCUGUAUGCCAGGAUUGGCAGUGAACACUGGGAUGUCUGGCGAAAAAUGAUUAGGGGGUACCCAGUCAUCUGUGCCAUAUUGAACAUUAGGGGAAUCAGCGAUUUCCUCUGAUGUUACUGCAGAAUCUGGCACAUAGUCCCUGUCCCCUGCGUCACUCUGAGGCAGUGUCGGUCGCCUCUGAGUCAGCGGCUAACAGGGCAUAAGCCUCCUCUGCGCUAUACUUUCGCAACAUUGUUAAUACAGUUAACACAGAAACAAGAAAACUUUAACUAAAUAACUAAACUUUUUUUUUUUUUUUUACCCCUAACUAAAUUCCCCAGUUAACACUAAAUUCCACCCACCCAACUAACUAAAUCACAAAUUAAUAAAAUAAAAUAAUAAAAUUGAACCCCUUAGGGUUACAAAAAAAAAUAAAAUUUAACCCUUAAGUGUAAAAAAAAAAUAGAUCACAGUAAAGUACUGUGACCUGUAUAUUGAUCACUGCUAGCAAGGGAAAGGGUUAAUUUUUUUUUUUUUUGACAGGGGAAAGGGAUAGGAAAUUUUUAUUAUAACUUAACUAAUAUUCAGGGAAACAAUGUAGCACCGAUCCGUCUCUCUCCACUUCACAAACCCACAAGAGGUGGAGGGAGGCGGAUCAGAUGUCCCAGCAGCAUUGUGACCGCUGUGACUGGCUGUCACAGCGAUCACAUGUGCUGGGACAUCGCGAUUUGCUGUUGCUGGUCUGCCCCUGACUCAGAGGCACCCAGCAACAGCGUUAACCCCGCGAUCGCCGGAACUGCAGCGAUCGCGGGGUUAAUUUUACCGCGUGACAGACGAGGUCCGUCACCCGUCGUUAAGGGCAUCCCCAGGAUGACGGACCUCGUCCGUCACCCGUCCUGAAGGGGUUAAAAAAUAUAUAAUAUAUACAAAUAGUGUGUGUGUGUGCCUGCCUGUGUUUGUGUCCUAAGUGUAUUGUUAGAUAUCUAUCUCAAAAUACACUUAGGAAGUUAUAUAUAACUUUCUACAUCUAUAUCUCUUGGGUGGGUUAAAAGUUCAGUGAAGUGCCACUUUAAUCUUUUAACCGAAAACAUUGCCGUUUUGCAAGAACAGCAGUGUUUACAUUGUGGAGUUAAUUGUUGCUGUCAGAAAGUUAUCUGGAUCUCAGGUGGUCUUUUGUGACCAGGUGGUCUCUUUAUUCAGUGAGAUGCUGGAAAUUCCAGCAGCUGGGCUUUGGCUCACUAUAAUGCAUCCAAAUGCGAGGCGGUGCUCAAUACUGCUCCUCUGUCCUUUUCCUACCUAAAGAAGCCCUGCGGCUGGGGUAUAGGUUAAAAAGAGAAAAGAGCUUCCUGCCCAACACUCAGAUCUACAUGUCCUUGGGCGAUUGAAACUCCACAUCCCUGCACUUAAUAGGUGUCAGAAUGAUUUAUAACAUGCAAUUAUGAUGGCCUGCAUAUGCUGGAUUGGUGUGACGUCCCCCAAAAUAGAGAAAACUAUACCCUUAAAAAAGGUUGUGGAACCAGUCUGUUUGAGAUGGUCCAUCACAGGACCAAGGGUUUUAGCCCUCUGAAAUAAUACAGUAGAAAAUGUGGUGUAAUUAAAACACUUUUAAUUCAUUCAUAUUAAAAUGAAAAACCUAUCUAAAACUACCACAUCGUCCAAACAAAUUAUUAAAAAAUGCAGCGGGCUCUAUGAUUCAAUUAUGCAGGCUUAGGAAGGGAGUAACCCUUAUCAUAAGUUAUUUUGCUAAAUUCGAGAUUAGCCUACAGAAAAUUUAUGUAGAGGUUAAAACUUGUCAUUUAUUUCACACAUUAAAAAAGGAGAAAGGUUGUCACACCAUGAAAGAAAAGUGCUAUCGUGAAAAACAUGUGAUUUCAUAAAGUGAAAGUGAAAAGGGGGGUGUAGAAAGGUGUGUAUAUAUACAACUGUGCUCUAGUUAACUAAAGGUCCCUUGUGCUGGCAGGCAGCCAGACUGUUUAUAGAGGUGGCAACAUAUUUGUCUUCUAGUUGCUUCUGCUGAGGAAUAACAAAUUUGACAUUAAAUAAAGUCUGAGGUUAUGUCCAGAGAUAUGGAUAGCUAAUUAUACUAGAGCAACAAAGAAAAAUUAAGUAGUCCAAAUAGUAUUAAUUCAAAUGGUUGAGAGCUGUCUAAUGGAACUGAUAUUGUUUUGAUAGAAGAUUAGGUGCCCAUGAAGGCACAGCCUAGAACUCCUACUGAAUCACUGUCUAUUCACCAUGCAGCAAAUAUCUCUAGCUGUCUGUUAAAAGGUAAUUGUCCUAUUCUGUGCCUUCAAGGGCACCUAUCGUCUUGAUUAGGGUAAGUGCCUAAGGUGGAGGCAGCUCCUAUCUGGAUUAAUUUUCUAUAAGUAACGACUCAGUAUACCAGCGGCAAAGUGCAGAUCAGGAGGCAGAAUAUCACAUGCAAGAGUUGAGAACUCUAAAUCUUGUGUUUACCAAGUUAAGUAGUGUCCUGACCCGAGCUCCCACGCGCGUUUUGACAGGCAGGCUCUUCAGGGGGAAUGAGUGAGGAUUGGACUCAUGACCUGUUUAUAUGUCGGACUAAAGGGUUCAGAUUGGUUUAAACUCAAUGACCAAUUACUGGGUUUGAAAGAAUUACUGGCAAUUAGAUUUGCCAAUGGUAAGUACCAAGCAGUGUGUGGACCUCAUUACCAUACUGGUUUUCCAGACUAACCAAUGGGAAUAAAAAAAUCAAGAUAGGAUCAGCGCUAAUAAUACCACUAAUAAAAUAUAUAUGUGAUAGUGUAAAGGCAGCACACCUAAAAAGGGGAAAUACCCUCCUAUCCCCUACAAUAAAAUUAGAAAAUAAACAGAAAGGGCGCGCCUUAAUGCCGUAUGUAUCGAAAGGAUUACACACUGUAAUAUUUAGAUAAAACGAAAAGUUAAAGAUAAAUAAUACAGUAUAUAAAAAUAUAUAAAAUAUUUAGAAUAUAUAAAAAUGGUAUAAAAAAUUCGGUUUUUUUGAGUCCAAGGUAAUAGUCCACAGUGAACGAAGAAGAUUCUUGUAUAUCGAUAAAAGCUCUUCCCAAUCGAGACUUGGAUUCUCAAUGGGCCAUAUGUGAAGAGAAAUGUAGAGAAGAUCCAAUAUGUCAGUAUAUAUAUAAAAUCAUAUAAUUGACUCACAUUUUCCAGAGCUAAAAUCCAGCUCUGGUGUGAAGCGCGUGAAGUGGAUUCAUCCCCACUCAAGGAUAUAUGGAGUAAUAAUUCACCAGGAGUUCCAACCGAAAAUAAAAAGAAAUAAAAUAUAUAGUGCUCACUGAAUAACUGGAGUAUAGUUAAAAGAAAGUAUUAAAUGUACUCACAAUAUGUUGAGCAGAAUUCACUGCUCAGAUAAUAGCGUAUGGGUGGUAUAAUCCCCACCUAAGGAUUCUUUGGCGGUUCUUAAAAUGGUGUGAAUCCGAGCAGUCAGGUUAUAGAUGGUUAAAAAAAAUAAAUGAAAAUAAAAUAGGAAUGUGGCUACAACAAAUAUUAUUUUUGAGGCCAAAAUUCCUUUAUUACAAUAGUAUAAAAUAAAUUAAAAUUCUAGACGCGUUUCACCACAAAAGGCUUCUUAAAGUAGAAUAUAAUCAAGACAUAAACCUGGCAUGCAAUUUCUUAUAUAAGGUACAUUGAUUGAAUUGGAAUUUGAAUAUUCCCACCAAAAUGACGUCAUGACAACUAACUUUUUAAGACACAUAUCAAAAUAGUGAAAUAAUGAAAUAAUCCUAAUGUAUAUAUAAUUGGGAGUUGUUAAUACAUAUAAAUUUUAAAAAACGAAGGCUUAAAACCAAUAUAAAAUAAGUAAGAAUGAGUCACGUGACGCGCAGCUAAAUUGCUUCCGCGCCACGUGACUCUGGUUUUUUAUUAACCAAUGGGAAUGUUUAGUUUGUCGGUGUGGCGAAAAAAGGGGUGGGAAACAUGAUGAUUAUCGUAAGAGAAGUUUUUUAGCACCUAGGAUUUCAAUGAGAAUCAAACAUAUGUAUGAUCAUUAACUAUGAUCAGAAUUGUAUUAGAUCAGAGUCUGAACCGUUAUUUUUAAAUUAAUUGUAUUUAUUAUAUUCAUUAUAUUGGCAGUCUGUCAGGCUGUGUUAAUACCUAAAAGAACGUCGAUAUUGAAUGUUAAAUCCUGUUGGAUAUUAAACUUAUUUUGAAGCAAGUCAGACAAUUCACUGGAGCUUUUGGAACCAGUUUACCUUUAAAAUGGAUGGACUUCCUGUCAAGGUUAUAAUCCAAGAUACUAAAGCAAAUUGGUCAAAGUGAUUAAAGAUAGAUUAAAAUUACUAAAAUGUAAACUUUGUUGUAAAAAUAGUAAUUAAAGAUGAUAGAAAUGAAUUAGAUUAUAUAGAUGAAAGUAAUGCUAAACUGUGCUUGUAUUGUUGUGAUCUUAGUGCUAGUAUUGAAGAAAAUGCAGAUGUGCAUAUAUGGUUUUAUAGCGUAAUUGUUUUAUCUGUUGAUAAAUGAGGUGUAAUUAAAUUCCUCAUUUAGACCCAAUGGGGCGAUGGUUUUUAAUUUGAAAAUCCAUUUUGCUUCUUUUUGGAGGAGACAUAAAUUGAAGUCUCUUUCAUUGUGUGACAACAUCCUUUCUCCUUUUUUAAUGUAUGAAAUAAAUGACAAGUUUUAACCUCUAAAUUUGCCUCUAUAUAUAUAUAUUUUCUGUGGGCUAAUCUUGAAUUUAGCAAAAUUGUAGUCUAAACAAAGGUACAAAAAUUACCUGUGAGCUUUCCACACAUUAAAAGAGAAAUAGUAAAAUAGAUGGUGAACCAUAAGAACUGUAUAUAAUUUGUAUCCACAAUGUAUUGGCGUCCUUCCCCCCCCUCCCCGCCAAAAAAAAGAUCCGCUCCUGUCCCAUUUAGUAUACAUCAAACAGCACAAAACCAGUUAAGUCCUACUUGUCUCUAUGCUGUUAAACAGCAAACAAUUGUGAUGGCCUCAAAAUUCCUUGUCUGUUUUGUUUUGAAUUAAGUUAAUUUCAGAUAUAUAAUUGCUAAUUGUAUAUGUCAGUGGCAAGUAACAAACGUAUUGGUAAAUUGUUUUAUAUAAAUAAAAAUUAAAAAUACUUUUGUUUUCCAUGCUCCAGCCAAGAAGCUGCCCAAGAACGAACCACAAAAUAUACCAGGAGCGCCUGGGAGGAAUAGAGGCGUUGACCUUCAGGAAAACAACCCUCCCGCCCGGAGCCAGUGUUGCAGCAAUUGAGUAUUCAAUCCACCCUAAGCCUACCACCUCCUCUCUACAGCCAUCAAAACCAAGAGAGAAAUACUUAAAGAAAAAGGGAAAAAAAAUCUUAAACACAAAAACAAUUAUCUCAAUGAAAUACGGCAACAAUAAAAAUAUAAAUAUGUAUCUCAAAGAAAAUGGAAACUGGACUGAAAAUACACUUUCAAAAUAAUCAUGCUUAACCUCUCCACAAUCAGUUAUCCAUGUGAUGUUUAGGGUUGAGUUGGAUGCUGUGAAUCUAUGUUCCUCGUUCACUCUGCAACUCUGAAUUCUUCUAGAUCAGCGUCUCAUUCCACCUGCACUUUUUAUUUUUUUUCACCCCACUUGUAGAAAUACUAAUUACUUUUUUAAGUCUUAAGUCAUGUUUUAAAACAUAUAUAUAUAUAUAUAUAUAUAUAUAUAUAUAUAUAUAUAUAUAUUUAUUUAUAUUUGAAAUAUGAUCUGAUUAAUAUCCUCCUACAUUUUCUCAUCUUUCAUUUUUGUGGGGUAGGUGGUUUGGCUUUGGAUGGGUGGGAAAUGGGUGUGGUGGGCAAUUCUUCUCCACAGUAUAUGCCCUAAUGCUGCAGCUUUUCUGUUGACCUAUAUAAACCUUGAAAUAAUUAUAUAAAAUGGGACAGUGGGCAAUGAAAAUCUCCAUGCAUAUGUGACUAGAUAUAAACACACACAUUUUUCCCCUAGUUCACUUGCUGCAACAUGAUGUACUGUAGAAAUGGGUACACAUUUUAUUUUCCCUUUUGUUGUUUAUUUUUUAAACUGAAAUACAACCUUUCCAUCCCUUUUCCCACUUUUUUUUUCCCCUGCGUCAUUACUGUGUACCAACAUACAUCUAUUCAUCUAUACAUCAUUCAUCUAUAGUUGUUUGCUAACUGAAACGCAACAGUAAGAAUAUAGAACAGGAAAUUUGCAUUUCCUUUUCUUUCCAUAUCUACCACUGUAUGUCUUAAUUUUGACCGGUUCAAGUUACACCUUUGCCCGAAGUGGUUUUAUAUUCUUCCUAUGUACUGCAAUAUUAAAUAUGAAGGAAUUUUUUAUUUUUAUUUUUAUAUCUCCCAUGAGCAAAAUACAGAAUGUGGAGAUAAAGGGUGGUCACUAGUGGUGCUGCAUAUCCAUUCCAGGCUGCACAUUAUGGCACAUCAAUAAUAGCUGCAAGGAGAUAGGGAAUUAUUUUGCUGUGUAAAUGCUUAGGAGUGUCCUGCAUAGAAGAGCAUUUUUUUUGCACAUAAUAAAGUAGCAAGAUGGAUAAAAGGAAUGUCUUGUAACUCAGACAAAGUCUGUUGAGAUUUAACAUUGUCAAAUUAAAACUAUUGCAACCAGAUGUAAUUAUUUUUGUUCUGACAUAACGCUUAUCUACCAUAUAUAUGCUGCUGAUUCUGUUCAACCCUUAAUAAAGUUGAUUUGAAGGACGUCCCAGCUGGUGCACAAGUGGGUGUGUAAUUUUUGCAUUUUGCACCCCUCAUUGCAUUAUUUAAAUCUCCAUGGGCAUUUGAGGACAUAGUCAAAUAACUUUUUGGAUUUUUGGUAAAGAAUUAACAGCUAUUGUGUGUACUCAAGCAAUCUGAGAAGUCUGUGUCUGACACCCAUUCCUUAAAGGGACACUCCAGGCACCCAGACCACUUCUGCCCAUUGUAGUGGUCUGGGUGCCAACUCCCCACUACCCUUAACCCUGCAAGUGUAAUUACCUUGCAGGGUUAACCAUUAGCGCCACCUCUAGUGGCUGUCUACUAGACAGCCCCUAGAGGGCACUUCCUGGUCCAUAGCACAGAAAACCUGUGCUAUAGCAACGCUGGACGUCCUCACGGUGUGUGAGGACCUCCAGCGUCGCUCAAUUCCCCAUAGGAAAGCAUUGAAAAGCAUAUUCAAUGCUUUCCUAUGGAGCUCUAAUGCGCGUGCGCGGCAUUGCUGCGAAUGCGCAUUAGGUCUCCUCGGCGGGCGGGAUCGGUCUCACCCGCCGGCUGAAGUAAUGAAGGGGAGGAGCGGAGGAAGAAGCAGCAACGUGGGACAUGUCGCUGCCUCUGGUAAGUGACUGAAGGGGUUUUCACUCCUUCAGCAACCGGGGAUUGCGGGGGGGAGAGGGGACCUGCAGUGCCACGAAACGGAUUGUUACAGUUCUAAGUAUUGAGGAAGGUAUUUUUUUUCAUAUUCUGUAUUGUAUGGUCUUUGCAAUAUGUACUAAAUAACUAUAUCUUGCUAAUACAGUACCUAUCCAAUAUAUUUCUGGUUUCAUUUUUUUGUGUAUGGUAGUUAAAAGUCAGUCUGUAUCCCAGAGCAAGAAGCAUGGAAGCCUGCAAUAUACACAUUUGGCCACACUUAAACUGACUUUACUUAUCAAGAGGAAAAAACACCAUCUAAUGCACUGUUAAUAUUGUAACCGCAAUUGGCCAUAGUAUUGCAGUGUCAAGCAUGUUAUAAGUGAUGCUUUGUUAUUUCAAAAGCAUGUUAUAAGUGAUGCUUUGUCCCUUCUUAAAAUGUUUUUUUUUUUAUGUCACGUUAUUAUGCACUAUACUCUAAUUUUAUGCUAGUCACUGUUGAUUUACAUAAGUUAUGUGGUCAUGUCUUUCUGUACCUGGGUACUUAUGUAAAAUAAAUGCACACUACCUCUUGCAUUUACACCGUCCUAGUAAUGAAAUCAUAACAUUUAAACAAACCUGUAUUUUAUUUUUUAUUUCUAUUUCCUCCCAGUUGGGGUAGAAACUGUAACCGCUGCAAGCAUUAAUCUGUAUCUCAGGAAAAAGUAAUGGAUGAUGUUAUGUUAACAAUAACUUGCAAUAAAUUUAUGAUUCCCAUUUAGGACAUGCUAUUUUGUACCCUUAAGUAACUUCUCAAUUUAAGUGCACUCACAAAGGGGCAUAUUAGCAUAUAUAAAGUAUAUGUGUGUUCAAUAUGUAUUUUGUUUUCUUUUUGUUCCAAAUUUGGGUAACCAUACCGGCUAUUUGGGAGGAAUAUAAAGUAAGGUAAAAAUGUAACUCACAACUGCCCAAAAUUC